GACAAACACUCAAGGUCAGUAUCUACAUACGUUAUAUGCUUCCUUCAAGAGACAAGCCCCCAUCAGGGUAGAGAACUGGCUUUCAGGGACAGGCGCUAGCCUUAGCUUCCCCUAAUAAUAAAGCGGUCCGUGAGGUCUGCACCCCUACCUCAUACACGGAGGUUCAGCCCCACGACCAAAUCAUAUCUAGCCACCUCGCUCGCUCUUCUUUAGGGCUACAGUUAGGGCUUCCCAUGUCACGGCCACACGUUUUGAAUCUCUUACAGUCAUCAAGAGGCCGGCAUCCUGCCACCUCAUUCUGGUGGCCACAAAACCCCCUCGGCCCAAAUUAUAGGUAGAGCCUCUCACCACCACUUGGCAAUAGCAGGGCCUCACCUGUCACUUGGUUCUAGUUAUAAUUUUUCGCUUCGGCAUUAGCUAGCAGGCCAGUUUCCCUGAGGUCUCAUCCCACCUCCACUAUACCCUACUUAUCCAUAUCAUCAUUCCUUUCAGAAUGUCUCAAGAACCGACUAUUGAUCCCCCAUCAGACGAGGUACUUUGGGUCUCCGGAGGAAUCCCUCACUCCUUCUACUCCCAUAUCCCUAAGAUAUUGGACCAUACCCAAAAUAUCGGCUGAGCUCAGGCUCAGGGGGAUCCCCUUUCCAGCCACAGCUAGAAAGGCUGAACUUUAUAAACUUCUGACAGCUCAGGCCAACGACCCAAGGCCCGGCACGAGUUCUCAAGGGCCUCCAGUUGGCUACUCUGAUUGCACCCAGGACACUACUGGCCAAUCUGCAAGCCAUAAACAGCAGGCUGCUGAAGGUGGAAUCGGCCAUAGCCACUCCAGGUGACUUCUCAGCCCCAGCAGUCCCUACUCCGGUAACCUCGACCGCUCAGACUGUCAUACCCCUCAUCUCCCCUCCCCCUCCCCCUCCCCCACCAACCACUACCACUACCACUGCCCAUGCCUCACCAGCCCACUCUGUCCCAGCUUCCAUCAAGAAAGAUAUUCUUGAUGGAAAGGACAUCAAUUUAAUCUCCCUCCUCAUAGCCUCCCAAGACGUCCUAGAAAAUAGAGCAUGUAACUACGGGGACAUUUCGGUUGUCUUAAGAGCCAGAGAUCCACGUUUAAAUAAAAAAACUCACCAUUCCACAGUUUGUCAUUGCGUUUGGCACUUAUCGCGAUGUUAUCUGCACGGUGUACCCAUAUAGGAGAGAAGAGCUUGAUUUAUAUAUGCACAAGGUGGUUGAUUUGGGCAUCAAGUACGGAGGGUCCUCAUUUUACGAUUACCACAAAUCAGUUUCGGCCAAGGCAGCUACUCAUCUGACGCAAUUCAAUAUUAGAAUCGAUUGGUGUCAGAUAGAUACAGAGUUAUUCUGCCGUCAUUUUGCUGGUUUGAGGCCCCCGUCUUGUGCCUCUUGUGGUUCCACUUCACACUCCACCGACCUAUGCCCUGGGGACCCUUCCACUUCCACCAUCUCACCCCAACACUCCUUCACUUCACUCCCAAGACAGGAAGGUGUCCAGAGAGACAAGCUGGGCAGAUCCAUCACAUUCUUGGGUAAGGCGCAGGUGUGCAAUAACUUUAACACAGGCGCAUGCAGCUACAGCGCAUGCAGGUUGUUGCACAUCUGCUCCAUAUGCUUCAGAGCCCACACCAAGACCUUGUGCCAUACCCGUCUGACACCUAACAAAUAAGCUGGUUAAUCAUGCACCACCCCAUCAGCUGGGCGCCACAGAGUUAGCUGGUCCAGGGUCAUACCCAAAGGCUCACAUGGGUCUCAAGACCUUCCCCUCACUCUUAAAAUCACUUGACCUACAUUAGGUGCUACACGCAUUUACGGCAUCAUGAAUGGUGGUCCACCGGUUGUCCUCAAAUCAUUCGACGACACCACAUCCAGACCAUGUCCCAUCCCAUUCGCAACCUAACCCAUCACAGGGGGCUACUUACUUGCACUCCAAGUAAUAAAAGUUGUUAUUGACAUUUCCUAUCUUUUUUCCUUUCCCUCCAGAUCCUGUAGUAGUUUCUCUCAUACCCAAUGUAUAAUUUUGUUGUAAUUUGCCUACAAUCUUCUAUUCCAGCAUGUAGGGAUACAUGGUUAAGCAAGAACAUAUAUCUUACACCUCAAUUACUACACCUCCUCUACUCAGCAGCUACCACUCUUUCAUGCUCUUGAAUUUCAGGUUUCCAGCCAGGCUCCCCCUCCAGCCCACCUCCAAUCAGCCAGGACACCAUCGUUCCACCGGCUAACCCUGGUUUAAGUAAACUAUUACUCCACACACAAACACUCACGCACCACGCACUGUCUCCCAACACUACUAUCUCUUACCCUAGGGCACUGACUAUCUUUAACAAAUUUACAGCCGUGUUUUUCUUACAAGGUGACCUUUCCAUCAAAACCAUGGUGGCUCUUGCCUCCUUUUGCCAUUUACACCUAAAACUUUCACAUAAUACCAUCAAACUCUACCUUACCGGAGUACAACACCACAUCCUCAAUAACUUCCCUAACCACGCUCCUUUUCUUUCUUCCUACCCCAUUAAGAAAAUCCUCAAAGGUAUUUUCAAGGUCACAGUCCCUCCUAGCACGACUAGGCUACCAAUAGACGGUCCAAUAUUUCGGCUCCUUAGUGAACUAUUGGACAAAUCCCUGUUUGAUCAUAAUACUAAUUUAGUCAUAAAAUUUUAUUAAAAGUUUAAUUUAAGAACAAUGACUGGGUCACACCACACAAAAACAAAAGUUUUUGACUUUAGAGAAAUAGACUUUUCUAAAAUUAGAAUAUGUGUAAAGGAGUCAUUAUCAGAUUGGAGCAAUGGGAUUAUUUAAAAGUUGCACUGCUGAAGGCAAAAUAAAAUUGCAUUAGGCUUGUAAGUAAAAGCAAAAAAAACUUAAGAAACCACUGUGGUACUCCACAGAUGAAAAAACUAAAAGUUAGAGUGAGGAAGAUAGACAGAUUAGACAGAAAGAGGCUAAGCAAGUUAUAAGAGCUUCCAAAUCACACACAGAAGAGAAAAUAGCACAGUCAGCAAAUAAGGGGACAAAUCAUUUUUUAGCUAAAUAAAUGCGAAAAGGAAAGUAAAAGAAGGACUAGUUAGAUUAAAACCAAUCAGUAUUUACAGAUGAAAAUGGAAAGGGGCCUCAGUUAGGAAAAAGGACAAAUGAGUCAUGUUUUAUAUGUGAGUUUGCAGAGGAUGAUGUUCUAUUUCAACUGUCAAAAGUAAAGACAAAUAAGUCAAUGGGACCUGAUGGAAUACACCCAAAGCUAUUAAAAGAGCUUACUGGUGUACUAGCAAAACCAUUAACAGAUUUAUUUAACCAAUCAUUGUUAACAGGAGUAGUCCCAGAAGAUUGAAAUUUAGCGAAAGUUGUGUCCAUUCACAAGAAAGGUAGUAGGGAGGAGUCGGGCAACUAUAGGCCAGUAAGUCUUACUUCAGUAGUGGGGAAAGUAAUGGAAACCAUGUUAAAGGACAGGAUUGUAGAACAUCUAGAAUCACAUGGAUUUCAAGAUCAGAGACAACAUGGGUUUACUUCAGGGAGAUCAUGCCAAACUAAUCUUAUUGAUUUUUUUUUUGACUGGAUAACUAAAAUAAUAGAUCAGGGUGGUGCAGCAGACAUUGCUUACCUAGAUUUCAGUAAGGCUUUUGACACUGUUGCACAUAGAAGGAUUAUCAAUAAACUGCAAUCCUUAUAUUUGGAUCCCAAUAUUGUUGAAUGGGUAAGGCAGUGGCUGAAUGAAGGGCAACAGAGGGUUGUAGUCAAUGGAGUAUAUUCAAAGCAUGUUCUUGUUACCAGUGGGUCACUUCAGGAAUCUGUAUUUGGACCCAUUCUCUUUAAUAUUUUUAUUAGUGAUAUUGCAGAAGGUCUUGAUGGCAAGGUAUGUCUUUUUGCUUAUGAUACUAAAAUAUAUAACAGGGUUGAUGCUCCAGCAGGUAUAAGCCAAAUGGCAAAUGAUCAAGGUAAACUAGAAAAAUGGUCAGAAUUGUGGCAAAUGACAAUUAAUGUGGAUAAGUGCAAGAUAAUGCAUCUUGGACAUAAAAACCCAAGGGCAGAGUACAGAAUAUUUGAUGGAGUCCUAACCUCAACAUCUGAGGAAAAGGAUUCAGAUGACAUAAAGGUAGGCAGACAAUGUAAUAGUAGGUAUAAAAGUAGGCAGACAAUGUAAUAGAGAAGCAGGAAAUGCUAGCAGAAUGCUUGGUUGUAGAGGGAGAGGUAUUAGCAGUAGAAAGAGGGAAGUGCUCAUGCCAUUGUACAGAACACUGGUGAGACCUCACUUGGAGUAUUGUACUCAGUACUGGAGACCGUAUCUCCAGAAAGAUAUUGAUACCUUAGAGAGAGUUCAGAGAAGGGCUACUAAACUGGUUCAUGGACUGCGGGAUAAAACUUACAAAAAAGGUCAAAGGAUCCUAACAUGUAUAUCUUUUAGGAAAGAAGAGACAGGGGAGUUAUCAUAGAAACAUUUAAAUACACAAAGGGAAUCAACACAGUACAGGAGGAGACUAUAUUUAAAAGAAGAAAAAUUACCACAACAAGAGGACAUAGUCUUAAAUUAGAGUGACAAAGGUUUAAAAAUAAUAUCAGGAAGUAUUACUUUACUGAGAGGGUAGUGGAUGCAUGGAAUAGCCUUCCAGCUGAAGUAGUAGAAUUUAACACAGUGAAGGAGUUUAAGCAUGUGUGGGAUAGGCAUAAGGCUAUCCUAGCUAUAAGAUAAGGCCAGGGACUAAUGAAAAUAUUUAGAAAAUUGGGCACACUAGAUGGGCCAAAUGGUUCUGCCAUCACAUUUUAUGUUUCUAUGUUUCUAUGUUUAAGUCCAUCAUGAAUUCACAUAGCUGGAUCAAGAGGGCCCCUGAAAGCCAGCCAAGUGACCAUUAGUCUUGAUACGUUUUUAUCUGCUAAAUCUUGCUCUUCUAGCCCAUCCACUCGCUUCAGUACCACUUAUUUUUGGAUGGCAACCAAAGGUGUGAUCAUAAUUUGAGUUACAGAAAGCUCUCUAGGGUUAGAGGUCGGUAUGGUCAUAGUAUGCCACCAGGUUUCCCACAUCUCUAAGGAGGGUUGUGGGUUUCUCUGGCCCCAGAAGUACUGGGCAGAUGCAGCUGAACUUAAAAGUGGCAUUAUUGUUCUUGUCAUGUGUAUUUAUUCAGAAUAAAAGCAGGGAUUGAAAGGAUUAAAAAAUGUUAAUAUGUCUAAACAAAAAAUGAAUACACCACAAUCGAGGGGGGACUCAGUACUGGUAUUUAGGAAAUAGAAAAAUAUUAAAAAUUACUGCUGUUUAUAACUAACUUAGAGAUCGAUCUAAUCAGGCAGUACUACAAAUGUCCACAAUAAUAAGUGUUGGUUCUCAUCCACAUAAAUACCCGAUCCACACAGAGGUAAUGUUAUCUCCUGACGAACGUGCAGCAACAUGCACCGAAAUGCAUGUCAGGUCCAUUUUUAGUUCUCAAUUUAUGGAGCACUUCUAGACUUAUGCAUGCACUGGGUGUUUAGCGUUCCUUUUUCUUCGAUUUUUUGCUUAGACGUAUCGUUAUCUUGGGUUCAAGCCCACCUGGUGGAUCUGGUACCACCACACUGACCUCUAUGUUCCUAUCCCAUUUAUUGAGAUUAGGUUACAUAGCUUUAUCUCUGCGUUCUAUUAAAUAAUGUUAAGCUGAAUCAGGAGUUAAAUUUAAAUUUCAUUUAGCACAUGCCCCCCUAGAUACGUUUAUUAUCAUUAAGUGGUAGCAUGCCUUUACUAUGCUGCUUGCACAAGCCUUUAUAUACAAUAAGUAAUGGUUGUCAAUAUUUGAUUGGCAAUAAAGGGAACAGACUUAGAAGAAUUUGUGCCUUAUAAGCUGUGUUCCGCUUAUUAUACUUUGGACAUUUUUUGAACUGUGUGUGAGUCUGUGCCAUAAAUUGAUCUUCAAGCACAUGGCAGUGGAUGUUUGGUGAUCACCAUGGGGACUUCCAACAUCAAGAAUAACUUUCCUAGGCAUAUCCAUAAAGCAAAGGAUUACAAAAGGUCAAAUAACUUUUCUUGCAACUUAUACAUAGAUUCUCUGAAAAAUAUAGCAUUUCUAAUAUCUGAAUCCAAAACAAGGCAGAAAAUAGCUGACCCACUGUGUAUGUGAUUUAUCAAGGGAUAGGACAGAAUAAUGAUCCCAAGACACAUGCCAUUAUAUCUGGAAGCUCUGCACUGUAUAAAAUGAGGGGAGAUGAUCCUGUUUCCUUACAUUGAGAAACACAUGCAGCAGAUUUCACUGACCCCCGUGAUAAAUUAUGGCUGUGACUCCCACAGCUGUCUGAUGCUGGGCACCAUGCAGGGAUAUAUGUUACCAUACAGAGACAUAAAGCUGGGAAAUGGAGCAGCAUCCCAUUCAAUCAGAUUGCUAUUCUGUGUGUUAUUAUUCUGUAUGAUGCCUUCACAAAUCAAGAACCAGGCUUCGUUCCCUGCAUGCAAUCUCCGUAUAACUGAACCAUAUGAAGACUAUGAGUACUUUAAAGAUGGUGACAUUAUAAUUGGAGGAAUAUUCACUGUGAACAGACAUGCACUCAUCUUACCAUUUUCAGCUGACUCAUUUGAUUUGACAGUUUGUGUACUGUAAGUAAAAAGUAACACUCACUAUAAUAACAGUACCAUUAAAUGAUAUGUGAUGUUAGUGUUUGGCUGAGCAUAAUAUAUCCAUUUAUUACAUGCUGUACAGAGAUGUAAUAAUUCUCCAUUCUGGUUAAUCAUUAAACUCCCUGACACCGAGACUCUGAAACCAGGUCCUGAAUUCUGAACAAUCCUGAUUACUUUUAGUAAUAUUAGAUUUUUUUCAAUUUGAUAUUUUUUAUUAUCCAGUGUGUCAAAUAUUUACAGGAAAAUACUAAAGUAAUUUUCAGGGUUGACUCAGCCCUUCAUCCUUCCGAGGUAGAUAAAAUGAGUACCAUUAAAUUGGGUAAUAGUAACUACCCCGGAUGUUGGCUAAGGUAACAUCCCCAGGACGUACUUCAAAACCAGAGUAAUCUGGAUCUACUUUUCCUGGUUAAAUACUUUGUUAUUAUUAUUAUGUCACCAACAUGGUUAUCUGAGCAAACAUAGCAUCCCAACAAUAAUAUGAAUUACAGAUUUUGUUUUGAAGAAACAAAAAAAAUAAUAAAAAGCAAAAUGAAAAUUUGAUCAUCCUACAGCAUUUUGAAAACCUUGUUCUGCUAUAUUCUGUUAUCCUAUAUCAUCUAUAUUACUAGCAGCAAUUGUAGUUCUAAAUGAUUACAAGACUAUGAACAAUAAUCACUGACAAGAGGGUCUCUCCACUACGCAGCCCAUUUACUCCAUAAAUGAGUAAUAUCUUGGUCUGUGUAUUUCAAAUAGCUUUUUUCUUGACACCAUGGCUUUGACUUUAUCUAUUGGAGGUAUUUUAGUUAAUUUCCAAUAUUGUGCAAUUAAGCAUACGUGUGAAAAACGGCUUUGGAAAAGAAAACUGUAUUAAUCAAAUAUUUGAUUUAAGAUCCUGGGUACUUGCUUACAAAUCUCUACACAAAGCUGCUCUGACCUACCUAUCCUCACUAAUACACAAAUAUUUCCCAUAUAGGCCCCUACGCUCUGCCCACCCCCUCUAGCAUGUAGGCUUAUUGAGCAGGGCCCUCAAUCACUCUGUUCCUGUUGGUCCAACGCAUCUCCUUACAAAUAGUCCAUCCAUUGUACAGUGCUGUAGAAUUUGUUGGCGCUUUAUAAAUAAUAAUAAUGCUUACUCAUUGUGGUUGCUGUCCUGGAGUGUGUAGGGGAAUUCCAACACUUAGUUGCUAAGUUGCUAAGUGGUACAAGGAGUUGUCUGGUCAGCUGAAAACCCUCUGUCCAAUCAACCUGCUAAAUAGAUUGUGAGAAACCCUAGGGUGAUUAUUUGCCUAAAUGGACUCUUUAAAUAAUUUGGGAUAGUGAUUGGAAUGGUCCUAAAAACAUAUUGUAGCUUUGACAGCUUAUUUAUUUUUUAUUUAUUAUUCUUAUUUAUAUAGUGCCAACAAAUUCUGCCGCGCUUUACAAUAUAGAUUUUAGCCCCUCCUAUAUCUCUUCACUGAUCCACAAGUAUGCCCCUUCUCGGUCUCUCUGCUCUGCCCAUGACCUUCUCCUGUCUGCUGCUUGCACCCGUUUGGCCAACUCACGCCUGCAGGAUUUUUCACGGGCAACUUACUUUCUUUGGAAUAGCCUGAUUACCGCCAUCAGAAUCUGUUCUAGUCUUAAAUUGUUUUAAAAGGCACCUUAAACCCAUCUAUGGCCUUCAAGAAUGUUUAUGGCCUCCAAGAGUAACCUCCACCUCACAUACCUGUCUCUUGCUCUCUCCUAAAGAGUCGUACUCUACUCUCUCCUCCAGCUCUGCCUCAGUCCCACCUUGUUUGAUUGCUAUACUGAGCUUGCUCACAUUACUUGAAAGAAGACUCUACUAAGUAGACUCUUUCAAGUAGGAGUUAGAAAACCAGGAGUUGAAACAAACAAGGGGUUUAAACUAUCAAGGUAAUUGUUUUAUUGUUCUCUAUCUGGGGAAAUGAGUGUUAGCAAGAUUGCUGGUUUGACUUAAUGCACAUCUUGUUGCAUGUAUAGAUGCCUGGAUGUACCCGUCCAGGGUCCAUACCUCUGUGAUGGUUGUGUGCGAGUGGCUUCUCUGGAAGCUCAGAUUGGAGAUCUCGAGAAGCAAAUUGCAACUUUGAGGGAGAUUGACAAUCUUGAGAGGAGUCUGCUGCUCACUGAGCAGAGUUUAGUGGGGACAGGUAGUGGAGAGGGAGGAGAUAAGACAGAUGGGAAACAGGCAUGUAGCCAGUGGGGUGAGGAAGCAGGGGGGAGGGAGGAGGAAAGGGCUAGCUAGUCCUGAUUUGGUGCAACCUAGCAGAUUUGCCCGUUUGAGGGAAGAUGUUGGGAACAUCAGCUCAGGAGUAGCUGUAUUAGAGGAAGCUGUUACUUCUAACAGCCGAGCUAACAGCCCCCCUAGUACGGGUGGGGAUCAUAAUGUAAGGAAGGCAAGACAGGUUGUGGUGGUAGGUGACUCUAUCAUUAGGAGAGCAGAUAGGGCAAUAUGAUGCUCUGAGCGGCUCAACCGGACAGUUUGCUGUCUCCCGGGUGCUCGGGUCCGACAUGUUGGAUGAGUGGAUGGAUUAUUGGGAGGAGCUGGGGAUGACCCAGCAGUCAUGGUCCAUAUUGGUACCAAUGACAAAGUAAGAGGAAGAUGGAAGGUCAUAAAGAAUGAUUUCAGGGAAUUAGGUAGCAAACUUAAGAAAAGGACCUCCAAGGUGGUAUUCUCUGAGAUAUUACCUGUGCCAUGUGCUACAGUGGAAAGGUAGUGGGAUUAGAGAGGUCAAGGCGUGACUUAAGUCUUGGUGCAGGAAGGAGGGUUUUGGGUUUUUAGAACACUGGGCCGACUUUGCGAUUAGGUACAACCUUUAUAGUAGUGAUGGAUUGCACCUAAACGGGAGAGGGUCUGCAGUGCUGGGGGAUAGGAUGGCUAGAAGGUUGUAGGAGAUUUUAAACUAGUAGUAGGGGGGGAGGGUCAUAGCAAUCUACAAAAUGGAGAUAGGACAGAAAGGAUAUGGGCUUUAGCACAGUAUAAGGGGGUGGAUACGGGGGAGCAAGCUCAGAACAGAGAAGCUAUGUAAUGUUGAUAAUUCACAAAAUAUACAAGUGACGCAUGAUAUUAAAUGUAUGCUUACUAAUGCAAGGAGCCUAAAUAACAACAUGGGGGAACUAGAGGCAUUAGCAUACACUAAACAAUAUGAUAUAAUAGGCAUAACUGAAACAUGGUGGGAUGAGACACAUGACUGGGCAGUUAACUUAAAUGGGUACACGUUAGUUAGGAAGGAUAGGAAAAACAAGAAGGGUGGUGGGGUAUGUUUGUAUGUCAACCAUGAUUUAACCCCUUAAGGACCAAACUUCUGGAAUAAAAGGAAAUCAUGACAUGUCACACAUGUCAUGUGUACUUAAGGGGUUAAAGCCAAAUGUAAAGCAAAUGGAAUGCGAGGAGGAUAAUGUGGAAGCUUUAUGGGUAAAUAUCUGCUUGGGGAAAAGAAGGGAAACCAACUAUUGGUUGGGAUAUGUUAUAAACCACCUAAUGUUAAUAUUGACGAGGAACAACAGCUGUUUGAGCAAAUUGAGAAAGCUGCAAAUCUGGGUAACACUUUAAUUAUUGGAGAUUUUAAUUACCCGGAUAUAAAUUGGGACAGAGGGACUAGUGCCUCAGCAAAGGGAAUUAGGUUUUUAAACUUGUUAAAUGACACCUUCAUGUCACAACUUGUACAAGCACCAACUAGAAUGGAUGCUUGUCUGGACAUGGUUUUAACAAACAACGUUGAUCUUUUGACCAACAUCCAAGUAGGUGAGCACUUGGGAAAUAGUGAUCACAAUAUAGUGUCCUUUGAAAUAAACUCAAAAAAUCAAAAGCACAUGGGGAAUACUAAAACAUAUAAUUUUAAAAAGGCCAAUUUCAAUAAGUUAAGGGAAGCUUUACAAUAUAUUGACUGGCAUAAACUCUUUAGUGAAAAGAACACUGAGGAUAAAUGGAUCAUCUUCCAACAAAUAUUACAAAGGUACAUAUCUCAGUAUGUACCAUUGGGAAAUAAAUAUAAAAGAAACAAAUUAAAACCAAUGUGCCUUAGUAGAGAAGUAAAACAAGAGAUUAAAAAUAAGAAAAUGGCAUUUAAAGCAUUUAAAUCGGACAAAUCAGAUGCAUCUUAUAAAAGAUAUAAGCAAAAAACUUUGCACCAAGUGCAAAAAAACCCUUGUGGCUAUAAAAAGGGGGAAAUAAAAUUAAUAUAAAUUACCCCAUUUGAAUAGGAAGUGCGAAGACUCCUCAGUGUCUUCUUAAACAUAAAUAUAGAACAAUAAAAAAUGCACAACCUAAAAAUAUAAAACAAAGGGACACCGCAAUAGUGUAGAUACAAACUAAUAAUAAAAUAUAAAAAAAGACUAAAAUUCACUCACAAACAUAAGGAUAGAUAGACGGGGUAUGCAAAAUCUUUUCAAGUGCUUCUUUUCUUCUCCUAUUCCAGAAUGGAGGCUUAGGACAACGCACAGAAACAAAACAUAGUGUAUAGCUGUAUGAAUAAAAGGAUAACUUUAUUUGUUUGUUUAUUUUUUCCUUAUGUUUGUGAGUGAAUUUUAGUCUUUUUUAUAUUUUAUUAUUCCUUUUUUUAUAUUUUAUUAUUAGUUUUUAUCUACACUAUUGCGGUCUCCCUUUGCUUUAUAUUUUUAGGUUGUGCAUUAUUGUAUUGAGUUCCGCAGUUGUCCAUUCAUUUUAAGUUUGGCUGUGGGGUGGAAAUAUAUAGCGUUAAGCCAGUUUGCCCAGUUGGGGUGGAAUCCCAUGGUCUGCAUGGUGGUUCUCAGUAGGGACCAUUCUACUCAGGCUAAUGCUUUUUCAGCAUCAACUGAGAGCAGAAGGCUGGGGUGAGAGUAGGAUUUGUAUACAUUUAAUAUUGAGCAACCUGGUAGUAUUAUGCUUAGAUUACCGUUUGGGUACAAAGCCUGAUUGGUCGGAGUGUAUUAGGUCGUGUAAAAGAGGGUAUAAACAGUAAGCAAGUAUUUUUGUGAAAAUCUUGAGGUCUAUGAUAAUUAAGGAAAUUGGGCGGUAACUGGCUGUCUGUGAGGGAGUUAAAAGUAUGUAGAAAGGGAUCUGUCAGUGUUUCCACGAAUGCUUUGUAAUAUUUGGCUGUAAAGCCGUCCAGGCCUGGACUUUUAUUCAUGGGCAAUGAGCGUACAACUACGGUGAAUGUGUCUUUUGUCGACGAAAGACACAUUCACCGUAGUUGUACGCUCAUUACCCAUGAAUAAAAGUCCAGGCCUGGACAGCUUUACAACUACGGUGAAUGUGUCUUUUGUCGACGAAAGACACAUUCACCGUAGUUGUACGCUCAUUGCCCAUGAAUAAAAGUCCAGGCCUGGACGGCUUUACAACUACGGUGAAUGUGUCUUUCGUCAAUGGGCAGUCAAGAUUUUGCAACAUAUCAAUUGGCAUCUUGUUUUGUACCCUCGUGGACAGAAAGCAUUCAAUGUCGGUUGCAGAUGGAGGCGAUUCCCUCAGAUUAUAUAGUUUGGAAUAGAAUUGGUGGAAAGCCUUCAUAAUGUCUGGCAGGGCAUGGGAUAGCCCCUUAUCCAGGUGUUUCAUCUUGGGUACAAAUGUAGUCUGUCUGCUAUGUUUCAGGAAUGAAGCCAGGAGGCAUCCGCAUUUUCCACCUGUGUAAUAGUAUGUGAGUUUAAGAGUUGCUGUAAUUCAGACCUUUUUGAGAUCAGCAUUUUGUAAGUUACAAAAGAGUCUUUGUGUUUAUGAGCUAGUUCUAAAGCUAUAGAAUGUCAUCUGUAAGGGAUUGUAUUCUGGCGUCACAUAUUUUUUUUCUGUUUGGAUGUGAUAGCUAUGAUUACUCCCUUAAUUACACAUGUGUGUGCUUCGCAGGUUAUCAGAGGUGAGACAGAGGGUGAGGUGUUGUCUUGAAGUAAUUUUGGAGUGAGCUCUGAAGUUGUGAGAUUAUGCUCUGGUCAUUCAGCAAGAGGUCGUUUUAUAGGUAGGGAGGGAAUCUGAAUGACAAGGGACAGGAGCGCAUGGUUGGACCAGGUUAUAGGGUCAUAAGAACAUGAGGUAGCCAGAUGAAGGAACCUGUGGGGGAGAAAGAACAUAUCUAGCCUCGGAUAUGUGUGUGUCACCGGAGAAUAAUAGGAGUAGUCUUUCGUGGUGAGAUGGCUAAUCCACCAGCAGUCAUGGAGCUGUGAGCGGUGUAAAAGGUGGGAGAAUUGUGUGCGUACUGGAUUCUGGUGAGGGGAUGCUAAAGAUGUAGUGUCUAGGGCGGAGUCUAAGGAGAGGUUGCAAUCUCCCCUAUUAUAAGUAUUCCCUCAGGAAAUUGUUCUACCAAUUAAAAAUACUUUUUAUGGACAUUGCAUUGGCCUUUGUUUGGUAGAUAGAGGUUCACAAAGGUGAUAAUAUUGUGUCUCAUGUUGCCUUUGACCAUUAAGAUUCUUCCUGAAUCAUCAGUUUUCUGGGCAAGGUUGUUAAGGGUACCUGGGCAGAGAUUAAGAUGGCUACCCCUCAUGCUUUCUUCUCUGAAAAAUGGCCAAAAUAGCUAGUAAGGUAUUUACGAUUUCUAAAGUUUGGGGCCACAUUUUUUUUAAAGUGAGUUUCUUGGAGGUUUUUGUAGUUCCAGAGAGUUUAAUACCCUCACAUUCAGAGUUAUUAUAUGUAGGAUAGCCACUCUCCAGUUUUAGGGUUAAGAGAAAUCAUCUGCUCUUCUCCCCUCACAAAGCACAGGAAUGAAAGAUAUACAAACAGAACAAAAGAACUAUAUACAGUCAACGAAUAUUGAGAUUAAUAUAAACUUUGUAUGGAUUAGCACCAAGGGUUAGGUGUGUAAAAAAACCUUCUGUGUCUGUCUCUGGUGAGGGCACCGCAAGAUAGGUCAAGAACCCAUAUGUGUAAAAUAAAUGUUAAGUCCGUUUAGCAGUGUAUAGAAAGUAAAUAUUGUUAGUUUAGCAGUGGUGGCGGUAAAUCUGUAUAAUGAGGUUUGGAUGUGGGUACACUUUCUCCCCUUUCCUUACUAUGCCCAGAAUGACACUAAGGGUCUAAAAUUUAAUGUGGUGAUUAUCGCUUUCCCCGUCUUUUGCAAAGAGUUUUGGGGUAAUAAUGUAUCAGUGACGUCACUGAUAUGUGAGGUAACUGAUAUAGUCCAUUGCGUGGACUAGCUAGUCAUCUCUCUUUGUUAUAAAGAUAGGAAAGCCGUAUGUAUAGGGGGUGCACACUAUUAUAUACAACCCUUCAACAUAGCUCUAAGUGUAUUAAAACAUUGUUUUCCUUUUUAUAUGUAUUUAUUAAUUAAAAUGCCAAAAUAUCAGAGUAUUGCAGGCAAUGAUACCUUUUUUAUUGAACUAUCAUAAUAUUUCAAAGACAAGUUUUGAGAGUUUUCCUUUCUUCCUCCGGUCUGAAGCAGUGCUGAAUUGUAUUGGCACAUCUUGAAUUGUAAAUAUGCUGUGCAGGUUGCCUUUAUAUGUGGCGCUUAACGGAAGUGGAAAUCCCCACCUGUAUUUGACGUUUCUCACCCUUAAUUGUUCUGUGAUGGGUUUGAUAGAUCUUCAAGCUUGAUCUUUUUCUGUGAAUCCUCUUAUCCAGAGAUUGUUUCAUCUCCCCCUAUUAUCUAAAUCAUUCAUAUAGCGAUGGAUAGCUGUGAGAUGGGAGGUAUGUGCCUUCACAGUGUCUUGGAGGGACUGUAUCUGUUUGUCUACAAUGUUCCUGUCACCUUCCAGUGAUCCCACUCUAUCUCCCAUGUGGCGAAUGUUGAUGCCAAUGGCAUCCAGCUUGCUUUUAAAUGAUACCUCCAACUUUCCCAAUAUGAUUGCCAGGUCCUGCUUUGAGGGAAUAUUUCUUAGGAAAUCUCUCACCUCCAUAUCUGCUGGAGUAUGAUUCAGUUUUUGUUUGUUUGCAAAUAAUAUUCUUUAUGACUUAUUGCUGAGUGCAUUUCAUGUUUUUCUUAUUAGAAUCUAUUUUGAUCAUUCCCAUUCUAUAAUUCAGUUUUGCCAUUUUGUCAUGAUUUUUUUCUGAUAACACUGUGAACUAUAAAAUCUUUAUCAGAUAAACCCACCUGGUCUAUAAAUCUCUCCCUGAUCUACAAAUCUCUCCCUGGUCUAUAAAUCUCUCCCUGGUCUAUAAAUCUCUCUCUGGUCUAUAAAUCUCUCCCUGGUCUAUAAAUCUCUCUCUGGUCUAUAAAUCUCUCCCUGAUCUACAAAUCUCUCUCUGGUCUAUAAAUCUCUCCCUGAUCUACAAAUCUCUCCCUGAUCUACAAAUCUCUCCCUGGUCUAUAAAUCUCUCUCUGGUCUAUAAAUCUCUCCCUGGUCUAUAAAUCUCUCCCUGAUCUAUAAAUCUCUCCCUGAUCUACAAAUCUCUCCCUGGUCUAUAAAUCUCUCCCUGGUCUAUAAAUCUCUCUCUGGUCUAUAAAUCUCUCCCUGGUCUAUAAAUCUCUCUCUGGUCUAUAAAUCUCUCCCUGAUCUACAAAUCUCUCUCUGGUCUAUAAAUCUCUCCCUGAUCUACAAAUCUCUCCCUGAUCUACAAAUCUCUCCCUGAUCUAUAAAUCUCUCCCUGAUCUACAAAUCUCUCCCUGGUCUAUAAAUCUCUCUCUGGUCUAUAAAUCUCUCCCUGGUCUAUAAAUCUCUCUCUGGUCUAUAAAUCUCUCCCUGGUCUAUAAAUCUCUCUCUGGUCUAUAAAUCUCUCCCUGAUCUACAAAUCUCUCCCUGGUCUAUAAAUCUCUCUCUGGUCUAUAAAUCUCUCCCUGGUCUAUAAAUCUCUAUCUGGUCUAUAAAUCUCUCCCUGGUCUAUAAAUCUCUCCCUGGUCUACAAAUCUCUCCCUGGUCUAUAAAUCUCUCUCUGGUCUAUAAAUCUCUCCCUGGUCUACAAAUCUCUCCCUGAUCUACAAAUCUCUCCCUGGUCUAUAAAUCUCUCCCUGAUCUACAAAUCUCUCCCUGGUCUAUAAAUCUCUCUCUGGUCUAUAAAUCUCUCCCUGGUCUAUAAAUCUCUCCCUUGUCUAUAAAUCUCUCCCUGGUUUAUAAAUCUCUCUCUGGUCUAUAAAUCUCUCUCUGGUCUACAAAUCUCUCCCUGGUCUAUAAAUCUCUCCCUGAUCUACAAAUCUCUCCCUGGUCUAUAAAUCUCUCCCUGAUCUAUAAAUCUCUCCCUGGUCUAUAAAUCUCUCCCUGGUCUGAUCAUUUAGUGCAGCUGUUCCAUCAUAUCCAGGCUCUUUCACUAAUUUAAAUGCUUAACACUUCUAGAAUAUUGAUCAUUCCACUGAAAUUAGAAAUGUAUUAUAUGUGUGUGUUUUGUAUGGUUUUAAUAUUGCAAAUAACAAAUACAGUAUUUUUUAUUUUACAGACCUGGCCUCUCUAGUUAUCUCGACUUACACAUGUUCUUAUAUUAUUUAGAAUAUAUUAUUAAUAAUAAACGUUGGUCACCAAAUAUCACAUUGGGAUACCAUUUCUUUGAUUCCUGUGCUCACCCAGUGAAAGCUGUGAAGAGUGUCUUUCAGAUUCUAUCUGGACUAAGGAAGCCUGUCCCUAAUUAUUCCUGUAGGGAUUAUAACAAAGUGGCUGGUUUUAUUGGGGAUCUCCACUCAGUUACAACUAUUCCUAUAGCUCAGAUACUGGGUGUAUACAGAUAUUUACAGGUGAGUAAAACGAAUUUCACACUAAGGUUACAGAUUGUUACUAUAAAAAUAUGGGGCACACAGGUAUUUGCAGCAUUUUACAAGUUGUUUGAUAUCAGACGUGUGCAGGUUGAUACAUUUUGGAUCUCCGAAAAAAAAUCAGGUUGGCCAAUCAAUUGUUCUUCUCAACUAAAUUUUGGAAACAAAUAAAUCCUGAAUUACAUUUGAGCCUCCAGAACAGCAGGAGCUGUGCAUACAUUCAGAAACAGCCACACUAUGCCCUGGCCUAUAGCCUAAGCAAUAUCAGUUAUUUUUGUGAUGCCAAAAAUGACAGGAAGCUACUUUUAUAAUGAUUUAUUGUAAUCGUUUUUCUUUUUCCAUUUUGUAUUUUGAAAGAUUGGGGAUCAUGGGUAAUUUCAGGCUGAUAAAAAUUUAUUUUUAGCAAGCAAUGUAGUGUUUCUGGACCUAGGACAUACUAGAAAAUCAGAGACAUCUCAAUGUAUCCUUCAUGGUAAAAUAUUUUAUAAAUAAAUAAGACAUACCAUGGUAUAUAUACCUACAAGAAGAGCAGAACAAAUAAUUCCUUCUGACAAUUAAUUCACCAUGAAAUAUUUUCUUGUUGGGAUAUUUUGACUUGUCUUGUGUAAGUAGAGAGUGUCACAACAUAUAUACAUUUAUGGAACUAAACAGUGUAUGAAAUUAUAUAAAGUUGAGAUUUUGCAGAAAUCCAACCCCUGAUCAAUCAGGCUUUCAUCCAAAUCACUCAACUACGACUGCCCUCUUAAAAGUUUGCAAUGACAUCCAAGCUGGCAUGGAACAAGGAGACCUAACAGGAGCUAUUUUCCUUGAUUUUACCAAGGCCUUUGACACAGUAGACCAUGACAUUUUAUUGCAGUAUCUCAUGAAUUGGACAUUAACCACUAAACUGGGUUUGAUCAAAUUUAUCGUGAGAUAUUCCCCAAGGAUCCAAACCUGGCCCCAUACUAUUUGCAUUAUUUAGAAAUGAUCUGCCUAAUGCAAGGUCUCAUUGUUCCAUGCCAGUUUGGAUGUCAUUGCAAACUUUUAAGAGGGCAGUCGUAUUUGAGUAAUUUGGAUGAAAGUCUGAUAGAUCAGGGGUUGGAUAGUUUAAAUGUUGGUAAUACUCACAUAGUUUUUUUUUUACAAUAUGGGGACAAAUGAUAUCGGAUGAUAGGUAGAGACCAAUGUAUUGUCACCACUUUUAUAGAUAGGUAGGAGCUCCUUGUACCCCAGGCUGGGACAGAAGAAAACUGCCAUUCUUCUGGAGCUUCUCCACCCUGGAACAGGAUAGGGGACUAGUUCUAUUCCCUCCCAGGGAUUGGACGACACACCGUCGUUGGAGCUCUAGUCUUUACAAGGACUUUCCCCACUGAAUCCUCCACAAGCUGGAACAAGGUGCAGAGUAGUGAAUAGCCCUUCCCCUCCCAGUAACAGUCCUGGGACUAUAACUGAUUGUAAUGAUUCAAACUUGACCUGUUAUGCACAGACUCCAGCAGGGGGUCUCCAUUGUUUUCAGCACAAGCCCCUAACAGGAAUCUCUGGGCCUGGGAGAUAAUUGCAAUAAAGACCGGUAAGCUAAUUAUCUCCCAGGAACAGAGAGCCAAACACAAAAAUAUAAAAACAUAAAAUAACCCCACAAAUAAUACAUCUUUAAAUAGCCCUGAAAAGAACGCCCAAGUUCUCCAAAUAUAACGCAGAUCCAUGCAGUGUAGGGGAAACGCCACUGUGUUAAAGUUUUGUUCAGCCACAUACGUGGUCCUAUGCAUAAAAUAGUUCCAGGGCAUUUCGUCAUUGCCAGUCAAGUUUUAGGAGCUCCUGCAGUCGCAAUACGGGGUGUUCUGUCUGGCUCUUGGGUAGCGUUUGUUCCCCUUAGUCUCAGGUACCUUCUCUCCAAAAGAACUCUCCUGGCGGAGGACUAUUCAUGGGUUUGGUUCAUGCGAACAGCCACCAGAGAGCUAGCGUUCGGUUCCAUUCUCAUCAAGGGAAAGUGCAGAACCAGGGGCACCUAGGGAAAGCUCCUAAUGGCAGCUGGGCAGGGUAACUCUAAGAUGAUGCCUAUAGUAAGUGGGCAGGAGGUAGGUGUCCACCCUUCUACAGGAGUCUGUGGCAAAUGUACAUGCAGUCCAGACACCAUGGAUUAAUUGAUUAGGGUAGUAAAAGGUUUAGCAAUUGCUGGCGCAUUGAGGUACUGCGACAUUGCUGGGACUUGAUGUGAUCCACACUGGUUUUUCAUUUUUAGAUUAUUAAGGUGUUUAUUAAUUGUACUCAUUGGCACAGGUCUAAAAUUUAAUUUCUCUAUAUGAGGUAUGUGACGAUACUGCCUGUUACUGUUGCCCCAGGCUAGCUGAGGGUUGGACCGUAGAAAGGAUGCUCCUAGUGCUCACCAAGGACCAUCAGUACUGCACCAGACACCAUAAGCACUGCAGACCCCAUGAACCGCCACUGCUUGGUUGGGGCUUCGCCAUCUCCUACCCACCCUGGACCUACGACAAGGCUCCAUUUUCCAGUGGGUGAACCUCUCUUCCUUCUGAACGUGAAGCAGAAAUAGGAACAAGCUCCUACAAGAGCUCAGUGAAGCUAAGGGAGUAGUCAGAGCAUAGCAAUCCCUGUAGUGAUUAUAGCUGUCCCCUCCAAACACGAGUCGACACUGCGAGUUAAGGGUAAAGUAGAACUGGUUUAAUGACCACAAAGGUAUUUCUUAUAUACAGUUUUCCCCGCAAAGUUACCACCCAUGUGGAGCACAGAACACAAAGUCACAAAAGCCAAUCAACACAGAAUUGUACAGUUAGACACUCUCAGAUACUGUACACAAACCCUUCCCUCUGACUGUGAUACAACUAACAAAGACAAUGGGCUAACUCAAUUACCACAGACAUAAAACAUAAUUUUUUUUACCGAAAACACAGAAAACACCCCAAAACAGCACAUAUCCCCACAACUCCUACAUCCCUGGAUAGCCCUGAACAACAUAUCCAAAAAUCACCCAGCUCAGAGCAGGGGUUCAAAAGUUUUAUUGAAGUCAGAUUCUACUCUAUCCUGAAGAUAAUUGGCUUAAGUGGCUGGGGUAACUUAAUUAUCUCCAGGUACAGGAAAUAUCUCUAACUCAAAAACUGUUACAAAAACCACAUAAAAAUACAUAAAUCUUAUAAUACAAUAUUGAACCUAUAUGUCCAACAUAUCCCCAGAUAGCUUGGAUCUGAGUGCUCAAUAUGUACAAUGUUAAAAGUGCACUAUAGUACAAAUAAGGGUAGGGUUAUAAAAUAGCAAGGGCUGAUGGGAGAUUGAGCGGGGACAAAGCAGCCAGUUUAAACUGGUCUGGCAGUGUCCCUGGGACAUUGCCCUGCUGGAGAAACAAUAAGUCAGGAAAAAGGGGGAGAGGAAGAGGCAUAUUUUCCCAUGGAAGUCACUUUUUAGCCUGUCUUUUUGCAGGGCCAUAGUCUUGGGGCAGGAGUCUGGCAAUCAGGCCCCUCCAGAAGCCAGUGGCGAAGGGUAUUCAUCACACUGCCUAAUAUCAUCCAUGGUUUUUGUGGCGAGACCAAUCUCGCCACAUUGCAUUGGAGAAGCCUGGUUGCUCGCCUGCUGCCUUUGGACUAUGGCCCCCUGUUAAAAUACAUCUUUUUUACCUGCAGAAAAGCAUCAUUCAUGCUUUUCUGCCUGGGGUUCGGUAGAUUUGUUUGAAUGUGUUAUAGCCCAGAUAGGAAUCCCAUGGAGCCCAUUCGUAUGAAACUGACUGUAAAGACUUUGGCUCCAUGGCGAUUAAACUGUAUUCGUGUGGUCUGAGCGCCAUUCACUUAAUAAUGUGCGCUCAGACCUGAGCUAUCUGGGGAUAUGUUAAAUGUAUAGUUUUAAUGUAAGGUGUCUUACCUGAUGUAUUUUAAAGUGUUUUACUGUCUUUGUGUCCCCAUGUGCUCAAUGGAGUCUGCCUCUAUCCCUGGAUAAUUGGAUUACUUUCCCCAUUGUCCAGGAUAGAGGGCUCUGUAAAACCUGUUUGAGCCAGAUAGCCAUGCUGCCAGCCAGGGUACAAAAGAUACUUUUUACUAACUUUUGAACCCCUGGUCUGAUUCAUGCCAUUUUUUAAUAUGUUGUUCCCCUGAAUGGAUUGAUUGUGAAUAUGUAAUUUUAUGUGAAUGUGAUGUAUGGUUUUAGAGUUAUGAAAGUUGGGUAGAAAGUAUGUUUUAACUGUAUGUGUAAUUGAGUUUCCUCUCAGGAUAAGGGGAGGGAAUAUGUGGGAUGUAACUGUGAUGUGAUUGGUUGUUUUAUACCUCCCUGUGGGCGGUCCUGUAUUUGCAAGACUGUAAUAAAACCAGGCUGGGUGUGCCAGCACCUCAGACCACUGCUUGACCCUCAACACGGAGCCUUGUCUCGUUCUUGGGGGGAUUCACUGUAUGCUGUUAGAGACUGAUUGCCAGGAGUGUAAGCUGAUUGUCUGCUUUUCCUGUUCGUCUGCUAGCAGCUAUUUGGGAGGUUCCAGUUCGGGAGUUGGAGUGCUAUUUUGUAUCCAGUUCGGGAGUUUGGUGUUCUGCAGUAGCUGUGCCUGUAUCUCUGGAAAGGGGGCCGAUCGCCUAAACGGUUUUUACCCCUUGUGUGCAAAACGGUCCGUUACAAUUGGUGGCAAGCGGCGGGAUCGUUCCUACAGCCAGAAGGACAGCUACAGGAGACACCAUUUCUUUGGAUUUACAAGUGGGGGCAACGCAUGUCCCAGUACAGCAACCCUAAAAGCAACAGAAUGGAACCAGCAGUGUUAUACAAGGAGGAGGACCUGGAUGGCCGGGAUGCAUUAAGGAAAGGCAUCUGGUACCAGGCCCUGGAUAAUGUACAAUACCAGCGGGGUGAGAGUCUCCCCAGUGAAGAGCAGCGGUUGCAGAAGCAAGUGGCCCUGCGGAUGCCCUUCCUGGGAGAGCAGCCCCUGGAGGAAUGGGUGAAGGAACUAGAGCAUCGGGUAUGGCAGGAGCUAUGGCUGGAGGAUGCCUACCAGGCGCUCUGGUGGUAUAUGGCACAGUAUAUACCCUGGACAGCUAACAAACCAGAGGGAGAGGAUUUUGAUGGUCCUGGCUUGUUAUGGGAGUCCUUUGCAGAGCCUGACUUCGGGAGCCCUGAGCAGAACAGACUUCAGGAAAUUUUCUACGAGAGGGAGGCUAGGCAUGACUGGGAUGACCCCCAUGAGGUAGAGCAAGACCUGGCUCACCUAGCAACCCUGGAGUGGGAACUGGAGCAGGACUACCGAGAUCUCUUCCACUCCAUUGGGAAGGCUCCGCAGGACAGCAGAGUGACAGAUCCAGUCUCAGACCCAUUCAGCUGGGAAGAUAUUGUUGAAAUUUACUGGGAGGAACCCCAGGCGGCAGGUGGAGAGGGGACCGAGGUCUCUCCACCGGUAUUGCAGGGAAUUGGGAGCCCGAGCUCCAUUCCCCAGCGGGAGAUAUUGCAGGGAAUUGGGAGCCCAAGCUCCAUUCCCCAGCGGCAGGCUGAGUUACAGGGGGCAGAGGUAGUUGUUCCUGCCCUCCAGCAGCAGAGUGAUAUGCUGGGAAGGCAGUGUGAAGUGCAGGGAGAGGAGAGCAGCGUCCUCCCUCCCCAGCGGCAGGCUGAGUUACAGGGGGCAGAGGUAGUUGUUCCUGCCCCCCAGCAGCAGAGUGAUAUGCCGGGAAGGCAGUGUGAAGUGCAGGGAGAGGAGAGCAGUGUCCUCCCUCCCCAGUGACAGGCUGAGUUACAGGGGGAAGAGGUAGUUGUUCCUGCCCCCCAGCAGCCAAGUGAUAUGCCGGGAAGGCAGUGUGAAGUCCAGGGAGAGGAGAGCAGUGUCCUCCCUCCCCAGCGGCAGCGUGAUUUUAUGGGAAUUGAGAGCCCAGUCUCCAUUCCCCAGCGGGAGAUAAAACAGGGAAUUGGGGACCCAGUCUCCAUUCCCCAGCGGCAGAGUGUCCUACCGGGAAUAGAGAGCCCAGUCUCCUUUCCCCAGCAGCAGGACUCUGUAUUGGGAGCAGAGACAGUCGGUCUCCCUCCCCCGCGGCUGGAAAUAUAUAUGGGAGAGGAGCUUGUUACCCCCUCUCCCCAGUGGCAGCUUAAUGUACCCGGGGGUAAGCCCCACAACUGUGCAGAUGGGACCGUGGUCUUUGCACAUACAGCACAGGGGGUAGGGACGGUCGGUUCUGCCCCCCAGCAACAGGGCUGUGUAGCCAAAGGGGAGACAGUUGGUCUCCAGCAGCAGAGCUGUGUAACCAAAGGGGAGACAGUCGGUCUCCAGCAGCAGAGCUGUGUGUCAAAAGGUGAGACAGUCGGUCUCCAGCAGCAGGACUGUGUAUCUAAAGGGGAGACAGUCGGUCUCCCCCUCCAACAACCAGGCUUCAACCAGGCUACCCUCCCAGUAGCGCUGGCAACAGGGCAGAGUGCCGCUGGUCUCUGCCUGUGCAGCACCCCACCAAGUCAGCGUACCCGUACCCAGCACAGCCGUGGUGAGGCACCUGGACAUGGACAAGCUUCUCCUCUACCCAGGUGCAGUAACCAUUUAUUGUGGGUGGGCUGUGCUGUUGAUUAUGUCUUGUGGGUGGGCUGCUGGACUAACAAGGGCACUGACCGGCAGGAGUUCAGAUACCCUGUAAGUCUGUUUGGAAAAGGGGAGAGAUGUGACGAGACCAAUCUCGCCACAUUGCAUUGGAGAAGCCUGGUUGCUCACCUGCUGCCUUUGGACUAUGGCCCCCUGUUAAAAGACAUCUUUUUUACCUGCAGAAAAGCUUCAAUUGUGCUGUUCUGCCUGGGGUUCGGUAGAUUUGUUUGAAUGUGUUAUACCCCAGAUAGGAAUCCCAUGGAGCCCAUUCGUAUGAAACUGACUGUAUAGACUUUGGCUCCAUGGCGAUUAAACUGUAUUUGUGUGGUCUGAGCACCAUUCACUUAAUAAUGUGCGCUCAGACCUGAGCUAUCUGGGGAUAUGUUAAAUGUAUAGUUUUAAUGUAAGGUAAAUACCUGAUGUAUUUUAAAGUGUUUUACUGUCUUUGUGUCCCCAUGUGCUCAAUGGAGUCUGCCUCUAUCCCUGGAUAAUUGGAUUACUUUCCCCAUUGUCCAGGAUAGAGGGCUCUGUAAAACCUGUUUGAGCCAGAUAGCCAUGCUGCCAGCCAGGGUACAAAAUAUACUUUUUACUAACUUUUGAACCCCUGGUCUGAUUCAUGCCAUUUUUUAAUAUGUUGUUCCCCUGAAUGAAUUGAUUGUGAAUAUGUAAUUUUAUGUGAAUGUGAUGUAUGGUUUUAGAGUUAUGAAAGUUGGGUAGAAAGUAUGUUUUAACUGUAUGUGUAAUUGAGUUUCCUCUCAGGAUAAGGGAAGGGAAUAUGCAACCCAAGGCAGAUGUGCCCCUUUUACUUGCACUUUACUCAGAAGGGCAUGCAAAUCCCAAACUUGCAAGAGCUCAAACUAAAAACAUUCAGUUGCAAAGUCUAAAUUUGGCAUUAGACAUCAUCUGUGCAAUGUUAGAUUCUCGAGAUCUAUAAAUCAAUUUAUAAAGGAUUUUAGAUUAAAUUAAAUAGACAUGGUGAUAACCUUGGAAAGGGAUUUAGUGGCCUUUAUUUUGCGUAUGCAGUACACUAAACAGUGAUGACUGAAACUUAGGUUAGGAAACUUAGGUUACGGAGAACCACCCACCUCCUAGAUUGUAGCAGGACAACUAGAGAGAAUCCAAUCGAGCAAGGUAUGGUUAUGGUUUUUAAUAUUAAUGUGAGUUGGCGAGGAAAUUAAUUGUGUUAGCUGCAAAGUUUUAAACAGCGAACAUGAUUUACUAUUUUUGGGAUUCAGCCAAUCAAUAUUAAAAUCUCCAAAAAUCAGCAGUUCACCUUUUGAGUAUAGAGCUAUGGUUUUACAAAGGAGUUGGGUUACGUUGGAAAGGGAAAGUACUAGAGAGCUGAGUGGGUGGUAGAUUCCCACAACAAUUAAUGGUUUACUGAAUGGGAUCUCGAUUAUGCCAGAAAGGAAAUCAAAGGUGGCAGGACUGCUAUCAUUAUUUAAAGGGGUUAACUUUAUGGACUUUUCAAUAUAAAUGAAAAAAAAUUAAAAUGUAAAAGCGCACACCAAAGGGUAAAUGUUCGUAAUUUUAUAUAAUAACUGGUAACUGAUAGUAGAUUUUCCUUCCCUUUGUACUGAGAAUAUAUUAAAUAAUACAUGGUACAGUUUCUCUAUACAGAAAAUAUAAAUAUACAACAGAACAUAGUGUAAUCUGUAUAUAAUCCACAAUAGUAUGGAAGUUUUUGAGCUGGAACCACUCACACUUUUUUGAGCUGUUUAGAAGUUGACUAGGAACUGAUAGGGCCUUUAUGUCACUUUCAAGGACAUAGAAAACUUUUCCUCCUUUCAAAUGGAUCCAGUUAUUGCAGUAAGCAUCUAGUGGAAAGUUGGAGUCAGGAGCCAGGAGUUGAAGAUAUAUUAGCAAAAAUGUAUUACAUAUAAAACAAAAUUAAAAAAUACACAACGCGUUUCAACCAUUUACAUAUGGUCUUCCUCAGGUGCUGUUCAACAUUACAAUGAGCAUGGUGCCAUUUAUAUAUGCUAUAACAUAGAUACUUAAUUAUAUCAUUUGUUACACAUGUAACAAAACAUCACACCCAUUUCCUUAUAUGGUUCGGACCGGAUGUGUAAUGCCACCUCCAAUAUGGCUACACAUCCGGUUCGGGCAUCUCUAGUGCCAUAUUCAUACAUCCAAUCUAUCAUCAAGGAAAAAAAUAUAAAACACACAAAAUAAACAUUGAAACAAAUCCAAUGCUUCUCCUUUCCUAUCCGAGACAUCCAUCACGAGAUAGGUCACUUGUGGGUGUCUCGGUUGAUGGGGAAGCUAAAAUCCGCUUCACUUGUCCGUCGAGUCACUUCCUGUGACGUGCGCAUUCCAUAAUCCGGUCUGUCGCGUCACUUCCAGUUUCAUCGAGUUGCGGCGGUAUGUCCCUUUUCUCCUUCCAUAAUUUCUUAAAGUUCUCGUAGUUCCCACAUGAGGCCAGAGGGGCCAUUUUCAAAGUGGUAUAGUAGUCCCAUAUAAUAAUAGAAAUGCAUAUAUAUGGACAAGAAAAGGAGAGGAACAUUUACAGAGGGGAAAAAAAUAAAUGUUUUAGUCUUAUCAUUUCUUUUUCCCCCUCUGUAUAUGUUCCUCUCCUUUUCUUGUCUAUAUAUAUGCAUUUCUAUUAUUAUAUGGGACUACUAUACCACUUGCAGUCUAAUAAAACUCUUAAAUACCACUGUUACAUUGUUGGUUUAAAAAAGCACACUUUUUUGUGCUAAAUAGUACAUUUGCGGCCUGCGCUGCACUUCAUAUCUGAGAGUCAAAUAGAACCGUCAAAUACUGUGGUUACAGCUCAGUUUGAACAAUUCACAUUUUUUGGGUGCUAAAAAGUAAAUUUGGGGUGUGCACUUCAUAUCUGAGAGUCAAAUAGAACCGUCAAAUACUGUGGUUACAUCGCACUUUCAAAAAUUUAAUUUUUUGGGUGCUAAAUAGUACAUUUGCGGCCUGCAGUGCAUUUCUAGCAGUCCAAUAAAAAAUAAAUAAAUAAAUAAAUAAAUUGUUGACUACUGGUGGUUACAUUGUCGCCAUCUGUUAGUUUGGUGGGUGAACGCAAAGAAUGAGGAGAGUGUCAAAUAAGGGACGUGGCCCUGGUCGUGGUGCUGCUGGUGAAACUCCUGUUGCAAGGAGAGGACGUGCUCGAUCUGCGCCAGCUACACGCGCAAGAGAAACACCUUCCUCAGGUGCAAGUAUGUGACAGAAUCUUCAGCGUUAUUUGGUAGGCCCGAAUGCCGCUCUGCGAAUGGUGAGGCCGGAACAAGUACAGGCGAUAGUAGAUCAGAUGGCUGACAGUGCCUCCAGUUCCUUCACAUUGUCUCCCACCCGGUCCCCUGCUGAAAGCUCAGAGUUGGCACCUGCAGCCCAUGGCCAUCUGUCUUUCACCUCACCCCCUUGCAAGUCAGCCAAGCAGUCUGAGCCACAAGUCAUGCAGCAGUCUCUUAUGCUUUUUGAUGACUCUGCUGGCAGUGUUUCUGUGGGCCAUCCACCUAGCCCUGCCCCAGAAGUGGAAUAGAUUGAGUGCACUGAUGUACAACCACUUAUGUGUCAGGGUGUGGACAUGCGAGGACCACUGCAGCACGUCUGAUGAUGAGGAAACACAGGUGCCAACUGCUGUGGCUUUCUGCAUUAUGCAGACCGUCAAGGAGGGCCAGGGUUGAGGAGUAUGUGGAAGAUGAUGUGGAGGAUGAUGAGUUCCUAGACCCCACAUGGAAUCAAGGUCAUGCGAGUGACGUGUCCAGUUUGGAGGAAGAGGCGGUGGUCGCACAGAGGCAUCAGUACAGCAUAGGAGGGAGCAGGGUGCAAAAGUGGAGCGGCCAUCCCCUAGAAAGUACAUCUGCUACUGCCCACCGCACCCAGGGACAGAGCACACCAAAGCCAGCUCCAAGGAGUUCCCUGGCCUGGCAGUUCUGCAGACAAUGUGCUGACGACAAGACACGAGUGUGCAAUCAGAGCCUGAAGCGAGGCAUAAACGUGCUAAGCCUGAGCACAACCUGUAUGACCAGGCAUCUACAUGCAAAGAACGAGCUGUAGUGGAGUAAGCACCUCAAAAACCAAAGGAGGUCUCAGGCUCCUCCUGCUUCCUCUUCUGCUGCUGUCUCAGCCUCUUCCUCCACCCCUGGAGUCACAGUGGCACCUGCCAACCCGCAAACGGAAGAUGUGGAAGCAAUGCCACCAUGUCCGCCACCGUCCCCAAGCAUCACCACACUGUCCCACGGAAGCGUUCAGCUGUCCAUCUCCCAAACACUGGAGAAAAAAAGGAAGCAUGCCCCUACCCACCUGCAAUCCUGGCCCUGAAUGGCAGCAUUUUAGAAUUCCUGGUAUUAUUUUUAAGCAUAUGCCCCUGUAAUUUUACCCCUUAAGGACACAUGACAGAAAUAUUCCGUCAUGAUUCCCUUUUAUUUUUGAAGUUGUGUCCUUAAGGGGUUAAUGGAUCACUAUAGGGUCGGGAACACAAAAAUUUAUUCCUGACCCUAUAGUAUUAAAACCACCAUCUUGCCCCCCUGUGCCCCUCAUGCCUCCAUAAAUUUAGCACAAUCUUACUUUUAUUCAAGCCUGACGCUGUAGUUCUGCAUGCUGUUUGACUCAGAAAAACAAGCAGUCUGCUGACAUUCUCAAAAGUGGUGGCUUGAUCCAAUCACAGUGCUUCCCCAUAGGACUGCCUGAGACUGACAGAGAGGCAGAUCCGGUGCAGAGCCAGCACAAUUCAAACACAGCCCUGGCCAAUCAGCAUCUCCUCAUAGAGAUGAAUUGAAUAAAUAAAUCUCUAGGGAGGAGAGGGAGGAGAUACUGAAUGUUUGGAUGCAUUUUAGGCAGCCAUGACCCAGGAGGAUCUCUAACAGCCAUUUGAAGAUUGGCCAGUGAAGUUAUCACUAGGCUGUAAUGUAAACACUGCAUUUUCUCUGAAAAGACAGUGUUUACAGCCAAAGCCUGGUAAUGAUUCUACUCACCAGAACAAAUUAAAUAAGCUGUAGUUGUUCUGGUGACUAUAGUGUCCCUUUAAGACUAUGUCUUCUUGUUGUGGUAAUUGAUUGGUAAUAAUAACAAUGAGUGGGAGGAUAUAAUCAGAGUUGACCUAACCCCUGAAUGUUCAGGUCCGGCGGGUUCAGCCGAACUUUUAAUAAAAGUCUGGGUUCGGGAUUGAACUUGACCCCGAACCUUAAACCUGAACUCCAUUGAAGUCAAUGGGGACCCAAACUUUUGGGCACUAAAAUGCCUCUAAAAAAGUCCUGGAAAGGGCUAGAGGGCUGCAAAGGGAAGUAAAAUGGGGGUAAGAGUAGGACAAGUGCCCUGCAAACAAAUGUGGAUAGGGAAAUCACUUAAAAUAACAUAAACAUUAAAAAUACAGCUGAGCCAUAAAAUAGCACUAGAUGGAAUCUUUGAUUUUAGCUUUGGAAGAACAUAAAUCAAAAUCUAAAGCAUGGCUGUCAGGAGGAUCACCAGAAUUAUCAAUUUGAGAGAAGGUUGGAGUGCAUGGUAAUCUCUUCCAUUGUUCAAACUGAGCUCAACUCCUGAUGCAUGGAGAAAAGGCCUUCACAAGCCUCUGCUAUUGUGUACAUAGUUUAUACGAAGUGACCCAUAGGUUGAGGAGGACCAUGGCAGUAUAGGUGGAAGCGGCGGUGGAGGAGGUAGCCAACACUGUUUUUUUUAUAUAUAUAUAUAUAUAUAUAUAUUAUUUUAAUUGGGGUAGCCCCCAAAAGAUUGGGACAGAUAAAAAAAAGAAACAUUUGCAGCCUGCAGUGCAUUUCUUGCAGUCCUGGUGCAUGGAGAAAUCCUCAUUGAGCGUGUCAUAGCUGCCGUGGAAGUAAACCGGGCACUUCAGCAAAGUGCUGCAGCAGCGGAGGUACCUAAUAAUCAUGGGAAGAAAAAGGUGCACUUUGCUGUGUUUAAAAACUUUGUGGAAGCCGAGGGGGAAAUUGAUGGGUACCUGGCUGAUUUUGAAAGACAGUGUGCCCUACACCAGGUACCCGCAGAAGAAUGGGUCACCAUCCUCUCUGAGAAAUUAUCCCGUCAGGCAAGUGAAGCCUUCCAAGCCAUCCCAGACGAGGAGAUUGCAAAUUAUUUAUCUGUUAAAGAAGCUCUCUUAGCCAAGUAUGCUGUGACCCUAGAGGCAUAUCGGCCGAGGUUCUGGGACACAAACAAGCUGAGUGGUUACUCAUCCACCGAGUGGGCAUGUCGUAUUCAUCUCACGGCAGCCCACUGGAUAGCUGGAUGCCCAGCGGUGUCCGUAGAGGAGGUGCUGCAUCUGUUUCUGCUGGAAUAUUUCUAUGAAAGGCUGACUGCAGGGGUAAGAGAAUGGGUCCGGGACAGAAAGCCGCUUACACUACCUGAAGCAGCUCGCUUAGCUGACGAGUAUUCUGAUGCCCGCAAGUUGGAUAACCAAGCCCCCAAAGCAGUCCCUCGCACCGAGUACAGACCAGUGACCUCAACACCGACACCGGCAUAACGACCGGCAGCAUCCCCUCCAACGAACCCACAACCACAAGGUUCAAUGCCCAGUACUCCCAGCCUAUCAAGUGCCAUGGCUGUCACCAGAUGGGCCAUUGCAAGGCGGAGUGUCCCCUAAAUCCGUUCAGGCAGUCCCAGUCCUGUAGAGGACCAGCAUGGGGGAAUCCCCGUCAAGCAGUACCGGCUGUCCAUUGUGUUGAGGAAGAGGAGUGCUGGGAUAUCCUACAUGAGGCUGAUCUCGUGCAAGCAGUUAGCCGGCAACAGCAUCAACAGGCAGUCCGAGUGAAUGGGAAAGCAGCCACUGGAUUGAGAGACACUGGUGCUACCAUGACUCUAUUACAGAAGAACCUCGCUCCUGAGAGUUAGCAUACCGGGGACAUCUUGGCCGUACGGGUAGCUGGAGGUGCCGUGUUUAGGCUACCUGUGGCCCGGGUUCACCUGGACUGGGGGGUGGGUUCUGGACAUGUGAAUGUGGGGGUUAUGCUGAUGUCCUAUUGGGGAAAGAUUUGGCCACGACAGGCUAUGCUGAAGCCAACGCUGUGACCACCCGUGCCCAGACCCAUGCUGCCGGAGCCGACCCACCUGCUGACCCCCCGACAUGUACUGUGGACCAGGCCCCGUUAGGUUGGGAUACCCCAGAGGCCUUUAGAAGGGAAACCUGGGAGGACCCGACUGUAACAGACCGUUUCAGCACACAAGGGGUUAAAACCGUUUAGGCGAUAUUCCCCUUUUCAGAUACACAGGCACAGCUACUGCAGAACACCAAACUCCCGAACUGCAUCCAAGGGAAUGCUCCAAACACUCGAACUGCAUACAAGGGAAUGCUCCAAACACCCGAACUGCAUACAAGGGAAUGCUCCAAACACUCGAACUGCAUACAAGGGAAUGCUCCAAACACCCGAACUGGAACCUCACGAAUAGCUGCUAGCAGACGAACAGGAAAAGCACCCAAGCGGCUAACACUCCUGGCAAUCAGUCUCUAUCAGCAUACAGUAAAUCCCCCCCAAAGACGAGACAGAGCUCCGUGUUGAAGGUCAAGCAGUGGUCUGUUUAAUGAGGGCUACCUGCCCAGUAUUUAUGCAGGUUUCCCACCUGGUGGACACUCCCCUAGGGGAACAAAUGACAGACAAGUAGACUAAUAGGACACACAGUCACAUUGCAUUCCCACAAUGCAUCCUGGCUUCCUCCCCUCUGCCUUGGAGAUAAUUGAGAAGUAAUUCAAUUAUCUCCCAAGACAAAGGCAAAUCGCCAUUAACCACAUGGCUGUAAAAAACAGUAAAAGACAUAAAAAUUUAUAAAGUUACAACUGUUGCACAAAACAUAUACAUUCUACCUAUCCCCAGAUAGCUUAGAUCUGAGCGCACAAAAGUACCGAAUAGCGCUCAGAUCCUAUGCACACAGUCCAAUCGCCGUGGCGUUAAAGUGUUCACAAAGUCUGUUCUCCAUCCGAAUAGACUCCAUGGGAUGGCUAUCUGGGGUAAUGCAGUUCAUACGGUUUAAAGUACCGAAUGAACAGGCAUCCGGUUAAAUAAGCCUUUUCUGCAUGAGAAAAGAAGGCUUUUAACAUGGGGCCAUAGUCCAAAGGCAACAGGCGAGCAACCAGGCUUCUCCAAUGCAAUGUGGCAAGAUUGCUCUCGUCACACCGACUUUAUGCAAGUAUAGGGCUAAGGCAGACUCCGGGGAAGAGGGGGCAGAUGGGGAGCGCUAUGAGCGAGUGGGGGAUAGGUUGUAUAGGGUCACCAAGCCAUCUCAGAAAAGUAAAGCACAUUCUCAGAAACGCCAGCUGGUGGUGCUCCAGAAAUACCGGCUGGAGAUUCUACGAAUUGGGCAUGAUGUGCCAUUAGCCAGACAUCUAGGGUCCAGUCUCACAGGACAUAGGAUUACACUGAACUUCUUUUGGUCCAAUUUUAACCAGGCUGUGCGACAAUAUUGUAGGAAGUGUGACACAUGUCAAUGGGUAGGGGACCACGCUAAAGCUAGACUUGCAUCUAUGCCUAUUAUAGGGGAGCCCUUUUCCCGCAUAGCCGUUGACAUUGUGGGUCCAUUGGCCAGGGCUAGUCCAUCCGGGAAUAAAUAUACCGUUAUCCAGAGGCAGUAGCUCGGUCCAACAUAGAGGCAGGGACAGUAGCUGAUGCCCUGGUUAAGAUUUUUACCCGGGUUGGGUUCCCUAAAGUGAUUCUCUCCUACCAGGAAACCCAGUUUACCGCUGUGCUCACCCAGCAGUUGUGGGAGGUGUGGGGCAUUAAAGCGCUGCUUAGUUCACCUUACCACCCGCAGACCAACGGUCUCUGCGAGCGCUUUAGCAGUACCCUCAAGCUGAGGACCUUUACUGACGCCUGCAGAGACUGGGAGCGAUUCCUGCCUCAUCUGCUAUUUGCGUACAGAGAGGAGCCCCAGGAAUCUACUGGGUUCUCUCCAUUCAAGAUACUCUAUGGGAGAAGGGUCUGCGGACCCCUAGAUCUUAUUCGAGGACACUGGGAGGGAGAGACCGAGCAGGAGGGGACCCCCAUAGUACCAUAUGUUCUUGAACUCCGGGCCACAGGGAGCAACUGUCUCUGAUUGUAAGAGAGAACCUCCAGGUGGCCCAGGAGAGACAGAAGAGGUGGUAUGAUCUAGGUGCUCGACAGCGGGUCUUCCAGAUUGGGCAGAAAGUUUUAGUGCUCAAACCUAUGAAGACAGAUAGGAUGCAAGUAUCUUGGCAGGGCCUGUACAAGGUAGUAGGCCAGGUAUGUGACACUACCUAUGUCGUUGCCAGCUGUGCAGAUUAAAUGAUCCAGCGAUCCUUUCAUGUGAACAUGCUGAAAGAGUAUCAGGAGAGACAGCAGGAUGUCGCUGCAGGAUGUGCCCCUGCUGCAGACGACUCAGACGGUUUACCUCUGCCUGACUUACUGGAAAGGGAUCAGCAGACUGACUUGACGAGCCUUGUACAGCUAGGAGAUGGAUUAAGCCCCACGGAAAAUGAACAGGCUCUGAGGCUGCUUUGGGAAAAACAGGUGACUUUCUCCCAAGAGCCGGGCUAUACGACCCUGGCUGUACAUAAGGUAGAGACCCUUGGACAGACUCCCCUCCGACAGCCCCCUUACCGUAUCCCGGAAGCAGUCCGAGAAGGAAUGUGGAAGGAGAUACAGGUGAUGACCCAGCUUGGGGUCAUCGAGCCCUCCAACAGUCCUCGGGCUUCACCUGUAGUCCUAGUGCCUAAGAAAGAUGGGACCACCCAGUUCUGUGUGGACUACAGGCGACUCAACGAGAAGACAACCACUGACGCCUACCCGGGUAGACAAAUUGCUAGACCGCAUUGCCAGGGAACAUUAUCUGACUACCACAGGGCUACUGACCCCCUGGCCGAGGAUGCUAUCCCCAAGUCGGCAUUCAUCACCCCAUUUGGCUUGUACCAAUUUCAAGUCAGGCCAUUCGGGAUGAAGAAUGCCCCGGCUACCUUCCAGCGUAUGGUGGAUAGACUCCUUGAUGGCUUACAGGAAUUUGCUUGUGCCUACCUGGACGACAUUGCGAUCUACAGUGGGUCUUGCGAGGAGCACUUGGUACACGUAGGGAUGGUUCUGGACAAGAUUCGGGCCGAUGGCCUGACCUUGAAGCCAGAUAAGUGCCAUCUAGGUAUGGCUGAGGUGCUGUACCUGGGUCACAGAGUGUGGUAUGUAAACCAGAGACCGGAGCCAGCCAAGGUAGAGGCAGUGGCUAACUGGCCCACACCCCUCACAAAGCCUUCUUGGGGACGGCAGGGUACUACAGACUUUUUGUCCCCAACUACAGUACCGUAGCUAAGCCCCUGACUGACAUAACUAAGAAAAACUAACCUAAGCAGGUCCUGUGCUCUCCAGCUUGUGAAGCCGCAUUUCAGGCAUUGAAGCAAGCUCUUGUGAAUGCCCCUGUGUGAUGGACCGCUGGCACUCCGACUGAGUACCUCCGACAAUAGAUGCUCCUAGUGCUCGCUGAGGACUCAAAGCAUUCCAACCGACACCAUCAGCACUGCAGACCCCACUUCCAGCGAUGCAGCUGCGCUGGGGUCUCGCUGUCUCCACCCACCUUGAACCCAAGGCCAGGAUCCAGCUUCCAGUGGGUGAACCUCUCUUUCCCAGAGAGCAGGAACAGGAACAAGCUCUUAGCAGAGCUUAGUGAUUAUAUAUAUACAUGCCACAAACAUAAAAACAUAUUCGAACUCAGCACACUUUAAUUAUAAACAUACCCCAAAAUCAUACAAUUCCCUCCAGUAGUUCAAAAGUUAGGUAAAAGUCCUAUUUGGGACAAAACAGCUUGUUUCAACUGGUUUGGCAGUGUCCCUGGGACAACGCCCUGCUGGAGAACAAUGGUAUAGGUAUUAGAGACACAUGCUCCCAUGGAAUCAAAGCGCAGAAGCAGUCUUUUAAAAGCCAAUAAGCCCAAAUAGUAUUUUUAACUGGCAAAGUCUUGCAGUGACCAUAGUCACAUGGCAGGAGGCUGGCAAUUAGUCCUCUCCAGGCACAAGUGGUGAAGGGCACUUCGUCACACCCUGUCUUGACUGCCCCAGUACCUAACAAACAUUUUCUCGUCCAUACAGACGCUUCCAUGUUUGGACUGGGGGCUGUGCUAAGCCAAGUCGGGGAGGAUGGAGGAGAACACCCUGUCGCACAUCUCAGCAAAAAACUACUACCUCGGGAAAUGAGUUAUGUGGCAGUGGAGAAGGAGUUUUGGCCCUGGUCUGGGCACUAAAAAAAUUAACCCCCUAUCUGUACGGGUAGGAAUUUUCUCUGACCACAACCCAUUGGUCUGGCUUAACUGGGUCUCAGGGGACAAUGGCAGGUUGCUACAGUGGAGCCUGGCCCUGCAACCUUACAAUUUUACAAUCAGCUAUAGACCCGGUAAGCAGAACGGCAAUGCUGAUGGAUUGUCCCAACAAACAGACGUCUCUCCGGCACCCGAGUUCCGGACAUCCCCAAAUUGACCCGAGAAGGAUCAAGCCGGGUCUGUCGGAGUGUCCCACAAGGAGGGAGCUGUGUGACAGAACCAUCUGUCUAUGGAUUGCUUUUAUUCUUCCUCCAUUUGUCUGUUUGUUUAGCCCCCGUGUUCCCUUGUUUUAUCCCGAAGAAAUACAGAACGACCGACCAUACGUUUGCCGCCAAUUGACCUCCCAUUAGAUGCGGUUAACUGCAGCUUAAUUGACUACUGUUGGGUGGUCGUGGUAACACAGAGCUUACACACGGUGGCAGCAGUCUGCAGCUCACGAACGGCCAGUGGUGUUCAGCACCAAACUUAUGGAACUGAAAACUGAUACUUUUACUUCUGAUUACCGCUGAGCCGCCAGCCUUCCUGCUUCUGCCUUCGGCUGUUUAACCGGACACUGGUUCAUGCAGUAUUUAACCAUGUGAAUGCUGUUACCCCAGAUAGCUAUGCCCUGGAGCCUAUUCGUGUAAUAAAAGACUUUAGCUCCAUGGCAAUUGAACCGUAUGUGUGUGUGCUCUGAGCGCCAUUCAGUAAUAAUGGGGGAUAUGUUACAUGUAUAUAUUUCAGGUAAUAAGUGUAACAUUGUAUAUUUUAUUGUAUUUUAUUGUCCUGUAGUCACCAUGUGGAUAAUGGCGAUUUACCUCUGUCCGUGGAGAUAAUUGGAUUACUUCUCAAUUAUCUCCCGGAUAGAGAAGAGGGAAUUGUGAUGCAUCGUGAGAAUGUUUUACCACUGUAUGUCUGUCAUUGGUACUUGUCUGUCCUGUGUCACAGUCUUAUAUCUGGUCCCCUAGGGGAGUGUCCAUCAGGUGUGAGACCUGCAUAAAUACUGGGCAGGUAGCCCUCAAUAAACCAGAUUCCUGUUUUACCCUCAAUACGGAGCCUUGUCUCUUACUUGAGGGGAAUUACUAGUGUGGGUUAUUCUUUUGCCUGUUCCAGGAGAGGAGAACAUUGUAUGUUUCCAGUCCGGUGGGUUUGAGUGAUUGUGAACUGCUGCACUCUUCGAAAGGUGAAUCCCUUGACCGGUAUUAACCCUCACUAUACCGGGUUAUACCAUAACAGCUUCUAUUUUACGCUCAGAUAUGAAGAGCACGCCCAAAAUGUACUAUUUAGCAGUUUAGCAGCAAAACAAUUAGAAUUUUUACAACUGUGCUGUAAGCGCACAAUUUGACACUUCUAUUUGACUCUCAGAUAUGAAGAGCACGCCCAAAAUGUACUAUUUAGCAGAUUAGCAGCAAAACGUUAUUUGACACUUCUAUUUGAUUCUCAGAUAUGAAGAGCACCCCACUAAUGUACUUUUUAGCAGCAAAACAAUUAGAAUUUUUGCAACUGCAAUGUGACAGCACUAUUUGACUCUCAGAUAUGAAGAGCACCCCACUAAUGUACUUUUUAGCACCCCCCAAAAAAUGUACUUUUUAAAACUCUGAUGUGACAGCAGUAUUUGGCGCUUCUAUUUGACUCUCAGAUACUAAUGUACUAGUUUGCAGAAUUCUUUGGAGAAUGGGGCUCUAAUGAGCACUUCUUAACUUGAAACAUGUAUUCUGCAUAGAUAUGAUCUUGCAUUGCCAUUCAGCCAUAGUGGAAAUAAUAGUAAACAUAUUGGGCUAAGCAUAUUAAAAUCCAUAUAAUAUGAAGAAAUCAAUAGCGGUGGUAUCAUAGAGCCUAUAAAUUAAUACGUUCCUAGGUGGUGGGGUUUGGUGGUUCUUGGGAGGACAAAAGAAACAAGUCUCUUAGGCUCAGUCAUUCAGGUUGCUUCUUGUGUGGGAACUUGAUGCUAGGCCAUGCUGGGAGUGAACUCCAUAUAGCAGAGGGGUCCAUCUGCAACAGGCCUGAUCUAAUUACUCUCUGGGUUUCUACAACACCCAGCAAUUGUAAGAUGGCCUCCAGCUCCUGGACACACUUCACUCAGUAAGGAGCACCCUGGUAUAUGAAUAAGAACAGUUUUGACAGCCCCCAUCUGCAUUAAAUGUCCCUCUGUUGGAGAAGCUGUAGAAGCGGCUGCAGGAAACUGCGCCAUACAAUGGUGCUCCUAGUGAGAUCUGGGAAUAGAGAUUGAGAUAGAAAGGGACUAGAGAAUAGAAAGGGAGUUUUCCCCCGAAUGGCUGCCAGGAUGAUGCAACUGACUUAGCUACACCACCUGCAGAUGAGGAGGUUUUAACAGCUAUUAGUUGGAUACAAAAAGGUAAAUCCCCAUGCCCAAUCAGCCUAACUGCUCUCUAUUAUAAGACUGUUCAGAUUGGAACCUUACAAUAAGGUCUACUUGUGCUGUUGCAAGAGCUCUGACUUUUCUUUGUCAAUCUGAAUAUGCCAUCAAAUUUCACCGCCUCAAUCUGUUUUGGUGGUAGCAGGAUCGAGAGCAAGCAUUGAACAAAGUGAGGUAAGUCUGAGAGGCCUAUUGAGUCCAGGAUACUGCAGAUUUUUAAAUGGUAUCGCCUCCUUUGAUCUUCCAUGGCAUGAACUAUGUCAUUGGUGGCUAGUUGCUGUUUCUGGAGUUCAGCAACUUUUGUCUCCAAGGAGGUGAGCCUCGAGUCAUGGGUGCUUGAUGAAGCCUCGAGAACGGUGAGGCAAGAUGUCGCACCUUCGAUGGAGUCCUUAAUACAGUCCAUGUCAGCAUGCUUUUUAUCAGGCUUGCUGUGAUCGGCUCCUCGGUGCGCUGGGUUUUGGUAGUUGUCCCAGUGAUUCACAUUCUUCAAGAGAAAUGUUUUCUUAAAAGGUAAAAAGAAAUAGGGUCUGGGUGCAGAGUCCCUGUCCCACUUAGUUUUGCAAUGUAAAUCAUUGCAGUUUUCGAGAAACUGCAAUUAUUACAUGUCAGGACUUCCUCUAGUGGCUGUAAAUCAGUCACUAGAGACACUUUCUGCUUGCUAGGUUACUUUCAAUCGCCUAACUGGAUAUCCUCACGCUCUGCAUGAGGACAUCAAGCAUCAGGUAAAUCCCUAUAAUAAAGCAUUGAAACAAUGCUUUCCUAUGUUGAGGGCCUAAUGUGAUUGCAGCACUCACUGUGCAUGUGCAUUAGCCCCUCCGUCGGGUGACGUCAGGGGAGGCAGAGCACCAGACAUCGCCGAGACAGAGCGACGCUGGGAUCAAGUAAGAGUUAAAAGGUUUUUUAUAACCCUUGCAGCAGAGGGAAGUAUAAGUAUUAUAGAACUUAUGGAAGUAUAGUGUUAGUAUUCACCUUUGUAUUCCUCACACUAUAAAAUCUCUUUAAUGUUGGGCGUGCUCUGCUAAAGCUCCAAUACUGCAGCGGGAGGGCUUCUAACUAAAAGAAAUUGCACUCUCUGGAAGCCCAUAUAUUGUUGAUAAAAUAUAACAUGUAUAUGUUUAACCCUAUGGUAAUGUGAAAUGUUUCUUCUGACUUUUACAUAACUCUUUAUAACUGAAAGGAUAACUGCUUUUCCAAAAGAUGAUGCUACUUACGUACUAAACAGCUAUUGGUCGGCUAAAGAAAAGGAAAAUCACCUGCCCGAGUCGGCCUAACUGUCUCUAAUAUAAGAUUGUUUCAAAGAUUGUAUUGCUUUUUCCUUUAUCCUUCUUCAACUCGUGUUUUCUUUCUGAUGCUAUGCCCGCAGUAUUGCUGAAUGCACAGCUAAUAACGAUUCCCAAACCUGGGAAGCCAUGGCGCUUAUGCUCUUAUAUAUAUUAUUAUAUCUUAUAUUUUAUUAUUAUUAAUAAAUUGUAUGCCUCUAUUUUAGCUUCAUCUUCCCAAACUACUCCACCAAGACAAAAGAAAGAUUCAAACUGAGCUGUUCUCAGUUUUUCCUGCAACUAGCUGUGUUAUUACUGCUAUCCCGGAUUUACCUAAACUCUGGCCUGCCCCUUUCAUUGUGAAACCUUGCUCCUGGAUAUUUGACCUUUGACCUUUGACUUGCCCCGACAGACUGUUUAUUGUUGUUUUAUUUUAUUAUUUUUGCCCACUAUUACAAGUACGGGAUGUCGGGUUUCGGAUUACUAACGUGACACACUGCUUAUUCUGCACUGACGGGUUAACACUGAGAAUGCUUUUUCAUAUACCAAAAUGAACAUUUUGUGCAAUAAGUAAAUCAUUUCAAUAUGGCACUCUCAUUUAGCUUAAAGCCAAGCUUAUGUGCUACAAUGAUGAUGGUUUUUUUUUCUAGUUCACUUUUCGUUUUUGUUUUCUGUUAUUCUUGUUAAAAUGGAUGUAUGGCACUAUUCGAUUCAUUUUACUUCAUUGCUAAUGCCUUUCUUGCAUUUCAAAACUUUAAUGAAUAAUGAAUAAAAAAAGUAAGAACAAAUGAUUCCGUAUUCUCAGUUAAUGAGCUAAGUCCUGCAUUACAGUGCACAGCCCAGCUUAGCUCAAGAAAACCUAUGGAGGUUCCUGCAGAGGAACUUUCAGCAGAAGAUAGUGGAGGUAGGACUCUGUGCCCAGCAGGCCCAGGGCCAUCUUUAAUGCGGAGCAAAUGGGGCAGCUGCUCCUGGGGGGCCCAAGGCAGUUGCCCUUAACUAUUUUCCCACCCUUGCUUGGGCCCACGGCAAACUAAGGAGGCCCACCGGGUGGCCCAUUCACUAAGGGCCACCCAGUGGGCAUUUUUAAGCAGGGGCCCGGUCGCAUGCAAUAGUCUUUUAACAGCGCGACUGGGCCUCUUGCUUACCUGCAGCCGGCUGGGCUGCGCGCGACUCUCUGUUCUCUAUGGGAGGAAGUGACUUGCCACUGUCACUUCCUCCCACAGAGAGCUGAGUGGGAGACAUCAAGGAGGCAGAGAGGAGUGGGGCUGAGCUAGGCAAGGUAGGAAACAGGUACAAUAGUGUACAUUUUGUGUGUGUGUGUGUGUGUGUGUGUGGGUGUGUGUGCAUGUCUGUCAGUGUAUGUGCCUGUGUGUGUGUGUGUGUGUGUGUCUGUGUAUCAGCAUUUCUGUUAGUGUAUGUGUCUGUGUUUGUCAGCAUGUCUGUCUGUGUCUGUGUGUGUGUCAGUAUGUCUGUCUGUCAGUGUCUGUGUGUGUCAGUAUGUCUGUCAGUGUACGUCUGUGUGUGUCAGUGUAAUUGUAUUUGUCUGUGUGUUAAUAUGUCUGAAUGUGUGGCAAUAUGUCAGUGAGUAUAUAUUUGUGUGUCAGUGUAUAUCUGUGUGUGUCAGUAUGUAUCUGUAAAUGUUUCAGUAUGUCUGUCAGUGUAUAUGUCUGUCUAAGUAUGUUGUUAAUCCUUUCACUGUGUUGAGGUGAAAGACAUGAUUGCGUGUGUGGGGAGGGAGAGGGGAUGCAAGAUCCAGGGGGCCAUAUUAAUAUUAUAGAUGACCCUGAGCAGACCCCUGGUAAGAACUCAAACCUUUCAAAAAAUGAUUUGACUUUUUACAAUAGUGGUUGUCUAUCAACUCCUGGCACCAUAAUCACUAUAGUUUGAAAUGAUUAUCAUUUAAAAAUAAAUGCAAAACACAACUUAUAUGGUUCUUAUAACAAUAGCCAUCUGGUACUUAUCGUGGUAUGUUGUAACAUCUGAUCCUAGGAAGAUACAUUUGCAUUCCUUUAUUAAGUCAGGCAGUUCCAGUCCCAGACAGUCCAGACAAGGUCAGUUACACUUAAUUACCUAAACAUAGCGUUCCCAUCCAGAAUGAACAUUAAACCAUUCUGUUAUAUUACUGCUACAAUAUGACUUUCCACGCCCAUUAAUAGAGAAUAAAGGGAGUGUGUUAGAAUGAGAAAUUAGAUAAUGGGGAUUUUACUGACACAAGUUGGUGGCAAUGUAAGAAGUGAUAUAUUUAAUUAUUUCUUGGAUAUUGACAUUAUACAAUUUCUCACUUUUUCAUGUGUUUGCGUUUAAUAGAUCAGCUACGGAGCUACAGACUACACGCUGACUGACAGACUUCAAUACCCACAUGUUUUCCGAAUUAUUCCAAACGACUGCAUCUAUUACGCAAUGUUAGUUACGUUUCUGAAAUACUUUAAAUGGAACUGGGUUGGAAUUUUGUAUCCUGAUGAUGUAACUGGAGAGACAGAGAGCCAAUAUCUCACAGACUAUAUGGCCAGUAAAGAUAUCUGUGUCGCCUUUAGAAUAAAAAGUUACAUUGGUUUUCAUAAGAAUCAAAACUUUGAAAGAAUAAAACAAAUGAUGCAGACGUCAGAUGCUAAAAUAAUCAUAAUUUGUGGAUCGUAUACUGUUCACACUUUGUCUAUGUUAUUUCUAUUACUGGAGAAAGUUUAUGAUAUGAUUUUAAUUAUUUCAACAUCCUAUCUAUCCAGUAUUGAAAGACGUCAAUCGCAAGUCUUUAAUGGCAGUUUCACAAUAGUACCUUCCACACUUAAUUAUUCAUACCCUCUGAAAAGAUUUACUUUGGUCCAUCCUUCAAUAUACCCAGAAGACAAACUUCUCGAACAUAUAUGGAUAUUACUGGUACAGUGUUUAUCAUUAAACCAAUUAUCUGAUACAUUUUAUUCAAAGUUAUAUAGUUUACCACUUAAAAACUGCUCUACCAAAUAUCAAAAGACAUUUUUAGAACAUAAUUUAACUGUGAAAUUUUUAUCUCCCAUGAUGUAUGCAUUGACGGCCAUAGUUCAGUCUUUGCAAGCAAUACUGUUUGAUAAUAAAAGACCACUUAAUAAAACAUUAAACAACUUGAGGUUUAGGCAUAAGGUAAGAAUUUUUUUUCUAAAAAUUUUAAGUAAAACAUUGUGCCGAAGAUUUUGACUAGUCAUAUGUUAGUAUUGUACCUGUAACAUACAUUAAAUAAAGACACUUAUUAAUGGUUCAUAUAAUGGGCAGAAUUAAUUGUUAAUUAAACAUGAUGUGCAAAACAAGACAGAAAUAUCUCUCUCCUUAGAAGGAUUGUGUAUGGAGACUGUCUGCAUAAAAAAAGGGAUUUAAUUCCAAAUUGGCAGAUAAUUGAGCACAAACACUGUGGGGGUAUGAUCUAUACACCCAGAUCACUUCAUUAAGCUAAAGUUGCUUUGGUACUAUAGAGUGUCCCUUUAAGUUCUUCCUCAUUUAUAUUAGAAAAGUGAGAAAUGACUGAAACUGAAUAAUGUCAAAAUUGACUUGUAGUAAUCAAAAUAUCAGAAUUAGACAUUCCUUUGUGAUAACUUUGGUUAGAAAGCAUUCACAUAAAUAUUUACACUCAACAAAAUUAUAAACUAUUGUUUUUGCCCCCAUUUUUCAUGAGCUGAACUCAAAUUUCUAAGACUUUUUCACAAAGGCCUAUUUCUCUCAAAUAUUGUUCACAAAUCUGUCUAAAUCUGUGUUAGUGAGCACUUCUCCUUUGCUGAGAUCCACCUCGCAGGUGUGGCAUAUCAAGAUGCUGAUUAGACAGUGUGAUUAUUGCACAGGUGUGCCUUAGGCUAGCCACAAUAAAAGGCCACUCUAAAAUUUGCAGUUGUAAUGUAUUGGGGAGACCUGAGGGGGUCCAAAAACUAGACAGUUACCACAAUUUGCCUCACACAAUGCAACACAUCCCCUUCACAUAGAGUUGAUCAGGUUGUUGAUUGUGGCCUGUAGAAUGUUAGUCCUCUCCUCUUCAAUGGUUCUGCAAAGUUGCUGGAGCAAGCUGUCGUAAACGCUGAUCCAGAGCAUCCCACACAUGCUCAAUGGGUGAAAUGCCCGGUGAGUAUGCUAGUCAUGCAAGUACAGGGAUGUUUUCAGCUUCCAGGAAUUGUGUACAGAUCCUUGCAACAUAGGGCCGUGCAUUAUCAUGCUGCAACAUGAGGUGAUGGUCGUGGAUGAAUGGCACAACAAUGGACCUCAGGAUCUCGUCACAGGAUGCCAUCGGUUCAAAAUGCCAUAAAUAAAAUGCACCUGUGUUCAUUGUCCAUAACAUACGCCUCCCCAUACCAUAACCGCUCACCCACACAACGCUAUACACGCUGUCUGCCAUCUGCCCUGUACAGUGAAAACUGGGAAUCAUCCAUGAAGAGAGCACCUCUCCAAAGUGCCAGACGCCAUCGAAGGUGAGCAUUUGCCGACUCAAGACUGUUAUGACAACAUACUGCAGCCAGAUGGAGACCUCGAUGAGGACGACGAGCAUGCAGAUGAGCUUUCCUGAGACGGUUUCUGACAUUUUGUGCAGAAAUUCUUUGGUUAUGCAGACCGAUUGUUGCAGCAGCUGUCCAGGUGGCUGAAUGUCAAGGUCCUGGGCUGGUGUGGCUACACGUGUUGUGAGGCCGGUUGGAUGUAUCGCCAAAUUCUCUGAAACGCCUUUGGAGACUGCUUAUGGUAUAGAAAUUAAUGUUCAAUUCAUGGGCAACAGCUCUGGUGGACAUUCCUGCAGUCAGGAUGCCAAAAACUUGCGACAUCUGUGGCAUUGUGCUGUGUGAUAAAACUGCACAUUUUAGAAUGGCUUUUUAUUGUGGCCAGCCUAAGGCACACCUGUGAGAAAUGGACUCUGGGUCAGAGGAUAGAUUAAUUAGUGAUCAGAAUGGAACACAUUGUGGUGACACAUAAUCAGACUGUAGACUACUCCACAGCUCUCAAAACUUACCUGGACCACUGGCUGGAUUGCUUAAAGAUGUAGUCCUAUAGACCUAGUAAGACCUAAAGACUACAAGAACAUCAAAUACUGCAUACAUACCUCUGGCUUAACUCUCCCAAACUUAACCUGUUCCAUCUGCAUUCUCUAAUAGAAACAUAGAAACAUAGAAUGUGACGGCAGAUAAGAACCAUUCGGCCCAUCUAGUCUGCCCUAAUCCUUCUUAUUUCCCCAUAUGGUACUCUCUUCCUUUGCUCCCCUACCACUUCUGCUUGCUUGGUUGCCUCUCCUGCACUUCUUCUCUUUACAGUUCUUGCCCCCUUCCCAUUUUUUUCUUUGUUUUUAUGCGCUGCCUGCAUCCUAUAUGUGCAUACUUACUGUGGUGUGUAAGCGGGGAAUUAAGUAAGAUUCACAACAGUAUGCAUGUUUCCCAAUUUCAAGUAGGAGGGGCUGUUUAAAGAUAGACGAUCUAAGAUCAGGGUGGAUUUGGGGUUAUGGGUAGUAUUUAUGUUAUAUUUUAGUGUGUGCUUGAGUGCCAGUGUCCCCGCACCCCCCCCACCCCAUUACUUGUGUCCCUUGUUCUCAUGGUAAUUGGAGAGAGGGUGCGGCACCCUCCCCAAAUGUUUAGGUAAGUAAAGGUAAGUUUAGGCUUUUCUGUGUUGUAUAUAUACUUUUAAUAGUUGUUUUAGCUAUUUUAUUUCAGCUCUAUAUGCCCUUUUAGCUUUUUACCCUCCGUGGGAAGUUGAGAAGUGAAACCAACACCGGGGCUAGUCUACAUUGUGACCCUCAAAGAAUUAAGCCCUCACACAAACUCUAAUCCUGAUCUGUUUAGGAGUGGGCAAAGGAAGAGCAGUACGAUAGUGGGAAGAGUUACACGCUGAUCAACCACAACUUUAAGACCUCUGACAGGUGAAAUGAGUAACAUUAAAUAUAUAAUUACAAUGGCACCUGUCAAGGGACGGAAUAUAUUAGACAGCAACUGAUCAGUAGUUCUUUAAUUACAUGUAUUGUAUGCAGGAAAAAAUGGUAAGUGAAAAGAUCCGAGUGACUUUGAGAAGGGCCAAAUAGUGAUGGCUUGACAACUGGGCUAGAGCAUCUCUAAAACUGUAAGUCUUUUGGAGUGUUCCUGGUAUGCAGUGGUUAGUACCUACAACAAUUGGUGCAACGAAGAACAACUAACAUCAGGGUCAUUGGUGAUCAAGGCUCAUGGUUGCAUGUGGGGAUCAAAGGCUGGCCUUUCUGGUCCAAUCACUCAGAAGAGCUACUAUAACUCAAAUUGUUGAGAAAGCUAAUACUUAAGGACAUGAAAAAGGGUGUCAGAACAAAAAAAGGAUUGCAGUUUGCCGCUAAUGAGGCUGCGUACCCACAAACCUGUCAGAGUUCCAAUAAUGAACCCUGCCCACUGCUGAAAGCAACUUUAAUGGAGAUGUGAGAGUCAGGACUGGACUAUGGAGCAAUGAAAGAGCAUUGCGUUGUUUGAUGAAUCAUAUUUUCUUUUAAUUGCAAAACAAGAGUAGAACAGAAAGCUAGUAUUAGGCAGUAAGGAGUUAAAACGUAACUGUUGAUGGAUAAUAGAUAAAAUAUAAUAAAUAAAUGGAGGCGCUUCAUAUAAAACACAAAAAAUACAAGUGCCAAAAUAGUGAAAAAAUGAAAAAAGUGAAACAAAGUACAUACAAUACUAAUCGUAAUACAAAUAUACCGGAUCUGCUAAACGCAGUGCUGUGAAGGCAGGGUGUGUGGUCUGAUCAGGAAAAUACGGCUGGAGAUGUUGCACUGAGUGAGCAACAAACACCUUCCUGAAGGCUUCUUUGUUGGUUAGCUAGUUGCUCACUAGCUGAUCCUUUAGCCUGGCGAUGGAUUGAUACUUUUGUUGCCAGGACCAUGAUGUUACAUAAUACUCUGUGCCUGACAUUCUGUGACCUCUGACUAAGUGCAACAUCUCAAGCCCUGUUUUCCUGAUCAGACCACACACCCUGCCUUCACAGCAUUACGUUUAGCAGAUUCUGUAUUUAUGUAUUCAGAUUAGUAUUGCAUGCACUUUAUUUAGCUUUUUUCACUAUUUUAGCACUGUAUAUAUUGUGUUGUACAUGAAGUGCCUCCAUUUAUUUAUUAUCGUUUAUCUAUUAUCUAUCGACAGUUAAGCUUUAACUCCUUACCGCCUUAUUCUAGCUGGUCAGGGCCUCUCUGUUAUUAUUAUUAUUACUGCUAUUUAUAAAGCGCACACAGGUUCCGCAGCGCUGUACAAUUCUGCUCUUGUUUUCAAUUACAAUAUCUGGGGUUAAGCCCCCUUCUUGCCAGUUGACCUUUAGAUCUAGUGCUCCCACACUUCUUUGUUCACAUUUUCUUUUAGAUCAGGUGGAUGGUCGUGUGCAUGUGUGUUGUUGACCUGGCUAAGAGAUUGUAGCAUAGGGUGCACUAUGCGAAGAAGGCAAGCCAGCGGAGGCCGUCUUAUGCUAUGGGCAAUGUUCUGCUGGGAAAUCUUGGGUCCUGCCAUUCAUGUGGAUGUUACACUGGAUGUUACAUUGACAUGUUCCAACUACCAACUACCUAGAGGCUAAUGCAGACCACGCACACCACGCACACCACACACACCACGCACACCCUUUCAUGGUGUUCACUGAUAGCAGUGGUCUCUUUCAGAAGUAUAAUGAACCCUGCCACAGUGUAAACAAUGUUCAGGAAUGGUUUGAGGUUUUACAUAUUUUACUCUGCUCUUCAUUGCAGUUAUAAUUACUAUUAUUAUUACUACUUUUAUUAGUAGCAUUCAUAUAGCACAUUAAAAUAUUCUGCAUUAAAAUGGUGAUAUUUGACAACUAGACAUGUGCACCAGUGAAAUUAUCGUUUCAUACAAAUGAUUUUGUACUAAAUAAAAAUGUAAUUUGUCAAUCCCGAAUUUUGUUCGUAAACCAUUCCAGGACAAAAAUAACACUGCGCGUGCGCAAAAAAGCAAGGAGGGAGCCGGCAGUGCUACCAACUCCCUCCUUGUAAUAAUAUUAAUUCCUACCACCCUCCGCAUUAAAACCAAAGGGGGGUUAUUAUUAAUUAAAGGGAGGUUAAAUCCUCCCGCAGCAUGCCACUAGUAUGGGUAUGUCGCUUAUUUAACACAUUUCAUCAUUUAACACUAAAUAUAAAUCAUAUUAAUAAAAGGGAGGUUAAUUGUAGAUUAUGCUAAUGAAGUGUACCUAUAAUCUUAAUUUUAGUAAUGACAGGAGGCAAGUAUUUGCAUAAUCUUUCUUUACAACUCCAGUAGCACAGAUCAAUCAAAAAGUUUUAACCAAUCAGAAACAAGAAACAUUCUACAUAUGUCUCUGUAGUGCCCGCCUCUUCCUCUUUCUUUGAUGCGAAACUAGUGGAACAACGAACAGGAACAAAGUCCAAAAGGUAGCGGAUCCGUCCAAGUCUUUAACAACAGAUGGCAACGGCCAGUCCAUGAUAGCGCAGCGUGGGUAGCCAAUUUUCAUGCUGAAAAGAACAGAUAUCGACUGACACGCAAGGAUCUAAUAAACUAAUAAAGCUGGAAUGUACAUGAGAUCUAAUCAAAAGGUAUCCAAUGGAAUUGUAGCAAAAUAUCAGAGCAUACUAGCAGAGGUAGAGAGAGUAGCGAGGAUGCAGACAGAAUGACAAAAGCAGAUAGGAGAGGCAGAUCCCAACUAGGGAGGGUAAAGCAAAAGGAAUAACGGAGGGAAAUACUCGCCUCCUGUCAUUACUAAAAUUAAGAUAUAGGUACACACCAUUAGCAUAAUCUACAAUUUUACCACAUGACAGAAGGCUUCGUAUUUGCAUUUUUAACGCUAUGAAAGCAGAGCAAGAGAAGCAUGAGGAACAGGUUUGAAGUAGAAAGUCCGAAAGGUGUCUUUCCGAGACCAACCCACAGAUCGCAUGAUAUCCGACAAGGAGGCGUCCGAGGAAAAGGCCUGUGAGGCUGCUGCCGUGGACGGAAUGUGCCCAGAACGAUGUCUCGACGCCUGCCAGAGAAAAGAUCCAUUUGACCCAUUCAGCGAGAGUCGUAGAUGAGACUGGGCCGUGUGGAUGAACGUACGAUAUGAGUAAUUGACCCGAGGGUGAACGACGGAGAGUCGCGGUGACUUCCAUAUAAUAAUGGAGAGUCUUGACCAUGCAGAGUCGUGGCGCGGAAGGAAAAAACAUAUAAGAAAUCGAGGAUCAGUUCGAUUUAGUCCGUCUCGAAACUGAAAAAGUCAUUCCCUCCUGAGAGAAGGAGAUACUGUCCACGUUGAACGCUCUGACAUCCAAAAUCCGACGGAACGAGACCAUGCAGAGCAGUAGAGUAAGCUUAGCUGACAAUUGUCGCAGGGAAAGAGAUUUGUUGUCGGGCCAUUUCUGAAUAAAUUCCAAUACUAACCCUACGUCCCAAAGAUGCGAGUAUCUCGGAACCGGUGGUCGAGAUAGACAUAUGCCUCUUGUGAGGCAGCAGACCAAUAGUUCCUGUCCCACCGUGCAUCUUAGGACCGGGACGUGGGCUGCCGAUAUAGCAGAUUGUGUCACAUUGAUCGACCGAUAGGAUUGACCUGUCGAGAACAAGGAGGAUAGGAAGUUCAGAAUUAAAGGAACAGGGGCUGAAAAAGGAUCCGAGUUCCUCUCCAGACACCAGCGAGACCAUCUGUUCCAGGCUCCCAGGUUGCAACGUCGCGUCCCUGGGGCCCAUGAGUCCCAUAGGAGGUCCUUAGUCAUCUGUGAUAAUCCGUCGACAUCCCAUGAUCCCCUGAAACUGUCCAGGCCACCAAAUGUCCCCCUUGGUUCCCACGCGUGAGUGGCGGGCGGGGAUCCUAAAUAAAUAAGUAAUGGGGAGACCUAAUGUCCCCCCUCAUCCCCACCCAUGAGCAUCAGGUGGGGACCCUAAAUGAGUAAAUAAUGGGAGGAGACCUAAUGUCCUCCCCAGGUCCCCACCCAUGACAUGCGGGUGGGGACCACAAAUAAGGUCCCCACCCAUGAGCGGCAGGUGGGGAUCUUAAUUAAAUAAAUAAUGGUGGGGACCUAAUGAGCCAUGGGAGGGUACCCUAAUUAAUUAAAGGGGGGACCUAAUGUCCCCUCUGGUCCCCACGUGUGAGUGGCGGAUGGGGACCCUAAAUAAAUAAGUAAUAGGGGGGGCCUAAUGUCCCCCCUCGUCCCCACCCAUGAGCGUCAGGUGGGGACUCUAAAUGAAUAAAUAAUGGGGGGAGACCUAAUGUCCUCCCCAGGUCCCCACCCAUGACUGGCAGGUGGGGACCACAAAUAAGGUGGCAUGUGGGGAUAUUAAUUAAAUAAAUAAUGGGGGGACCUAAUGUCCCCCCUGAUCCCCACCCAUGAGUGGCGGAUGGGGACCCUACAUAAAUAAGUAAUGGGGGACCUAAUUUCCCCCUGGUCCCUACGCAUGAGUGGCGGGUGGGGACCCUAAAUUAAUAAAAUAAUGAGGGGGACCUAAUGUCCCCCCCAUGUCCCCAUCCAUGACUGGCGGGUGGGGACCACAAAUAAUAAAGUGACUAGGGGUCCCCAAGCCCCUAGUUUCACCCCCCAAUAAAAUUACCCUACCUACCACCCUCACCCUAAUAAUAUAGAGGGGGGUUGGGGGGGCAUUAAACUAACUCUGUAAAAUAAAAUUUCAUAUUUACCAUUAAAUGUCUACUUUCUUCUUUUCUUUUCUUUCUUCAGCCCCAAAAAAUGCCUGGGAAAAUUCCAAACAACUUUCCCGUGCUGUAUAAAAUGACUCUCUGAUUGGUUAAUUGAAUGCAACCAAUGAGAGUGUUAUAAGUCAAAUUACUCAGCAUGGGAAAAUUCCAAAGAUCUUUCCCACACUGUGUAAAAUGACUGAGAGCAUUCUAAUUGGUUGUAUUCCAAGCCAACCAAUCAGAGUGCUGAUACAGGUAAAUGUAGAGACUUACCUGUCAGUCUCUUCAUUUACCUGUUAGAGCACUUUGAUUGGUUGGCUUGGAAUCAACCAAUCAGAGUGAUCCAAGUCAACUUGCAGGGCGUGGGAAGGCAAGGGGCAUGCCGGAGAAUUUAACUUCCCUUUUAUCGCUAUGUCCACCAUAGGUUUUAAUAGAGGGGGAGGGGUGGAAGGAAUUAAUAUUAUUACAAGGAGGAAGCUGGUAGCGCUGACGGCUCCCUCCUUGUUUUGUUUUUUGCGCAUGCAUAGUGCUAUUUCUCUGUGCUGUGGGGGUUAAUUCCCCUGCAACACAGAGUCUAUUAAAUUAACUAAAUGAAACAAAAAGGUAAUGUUUUCGGCAUUUGCCCUUUUGUUUCAUUUUUAUUUCGUAUGUAGGGCUUUCGUUUACGUUUUAGUAAACGAAUAUGAAAAAACCUGCAUUUUCAGACAAAAUCGUAUUCGUAUGAAAACUAAUGCACAUGUCUAUUGACAACAAGUUAUUACAUACAGUGAAGAAAGCCCUGCUCAAAUAAUCUAUGGUUUAUUCCUAGUUAAAGGGACACUAUAGUUAGCAAAAUAUCUAUAGUUUAAUGAACAAGAAUUGUGACAUAUAUGAUCAGCUUUUGUGACAAUAUUUAACUUAUUAUUGCUGUGAAAAGAUUGAAACAGGUUACAAUAUAAAAUUCACAUUUUAUUUUAUUUAUCUUAUCUUAUAGCUAUAUCAUUACUUACCCACCAUUUUUGAAAUGUAUAAAACAUCCUAUAAAAUAUAUUAUGAUGAUAAAACAGGGGAGCUAUUUUCCCUAUAUCUGAUACAUUACUAUUAUAUAUCCAGUAAUAAGACUAUAAAUAAUAGUUAUGUAGGAUUCUUGACACCAUGGAAUAAAGACGAUCAGCAACUUAUCAUCAACUCACAUUCUAUCAAAUGGAAAAACGAGAAGAAUGAGGUCAGUCAAUUUUUUUUUUUAGCUCUUUAUUUUUCACAAAAAGAAGUGCAAAUUUGUGACCAUGUUUAGGCUUACACAGAAGCCACAGUACUUUGUCAAACAAUUCAGUUAUAUGGAAGAAAGAGUGAUAUGUUAGUACAAGUUGUUUGCAUACUGACAUCUCUUUACAGCGGUCUAACGGUUGCCCUGAGGGUCGAUGAGAAUGCUUAACAUGGUUUGUCUGUUAGGACUUGCUGUGGGUUCAUGUGUCACUUCGAUUAGCGUAUUAAUAUACAAUUGAUAACUAAAAGUACCAUAACAAAAAUUGUAUGGAAAAUAAUACAAACAUAUUACAGUGAGUUGAUGUGUCUAUUUCCUUUGGCCGGAUAGGGUUUGUCAUGUGUCCUUUUAUCAUUAGCCCUGAGUGUGCAUUCAUUUCCCUUGUCCACCCUCCAUAUUCUCCUGGUACUGCUUCCACAGCUCCCAUACUUUGCCAAAUUUUUUGUGGUGUGUCUGACCAGGGAGGUUAACCUGUCUAUCAGGUAAUUGUCUUUCAUUUUUGCUAAGACCAGUGCGAUGGGGGGGCAUUUCCAGGCAUAGCCAUUUUUGUGCCAGUGCCCUGCAGGCCGCCAAGUAAACCAUGUUUAAUAGUUGUUGCUCUGGGCGUGUAAGGCCCUCUGUUGGCCUGGAGAGGAGACAGGCUCAUGGGUCUAACUGUAAUGUUCUCUGCAUUAUGUUCGAGCUUAGGUUGGUGAUUUGAGACCAAUAGGCCUGUACUGAAGGGCAUGACCACCACAUAUGCACAUAGGUGCCUUGUUCCCCGCAACCGUGCCAGCAUAGAUCUGUGGAAGUGAUCUGCAUACGGAAUUGUUUUACUGGGGUGGUGUACCACCUGAAAAGCGUUUUAAAUUACUGCUCCUGGAGGGUAACACAAAUGGAGGAUCGGCCUCCCAAAUGUCCUGCCAGUCGGAGCCCUCUAGUGUCUCCCCCAGGUCUGUCUCCUACUGGUCUGUGUAUCGGAGCUCCACCCACUCUUUGGCCUCCCCGCUAAGGUGAGAGUAUAAUAGUGAGAUAAAUCCCUUGGGGUGUUUUUCCUGGUAGCAAAUGUUCUCAAACCAGGGUGGCUGUCUCCUUGAUUUCUUUAAAGCUAACAAAGUGUUGUAUCUGGAGGUAGCGGAAGUCUCUAGUUGUUAGGGGGCAUUGUUCCCUGAGGUGAUCAUAUGUGACUACUUGGUUAUUUAUGUAUAGGAGGCAAUGUCUCUGGAGACCUGCUCUCUCCAGGCUGCCAAAAUCACCUGCUUUUAUUCCCGGUGGGAAGGAUCGGUUCCUAAGUGUGGGGGACAUUGGGGAGGGGAACCUGCUUAGGGAGUAUUUAGUUGCUACUUGAUCCCAGAUUCUUAAGGAGUUCAUUGUUGCUGGGCAGGCUAUCAUAGGGAGUGCUCUGUGUGUCUUAUGUAACCAAGGAUAAAACUGUGGUAGGUCUUGUCCCAUUAGUGAGGAUUCAAGCUCCACCCAUCAUCAGGUGUCUGGUGUGGAGUGCCAGUAUGCUAUUUGCGCUGUUUGCGCUGCCAAGUAAUAGAGGUACAUGUUCGGUAGCCCUAGUCCCCCUCUGUCCUUGGGUCGAUAUAGUGGUUUCCUGGCUAUUCUGGGGCAUUUCUUUUGCCAAAUGCACAUGUCUAUAGCCUUUUGGAGCGUGAAUAGGUAGCUCCUCUUAACCGGUGUAGGCAGGGCCUGGAACAUGAACAGCAAUCUGGGGAGAAUGUUCAUUUUAACUGAGUGGAGUCUACCUAGCCAUGAGAUGGCUUUGUCUGUCCACUGUUCCAGGUCCCUCAGGAGUGUGCUAAGUAGUGGGGAGUAGUUGGUCUCAUGUAGGUGUUUGUGUUGCCCUGUGAGUUUAACACCUAGAUAAGGUAUGUUGUCUGCAGUGGUGUGUAGUCGGUAUCUGUCAUAUAUUAUUGCUUUGUCUUGGGUAGGGGGGUGAAAUGGUAGUGCCAUGGAUUUAGGGAGGUUCACCCUAUAGCCUGACAGGGCUCUGUACAUGUCCAAGAGGCUUCCAUUGGUCCAUGGAGGUCAGGGGGUCUGUGAGGGUCAGCAGCACAUCAUCUGCAUACGCUGAUACUUUGAAGGUUUUCCUUGCUACUUUAAUUCCCUGUAUGUGUGGGUGUUGGCGUAUGACUUGUAGUAGUGGUUCUAAGGCGAUGACAAAUAGCAGCGGAGACAAUGGGCAGCCCUGGCGAGUUCUGUUAUGAAGGGGAAGGGGGUCUAGGGGGCUCCUGCAUUUAGGAUUUAGGCUCUCAGGUUAGUAUAUAGAGCACGUGUGGCCAGGAUGUAGGCGUCUGGGAAGCCCCACUCUUCUAGCAGGCAAAACAAGUAAGGCCAUUGCACCCUGUCAAAGGCCUUCUCCACAUCCAAGGAGAUGGCCAGUGAGGGUACUUCUGAUUUAUGCAUGUACCAUGUUAGCACCACCCCCCUGCGUGUGUUUUCAUAUAAUUAUCUACCGGGGAUGAACCCCACCUGGUGUCACUGGCGGAUCCGGGGGGGGGGCAACGGGGCAAUUGCCCCCCCCGAGAAAUCCGCCGGUCUCCCUCCCCUGUCAGCACAUGCAGGCGCUAGCCCUGCAAUGUGCCUGCGGACCGGGGGGGAGAUCAGAGAUCUCCCCCCCGGUCCGCAGGCACUGUGCUGACAGCCGGCAGGGGAGGGAGAGGGAGGACCCGGGAGCUCAGUCUGCAGCUCCUCCGGGUCCUCCUCUCGCGAGAUUUGGAGCGUUGCCGCGGUUACCGCAUUUGUGUAACGCUCUUGCUUCGUGGGUCUAGGGGAAUUAUCUGUCUUUCAGUGUUACUGACGCUGUCCUAGGGAUAUGGGUCUCUUGUAUAAGGGCAAUGUUGGUUUUGCGUGAUUUCAGGUCUCUUAGCAGUAACCUGCGUUUAUUUGGUGUGUUUAGUCCCUUGACGUUGAGGGAAACGAUUUUUAGAGCCAUUUAUGGGCGUGACACUGGGGGUGUAGUGAUGGGUUUAUGUGGUCACCUACUUUGUUUUGUGAUCUGACUCCCUCGUUUCACGGGUGAGUCACCCUUGUCCUGGUCGUGGGCAGUUGCAACCGUGUUUUUGUGGUGUAACCUUGUCUGUGGAGACGUUUUGUAGUGAACCUUUUUUUAGCAAAGGGAAAGACAGCGUUAACAGUCAGAAAGUAAAUAUAAACAUAAACAAACAUAAACAAAGACUCUGGUCUUACACUCUGCCAGUGUUGUCUGGGGGGUGUGGGCUUCCCCCGUCCGGGUAAUCUAUAUUUCCGGACGUAACUAUGUGCAAUAAUCCUAUAUUAUGUUUUUGUAGUGGUGUAAGUGUAAUGCUGAAGCCUCAGGUGGGUUGCCGCCUGGCGUCUUCCUCUGCGUUGGUUCGGGUAUCACAGAUAGUGGGUCGGAAGGCGCUGCCAACUCUGAGGAAACGUGAGGUGUGUUGGUGGUGGUGCAGCCUGUGUGACUGCUGUGGUGUAUGUGAUGUAUUGUUGGUGUGUGGCGUGCAAGUGUCGGUGGGCAAGCAGGCACUUGUGUCUGUUGUAUUCGGUUGUUGCUGGAUAUGUUCAUGAGUUCGGUUGUUGCGUUAUGGGGUGUGGUGUGGGAGAAGGAUAGGGGCUAGGUUCCAGGGUGGAGAUGUCGUGGUUUGUUUCCUCCGCCCUUCUGGGUGUAGCCUUGUGUGAAUGUUGCGGCCAUGGCCAUCUACUGACCAUCUACCUCUGUGUGGUCAGGGAAUUUUAGUUAGCAUGUGCUACUGAGUUCAACAUACAACAAUACUUCUCAAAACAGUGAAUAUAUGAGCAUACAAUCUGGUUCGUGCAAGUCUCUCGUGCUCUGUGUUAUGACUUAUGAUGAGUGGCAUUCGAUGUAAAUGUCUUGAUAUCAAGAGCACGCCCCAAAUGUACUUCUUAGGAGCAAAAAAAAUAGGAAUUUUUCAAAGUGCGCUGUAAACACAGUAUUUGAAGCUUCUAUUUGACUCUCAGAUAUGAAGUGCAGGCCCUGAAUUUACUAUUUAGCAGGUUAGCACCCAGAAAGUAAGAAUAUUUUCAAUUGUGCUGUAACCGCAUUAUUUGGUGCUUCUAUUUGACUCUCAUAUAUGAAGUACAGGCCCCAAAUGUACUUCUUAGGAGCAAAAAAAUGGGAAUUUGUCAAAGUGCGCUGUAAACACAGCAUUUGACGGUUCUAUUUGACGCUCAGAUAUGAAGAGCAGGCCCAAAAUUUACUAUUUAGCACCAAAAUAACUAGAAUUUUUACAAGUGAAGUACAGUUUUUAGGAUAUAAUAUUUCUGCCUCGGGGUUUCAGAUGUAUCUUAAAAAAACAGAGUCUGUUCUACAGUGGCCUUUACCUUUCAAAGGUUCAUUGGUUUCGCCAAUUAUUACAGAAGAUUUAUAAAGGGAUUUUCUUCAGUAAUAGCCCCCAUCACCAAUAUGACACGCAAGGGGGCUAGUAGUACGAUAUAGUCUAAAGAGGCUAUUGAAGUUUUUGAAACUCUCAAACAGCGGUUUGCCUCUGCCGACAUAUUGAUACAUCCUGACACCAGUAAGCCUUUCACACUGGAGGUUGUUGCUUCAGAGACAGGGUUAGGGGCAGUUUUCUCCUAGAGGGAGAGCCAGGAAACUCUGUUACAUCUUGUGGUUACUUUUCUAGAAAGUUGUCUCCUGCUGAGCGCAAUUACGAUAUUGGCAAUAGAGAAUCGUUGGCCAUUAUUCUAGCUCUCAAGGAAUGGUGACUGUAACGGAACCGCUGGCACCCCGACUGGGUACCUUCCGCCGACGGAUGCUCCUAGUGCUUUCCGAGGACUCCAAGCACUCUGCCCGACACCAGAACCACUGCAGACCCCACGAACCGCCGCAGCUUGGUUGGGGUCUCGCUGUCUCCACCCACUCUGGACCCAAGUCCAGCUUCCAGUAGGUCGACCUCUCCAAAUUCCAGAGAGCAGGAACAGGAACAAGCUCUUAGCAGAGCUUAGUGAUUAUACCCUGGGGAGUAUAGUGAUUAUAGCAAUCCCCAGAGUGUAGUUUCUCCAAUCCCCCAAACAUGAGCCGAAACUGCAUGAAGGUACAAGAUGAUCUGUUUAUUGGCACACAAAGAACCUUCGUUUAUGCAGGUCCCCAUGCAAGGGGACAUCCCACAGGGUGGGACACAGUACAACCAAUCGCACAAUGGUUACAUCCCACACAUCUCCUCCCCUUAGCCUGAGAGGUAACCCAAUUAUCCAUACAUUUUAAAACACACUUUUUACCCAACUUUCAUAACUCUAAAACCAUACAUCCAAUAUUAAUAAAGUCACAUAUUAUUAAUCAGCACAUCCCAAAUACCAACAUACCCAAAAAUCAUGCAAAUCCUUCCAUUAGUUCAAAAGUUAGUUAGAAGUCCUUUGUAACCAAAGGAAGCAUGGCUUUUCCUGCCCAAACCAGUUCCCACUGGUCUGGCAGUGUCCCUGGGACAACUCCCUUGUUGAGAACAAUAGACAGGAAACAGGGGAGGUGAAGAAACAGACCUUCCCAUGGAUUCCAAUGGGAAGAAACUGUCUUUAGAAGCCAAUAAGCCCCAAAUUGUCUUUUUAAAUGGCAAUACACCCCAGGGCCAUAGUCAUGAGGAAGGAGGCUGGCAAUCAGGCUCCUCCAAAAGCCGGGGGCAAAGGGCAGCUUGUCACCUAACAAUCCAGGGACAAAAGGCAUUUCGUCACAGUGACAUAUUUUAGAGGGUUCCAAGGACCCCUUUUUGAUCAUUACUGAUCACAAAAACCUGGCUUUAAAUUUCUUAUCACUUACAGACCUGGGUCUAAAAAUGUCAAGGCCGACGCCUUGUCCAAGUAGUUUGAUACUGAGGAUAUACUAGAGCAAGAAAUGUCCUAUAUCAUUCCCCCGGAAUGUAUCAUUGCAUCCACUGUCCCUUCAUUGUCCUCUCCACUUCUUGGCUCCAUCAUGGAGGCUCAGUCUGAGGCGCCCUGCGGUACACCUCAGGACAAACUGUUCAUUCCAUUGGGGGAAAUGGUUAAUUUCAUGAAGGUGUUUCACAACAAUGUGUCUGCUGGUCACCCAGGUAUUAAUAAAUCCACUUCUGCUAUCAUGAGGUCAUUCUGGUGGGAUUCCCUCAGGAAGGAUGUUAAGGAAUAUGUGCAGGCUUGUUCUGUUUGUGCGGUUUCCAAAGUGCCUCAUAAACUCCCUAGUGGCUUGUUACAAACUCUUCCUAUUCCUGACGUCCCAUGGUCGCACUUGUCCAUGGACUUCAUUGUUGAACUUCCUAGUUCUAACAGUUAUACCACCAUUCUCAUGGUUGUGGACUGUUUUUUCUAAAAUGGUUCAUUUUAUUCCUCUCAAGAAAUUGCCGUCAUCUCAAGACCUGGUACUAAUCUUUAUACGAGAAAUUGUCCGUCUGCAUGGCAUUUCUCACAAUAUAGUAUCUGACAGAGGUUUUCAGUUUGUGUCUCAGUUUUGGAGGGCCUUCAAUAAACAAUUAGGGAUUGAAUUGUCUUCUUCAUCCUCUUACCACCAUCAGACCAAUGGUACAGCUGAGAGGGCUAACCAGUCCUUGCAAUUAUAUUUGCGUUGUUUCGUUAAUAGCACUCAAGACAAUUGGUCCGAAUUACUACCAUGGGCUGAGUUUGCUAGGAACAAUGCUGACCAUGACUCCUCAAGGCAUAGUCCAUUUUUUGUUAAUAAUGGCUGGCAUCCUACUGUCCUACCGGCUGUUUUUUCUGAUACGGCUAUUACUGCUUUGGAUGACUGUCUGGCUUCCAUCCGUGAUACCUGGGUUAAAGUUCAAUCUGCUCUGGAUACUGCUGCUGACCGUUUCAAGCAUUAUGCUGAUACACAUCGAGGUGCCAACCCUGUUUACCAAGUGGGUGAGAGGGUUUGGUUAUCUUCUCGUCACAUCAGGCUCAAAGUCCCUAGCAUGAAAUUUGCUCCUAGGUUCCUUGGACCUUUUCGUAUCCUUUGUAGCAUCAAUCCUGUUGUGUAUUCUCGGGCCCUUACGGCCUCCUUGACAAUUCCUAAUACCUUUCAUGUGUCCUUGCUCAAACCUCUUGCUUGCAAUAAAUAUACUGUCUCAAGUGUCCCUCCUCCUCCCUUAGUUGUUUCUGGACAGGAAGAGUAUGAGGUCUCCUCCAUAAUUGAUUCCAGGUUUUCUCGGGGCACUUUACAGUACUUGGUGGAUUGAAAAGGUUAUGGACCAGCCAAUCGUUCUUGGGUUCCGGCAUCUGAUAUACAUGCUGGCCGCAAGAUUCGCUAUUUUCAUGCCAAAUUUCCUCUCAAGCCUUGUCCUGUGCUCCCGGUGGGCGUUCUUCAGGUGGGGGGUAAUGUCACGUAUUCAUUCGCUUAUAAAAAUGUGAUUAAUGUAAUUUACUGUUCAGACAGGAAAAGUUGUGCCAAACAACAUUGCUGUCCUCAUAGAAAAAGUUGUGCUGAGCAGCAAUCUAAUCCACAGGAGGGUUUGUGCUGAGCAGCAAUUAUGCAAAUGGGAACCUGGUAACUGCCUUUGGGGUCAAAGGCCGAUUACAGCCUAUCAGAUCCAGAGGAGGUGUAUUUAGGCCCAGUUCUCAUCCUGCUCAGUGCCCUGUCGUGGUUUCUCUUGUGGUUGUCUGAGAGCGCGUUAUUGAUUCUGGUAAUUCUAGUUAUUUGACUUUGGCAUUGUUUUUGACUUCCCUAUUUUCUGGCAUCCCUGACCCCUGGCUUUUCCUUAUCAUUGUGUCUCUCUCUGUAUCCCUUAACCUCGGCUAUUACUGACUAUUCCUUGGUACAUUAGUCCGGCCAUUCUAAGGUCCGGUAUAUGUUUCCUAUCAGUCCUCUGUGUUACACAAUUCUACAUGCUGGAUCAUACUGCAUUCCUGACACAGUGCCCCGAUUCACUUUGGAACUAUGUCACUCUGUCCCCUGAAUAAAUCAUGACAAUAUUUCGGGGGGUUGUCUUGUAGGUGAUGAGUCAUCCAGAGAUAUCUAAAAAUUGAGGGCACAUAAGGGGGCCAAGACCAGUGCCAGAAUUCCUUUUUUGAUGGCUACAUAGCUGACUUCUCAGGGCAGGACCUUUCAAUUGAUGUGAUUGGAUGCUCAAGUCUUUUGUCCCCAAUCUGGCUCAGUGCUGCUCCAAGUCCAAACACAGAAGCAUUUGUGUGAACAGAAAACUGUUUUGAGGGGUCAGGAUAAGUCAGAACUGCAUAAGGCAGAUUUAAGAUGUUGGAAAGCCUUCUCACACUCUGGCAACCACAGGACCUGUUGUAAAAUGUUCUACUUCAUCAAACUGUUCAAUGUUUUAGCAAUGGUGCUAAAGCCUGUCACAAUAUGUCUGAAAUAACCAGCUGUCCCUAGGAUUUUUAGUACCCAGGUCUUGGUGCCAGGCUGGGGCCAGUUAGCGACUGCCUUAACAUUUGCUGGUUGUUACGGGAGUCGUAUUCCAACACGCACAAAAUAUUAAACCCACAAAAGGUGGAUCCAAAAGAAGUAUUGCCAAUCCUUAAAAUGGCCGGACUUAACAUAUUAAUAUAGCGUGACUCAAGGUCAAGAAUAAAUUAAGGUCAGGGAAAAAUAAAUAAACAAAGUCAAGACAAAGCCGGGUCAGGAUACCAAAAAUCACAAGUCAAAUACCAAGCCAGGUGAUGAUACACAGAAAUCACAAGUCAAAUACAAAGGUGAUUUCAGGAUAACAGAAAUCAUAAUUCAAAUACGAAGGUCAGGAUACCAGAAAUCACAAGUCAAAUAUGAAGCCUAGGUCAAACUAAGGAAAUAACAAGAGAAUCCUUAGGAGCACUAAACAAGGAUCUAUGAAACCAUGAUUGUGCAAUGAAUGGGGGCUAAAACAAGCCUUAAAUAGGCUUAACUAUGUUCUGAUAGGUCCACAUCAUCAUUGCGACUCAAACUAGAUUAGGAUCGCAAUGAUGAAGUGAUCACUUUAAGAACGGGCAUGAUGUCACGCCUACUUUCUAGAUAUAGAUGUUCUGCCGUGAGGGAGGUGAGUAUACUUUAGUAUGCUGCUCGGCAGCGUGGAGUGGUCCGACUGCAUGGCAGGAGGAAGACAGCGCUGCUUGAGGGAGGUAAGUACAUACUACACUGGUUCAGGUUUGUAUCCUGCUUGGAAGGAGUCAAUCCCACUUCUAUUACUAGUGUGAUAGAGCUCUGUACUUAGCCUGUCAAGCUCCCUAAUUUUCCAACGGACACCUGCAGUGAUUAUAGCAACUCACUGAAGGCUGAAAGUAUGCUGAAUAUGCUUCAUUCACACAUAUUUAUAAAAUACAAAAUAUAUUUACGGUACUGGCACUCUACUAACAUGGGUUCUGGUAUUGGGGCACACACUUCAGAAGUACCCCUAAAUUAUGUACAAAGAAACUAGAAAAUGAAUACCACACUCUUAAUUUGAAUGAUGCUUAUAAAUAAUUAGUGUGUUUAUUUUCAUCACAAAAAUCAGAUGAAGCACUUGUGCCAACAAAAUAUUUGUAUUACCUAUAUUGCAUUGAUAGGGAAUACAUAUAUAUCUUAUUGAAAAAUACAAAUACAUCAAUUACAAUAAAGUAACAGAAAAGAAAAAAAAAUGAAUAAUUUAAACAUGAAAAAAAUCACAAUUGAUAUCCCCCACCGAAGAAGCCUAGAGAUAAUUUAUUCAUAAAUACGACCUAUUCCACUUGUAAUGGUGAGUCUGAGAAAAUCCUAUAAAGUAAAAGAAAAUAGAAAAAAAAUAAAAAAGUAAUGAAUGUCCCUUUUUAGAAAUACUUGUAUGUUAAAUGCACAUAAUGCUUAUACACAGGAAAAAUUUUCACAAAAAGAGUCUAAAGAGGAUCCAAACACACAGUUAUUUGUUGUAGUAUACUCAGUCAAUGGUAUUCAGAUGAAUGAACAAAAAAAAUAAGAAGAAAUUAAAAGGAUAUUAGAAAAAGUGUCUUAAAGUAUCCAAAUAGCUCUCAGAUCGCAUGAAUACACUCGAAUCACCACCGGGGUAAAGUUUUUACCAACCGCACAUUUGGCGUCUGCCCAAAAUAGUUCCAUAGUGAUAGCGGUCGGUCACUUUCACUUGCUAGGGACUCAUAGCAUGUACCAAAACCUAAAGUAUAGUCAGGUUUUAGCUUACACGUCUGUCUGCCAAUAACUUAUACAGGUCGCUGGCAAAAUAAAUUAGCCAGAAAAUAGAGUACUUCGUGCUAUAUAGGUAAGGCUUCUUUUAAGAUCAAAUAAAUAUCGUUGUUGAUGCCAAGUUAAGCGUAAGCCAACCAAUAUAUAGUAAUUAACCAUAACGUGGAAUGUAUUCUGCUACAGAAUUACUUGUAGCAAUUGAGAGUCAGUUAAAUAGCUAGAUUGGCUAUAAGGCUGAGGGGAAUAGGAGUAACCAGAAGAUACUGGAAAUUAACCCUUUGUGCCUUCAUGGGCACAAAACUCCAUCCCCCUACGGGAAAAAGGAUGUUAAACACAUUGCCUGGCAAUGUAUAAGAAGUGCUGCUACAGUAUGUUUUACCUAAGACAGGAAAAGGUCUACCUGACCUAGCUAACCUCCCAUGCCUUCAAGAUCAUAUAAUUCUAUUCCCCAUAAGAAAAUAAGUACAACUCCCAUAUACUUACAGUCAUAUUACUUUAUUUGUACUUUAGCAAAUUCAGCACUUUCUUGUGCAAGCUUUUUUUUUGUUUAUUGUUAGUAUUUAAUCUUAGCCCCUCUUAUAUCUCCUUACAGAUCCAUAGGUAUGCCCCUUCUCGGUCUCUCCGUCCUGCCCGUGACCUUCUUCUGACCGCUACUCGCACCUGUACGGCCAACUCGCGCUUGCAGGACUUCUCGCGGGAAGCUCCCUUCCUAUGGAAUAGCCUGCCUACUGCCAUCAGACUCUCACCUAAUCUUCAAUCAUUUAAGAAGUGCCGUAAAACCCAUUUAUUUAGGAAAGCCUCUGGCCUACCAGACUAACCUCCACCUCACAUACCAGUUGUGGCAAAAGUGAUCUCGACACUGGUUUUUGGAGAGGCCUGCUUGCCAGCCUCUUACCUUGUGACUAUGGCCCCUGGGAUGUAUUGCCAUUUAAAAACACUAAUUGUGCAUAUUGGGACAUGGCACAAUACCCCUUGGACUUUUAACUGGAACAGAUUCAAACAUGUGGUGGUGGUCAUCUUAAAUUGUCCAGCAGUGUUUUGUCGUCGAGUGUAUGGAACUGUUUUGGGUAUGAUACCAUGUGCACAGUGGAGCAAAAAUUAGACUUCCAGGAAAUUCCUGAACCCCUGAACCGAUCUGGGUGAUUUUGGGAUAUAUUGUUCACCUAGAUUGGGGCUAUCAGGGGAUGUGGGGAUAUGUUGUAUUUUGGAGUACUAUUUAUAAAUAUAAAUAAUAAAAUUUUGUAAAAAUUUAAAUUUUUUCUGCUUAGAGUUAAUUGAGCUAGUCCAUUGUCUUUGUUAAUUGUAUCACAGGCAGAGGGGAGGGUUUGUGUACAUUAUCUGGGAGUGUCUAACUGUACCAUACUGUUUUGAUUGGCUUUGUGACUUUGUCUCCUGUGCUCCACAAGGUCCACCUGGUAACCUUGUGGGGAAAACUGUAUAAAAGACAAUAAACGCUCAGAUCUGCUGAGUUCCUGUUUUACCCUCAGCAUAGAGCCUCGUCUCAUGUGUGAGGGAAAGGCUGCAUCUACCCUGGGGAUUGCUAUAUCACUAUACUCCCAAGGAUUAUAAUCACUGAGCUCUUUUAAGAGCUUGUUCCUGCUUCGCUCUCUUGAAAGAGAGCUUCACCCACUGGAACCUGGAGCCUUGUCGUAGGUCCAGGGUGGGUAGGAGACAGCGAGUCCCCAACCAAGCUGCGGUGGUUCGUGGGGUCUGCAGUGCUUAUGGCAUCUGGUGUGGUGCUGAUGGUCCUUGGUAAGCACUAGGAGCAUCGAUUGAGGGAGGGUACAUCACACCUGUCUCUUGUUCUCUCCUAAAUGGCAGCACUCUACUCUCUCAUCCAGCUCUACUUCACUCCCACCUAAUUUGACUACUAUUUCCUGUCCUAAUGUGUUUUAUACCCCACCUCCUAUAGACUGUAAGCUCGUUUGAGCAGGACCCUCUUCGACCUAUCGUUCCUGUAAGUUUUUUGUAAUUGUCCUAUUUAUAGUUAAAUCUUCCCUCUAAUAAUAUUGUAAAGCACUUCGAAACUCUGUUGGCGCUAUAAUAAUAUUUAUUAUUGACCUAAUAAAUGUAGUUAUUUUUCUUUUUUAAUAUUUUGGCAUUAUGGUUUAGUAUUGAUUCUGGCAGGGUACUGGUCACCUAUGUAGUUACACUCAUCCUUAUAUAUACUAUACUAUUUUCCUUGUUCCCUCGUAGGUAUACUAUCUCUCUUUGUUUAAAUUACUUAAACUAGUAAUGUACAGUAGGAGUAGAACUGAGUCAUUACUUGCAUAUUAACUAGCAAUCACACAAUUGUCCAUACAGUAUGUUUUUUUUUCUUAUGCCAAAGCUGGACAGACUCCAUUUCAUUUUCUAUUUUAGGUUCCAAAGUCUCAGUGCUCAGAAAACUGUGUGCCUGGGUAUCGAAAAGCUCCAGGGAUUAGAACACAUAUCUGUUGUUAUAACUGUGUACCGUGUUCAGAAGGAGAAAUAUCCAAUAGAUCUGGUACAUACUGUCAUGAUAUAAUAUUUUAUUACAUUUAAGAACAUGUGAAAUGGCACAUUACUGUGGAAAUAGCACUCCAGUGUAACAACAUUGGCUACAGUAAUUGUCAGCCAAAAUGCAUAAAUGUAUUAAUUUAUCAAAUAUUUUACCAGGAAAGAUACAUUGAGAUUUCUCUCGUUUUCAAGUAUAUCCUGUAAAUCAAAAGGGCACUGUCCCAAAUCCUUUAUUAUAUUUAAAUAACAGGAGACCCUCUUAGAAUAAGAAAGCUUGCCUUAUAACUAUUUUUGGUCUAAUAGAAAUGAUAAGGUAUUCAUUCUGCCUAAAAUCUAUUCCUAAUUAAUCUCUGUUUUACUUGUACAUCUUCUAAAUGAGUAUGCAUAGAUUCCACCAAGAAAUUCCACCAAAUUUUUAAUAAUAACUUUUACAUAUGUAGCUAUAUAUUUGUUUUGCUGAAAAAGUUAGUAUGUUGGUUGUAUAGGGAGAGGUAUAAGCAGUAGAAAGAGGGAAGUGCUCAUGCCAUUAUACAGAACACUGGUGAGACCUCACUUGGAGUAUUGUACACAGUACUGGAGACCGUAUCUUCAGAAGGAUAUUGAUACCUUAGAGAGGGUUCAGAGAAGGGCUACUAAACUGGUUCAUGGAUUGCGGGAUAAAACUUACCAGGAAAGGUUAAAGGAUCUUAACAUGUAUAGCUUGGAGUAUUCAAGGCUGUCUGGCUAACCUUAAAGAAUCUACCAAGCACAAGUUUUCUCCCCCCAUACCAUCGCCUUCCUUCUAGUAAUAGUUGCAUUAGAAUGUACCAAGGUCUAUUAAAAUUGUAUUGUGUGUCUUUAAGAUGACAAUGCAAUAAGAUAUGCUAUGCAUCUAUGAUGGCAAUCAAUAAUGAAGAAUAAACCACGCUAUCCAGUUCUGUACUUGCUUGCAUCUCCUAAUAUAUCAACUGCUUCUUAGCUUUAUUACAACAAUAAAAACCUCUGAACUAAUUUAAAAGAAUCACAUUUUUGAGAUCUGUAACAUGUGGUGGAAUUCUUUUUUUGUUUUCUAGAUACUUGUCUUUGUGUCCUAGUGUAUUGAUAAUUGGUCCUUUCUAACAAAAAUGUUGUUACUUGUAGGUGAAGAAGGAGAUAGUAUGUAUGUUACUAAUGAAACCAUUUAGAUCUUUUUCUCAACAUAGGUCAAAAAUUGUACUGUCAACCCAUGACAAUGGACUGAGUGCACUUUACCAAUCCAUUAAUAAAGUCCAUCAACAGCGCUCUUAAAAUAACUGUAAAAGUUACAGAAAAAAACCUACAAAUUGGUAGGCCAAACUUAUUUACUUACAACCAAGUGAGUCCUUCUUUCUACAAAAAGGAGAUUUAUAUUCAUAAUAACAGAAGCCUUUAGACACUUUAAAAGCUAUUAAACAGGUAAAGCCUGGAGAUUUGCCUCAAUAAUCAGUUGCUAACAUUUAAAGGACCACUCUAGGCACUCAGACCACUUCAGCUUAAUGAAGUGGUCUGGGUGCCAGGUCCUUCUAGGGUUAACCCAUUUUUUCAUAAUUAUAGCAGUUUCAGAGAAACUGCUAUAAUUAUGAAUGGGUUAAGCCUUCCCCCUAAUCCUCUAGUGGCUGUCUCAUUGACAGCCACUAGAGGCGCUUGCGUGCUUCUCACUGUGAUUUUCACAGUGAGAGCACGCCAGCGUCCAUAGGAAAGCAUUGUAAAUGCUUUCCUAUGCGACGGGCUGAAUGCGCGCGCAGCUCUUGCCGCGCGUGCGCAUUCAGCCGGCGGGGAGGAUCGGAGGCGGAGAGGAGGAGGAGAGCUCUCCGCCCAGCGCUGGAAAAAGGUAAGUUUUUACCCCUUUCCCCUUCCAGAGCCGGGCGGGAGGGGGUCCCUGAGGGUGGGGGCACCCUCAGGGCACUAUAGUGCCAGGAAAACGAGUAUGUUUUCCUGGCACUAUAGUGGUCCUUUAAGUAAACUAGACUCUACAGAGAACUAUCACACAAAACCUUCUUUGACAUCUUUAGGCUCACUGAACUAAGAAUUAACUGAACUUUUUGGAGAUCAUUUAAUUUAAAAUAAUCUUCUAUUUUUACAUUUUUAUUAUGGUUGUUAAAUGAGUUUGAUAACAUCUAACAUAAUGUAGUUAUUUAACAAUUAGGAUUAAAAUAAAAUAUGUUGGCUGUGUCCUUGUACUAGUCAAAUAGCCUAGAUGAAUUUGACAAUACAAAUAAGCCAGUAUUUUAAGGUUUUAAAAAUAAUAUGUUUCUGAAAAAAUGUUUUCUUAAUGUUUGUUCAGAUCACCAAACAAAAAGUCAUACAAGUUUGGGGAAAGAAAGUUAAACAGCUGUUAAAAAAUACUAGAACAGUUCAAGAGCAUAUUAAUAAUUUUCAUGAAGUACUUUGGACCUUUAGACUUACAGGAUAGGUGUGAAUGGGUUAAUGUUUGGUGGUAUAUUUGGGUUUUGUCUCAAACUAACAAAUCUGUGUGCUCAAAUGGACCUUAACAGUAGUAUGCAUUCUCCAAAAGGAAACCGAACCUCUGAUAUCUGUGAUGCAAGCACAUUGUAUUCUCACAAUUGUCUACUUUCCAGUUCAUCAAUAUGGCCUAAUCUCACUGUCAUUGCCGAUAUGGUCUCUGGUUAGUGUGGAUUUCUACUUUCUUUGGUAUGGAUCUCAAGACGCCUGAGUUAAUGACUGAUCUCCAUUUUGUUCGCAGCUCCCAUUCCUUUUUUUCCAAAAGGUUCUUGGCAGGUUUUUUUUAUCACAAGCGUUGUUUUUGCUAACUGUCUUUUUUAAUUUCUUUUGGCUAACAUUUGUCUUUUCUCAGUGUCAAAGGCUUGUUAUACUAACAGUAUGUUUUGUCCUUGAAGUGUAGUCUGAGGAAACAUAGCUAUGAAUGCCGCCUAUUUUCUUUUUUGGUUAAACACCCAGAAAAGUCACUGUCUAAAAAGUCUAAUUUUGAAUAAUAGCGAUUUCAGUCAGAAAGGGGGAAACAAAUGCUAUAAAAUUUCGGUGGGCCUAGAUUUAUAUUUGCUAUCUAAAUUAGGAAUGAGCCUUAUUACCAAAUGUCUCUCCACUGCUGCUGAGCACUCACAACUAUCUUCUACACAGAUAUGCAACAUCCUAAUCCCUAAAAAUAAGUCAUUAUAUAAUAAACACCAUUCCCAUACCUUAUUUCCAUAUUUCAACUGCUCUAUCCUUGACCAAGUUGUAUUACGUCCUACGGUUGGUUUUAACCAGUCAAUGGGAAGAGACCACAGACAGCAUCAGCUACGGACAGGCCAACUACUACUUUGCUGUCUUUUAAGUAAUCUGAUGUCCCUUUUUCCCAUUUAAUUUUUCCUUUUAUUAUUUUUAAUUCUUUCAGAAUAAAAUGAGGGAUUGAGAAGGUUAAACUGUAUUUAGUGGUCUUUCACUAGGGUAAAGCUUGCCCUGAUCAGCUUAUUGCUAUGUAAGCUUUGUAGAUAAGAAACAAAAACCUGCAGUCAUGUACGCCAAACUUUCUAGUAGUAGGAAAAACAAUGCCCCUUAUUGCUUAGUUAUGUAGGGCAAGAUGCAUUGAGAAAGGGCAAUGCCCGAAAUGUUUAGAUGCUUGUUCUUCAAUAAAAAGCUGUAGCACUUGUUGCACAUGUUGUUCGUUGUGCUUCCCUCCUGUUUUUAAAGUUUGAUGACUUAAUUAUGUAUAUCUGAUUGCUUAAUUAUGCACACAUUUUAAUGUCCUAAACUUUCUGUUAGCAAACAUAUGUAAAACUUAUGUAAACCCUUGUUUUGUUCUAAGAAAUUGGAGUAUUUAUUCAGCUUACUUAAUGUCGGUCUGAGUUUUUUGCUCCCAAAGCGCUUGAAGGUGUGGACAGAUUUUUUUUUGUGUGAAAAAUGCAAAAAACAAAUAUGAAUGUUAACUUUGGCCAGUGUUUGUGACUAAGUGGCUACUAAAAAAGACUGGACAUACCCCGUUUGCAAAACUUGGGUUGUCUACUUUUGCAAAUGGUAUGCCAUCAUGGGGUAAUUCUCAUUCCUGGGCUACCGUACUGUCACAAUUAUAGUAGAUCCAGCACAAAGAAUAGUAUCACACCUAGUUUACCCAAAGUAGUGGAUAGCGCUAAACGUGUUUGGUAAAAAGUGUAGCACUAAUGAUAAUAUAGAUCCAAAUAUGUGUAAAACAAUCCAAUAUCCAGAAAAAGAUGUUGCGCUAGGAUAUUACGAUGUGUAUCUAGUAAUUAUAUAUCUCACCAGUAAACCUUCUGACCAUCUGAUUUUAAAAUAUUCUAAGUGCACACUUAAAUAGAAAAAUGUGAGUUCACACUCACAUUUCCCAGAGCCUAAUGAACCCUGGCUCUGGGUGGGAUAAGCUUCUAUGGAGGGGGAAAUGUUCCCACAUUCUGGUUCCUCAGAGAGACCAAACUUUAUUCUGCAGCACUGUAUGGGAGACACAACCAGGAGCACACCAAUGGCACAGUAUAAAAUAAUAUAUUUAUUAGUAAAACAAUUAAAACUAAUUACUCAGCAAAAUGUGGGCUUGUGACAAACAAGUUCCGACUAAAACCUAGGGCUAAGGAUAAUGUCUAACCAGACCUUAGAAUGGCCAGACUUAAUGUACCUGAGAAUAGUCAAAAUACUUUGUAACGGCACCCCGAGUAGGUGAAGGGGUUAAUGCCACCAAAGCUGUUCUUUUUCCCGAAUGCGAAGUCAGCUACCGAACACUCCUAAGCGCCGAACAGGAAUCAUACGAAUUAUCCCCCCAAGUACGAGACAAAGCUCUGUAUUGAGGGUCAAGCAGGAUCUGUUUAAUGGUGGCUACAGGUCAGCCUUUUAUGCAGAUCUUCCAGCAAGGGACACUUCUAUAGGAAGACUGAGACAACAUGCCAAUCACAUGCAUUUACAGUAUGGAAACACUUCCACAUGAACAGUACAACUCCUCCUCUCUAUCUUGGAGAUAAUUGGGUUAAGGGCUUGAAGUAACUCAAUUACCUCCAGGCAUAGAGAAUAUCCUCCAUUUUACAGUAAUGGUAAAAACACGUUAAAACACAUAUUUCCAAAUAUACCGAACAGAACCCCCACAUUCAACGUAUCCCCAGAUAGCUUAGAUCUGAGCACUCAAUAUAACUGAACAGCACUCAGAUCCCAUACAUGUAGUUCAAUCGCCAUGGAGUUAAAGUUUUGUACAUUGUGUGUUCGACGAAACAAAUGCGCUCCAUGGGUCUUCUACCUGGUACAGUUCCAUUUGUGUAUUGUCAAUUUACUGAACGGCAUGGCGUUCAUAUGAAUUUGGAACAGAGGGCUGGAUGGUCAGUGAUGGCCGCUGCCACUUGUUCGUUCAUACAAACCACAACCACCCAGCGGACCGUUCGGGAGUUGGAAGUGUCUGCGGUUAACCACAAUGUUAAUGAGGUCAGAAAGGUUAUCGAGCAGCACACUUCCCUACUGGGUGGCCUGCCAUUCGGUAGUUUGUUCGUAUUUUGAUGAAUGCAAACAGGAAACAUACGAACAACCGACAACUGUUGAACAAACAGGUGAAUCAGGUGUUAAAUAAUAAUCCAAAGGCAGAGAGGUCUGCCAGAUACUUCCCGAGGUCAGGGAAACAGAAUGAGACACAACAAUGAGGAUAGCCAGAAGUCAAGGAAACCAGAAAUUAGGCAAGUCAAUAUUAAGCCAAAGUCAAAUACCUGAAAAAACGCAAUCAAGAACACACUCUCGGAUAACCAGUUAGUGGAAACCACGACAGGGCACAGACAGAAAGGUUAUUUGGGUUUAAAUAACCCUCCUUAGGCUGUAAUUGGCUGAAUCUGACCUCUAACCCCAAAAUGUGUGUGUGCCUCUAUGACGUGACGUUGCACUCACAUUGGUGCAAUCUUUGAUGUAGGCAGAGGUAAGUCUCCUAUUAAAACUGGAACCACAGUGGCCAGCGUCUCUAGGAAUGCCAUACUCGCUGGGGACCUGAAUAGAAGGAGGACAGGCAGUGGUUUGCCGUGACCAAGGUAAGUAUGAGAUUUUUCUGUUGGCGUGGCCGCUUUGUUUCAGUGCAGCCACACCAGCAGAAUUGCGGGGAGCCAUGACAGUACUCCCACUUGAAGACCACCCACCAGGUGGGAAGUACCAGGCUUGAGGGGAAAUUUGGCAUGUAAGGAACAGAUUUUGCGACCCGCAUUUAUGUCCGAAGCAGAAACUCAAGAACGAUCAGCAGGCCCAUAAUCCUUCCAAUCAACCAAAUACUACAGAGACCCUUGAGAAAAUCUGGAGUCGAUUAUAGAGGAGACUUCAUACUCCUCCUGUCCAGAAUCAACCAAAGGAGGGGAGGGUCAGAAGGGGUGGUAUACCUUUUUCAGAUAAGGGGGUUCAGUAGGGAUACAACAGGGUAAUGAAAUAGGUUGCUAGAAAAGUAUUCACCAAGAGCUUUAUUUUUGACAGUUGCAGGAGAGGAGUCAUGGGGAGAUGAAAACCUGCUAACCAUUUAAAUGAUAUGCCUUCCUGAAGAAGUGUUGUGACGAACUGGACCUCGUUAUGGGUCUGUGGAGGGGUAUACUUGCCAGCCUCCUACCCUAUGACUAUGGCCCCUGUGUUACACCCUAUUUGAAAACACCAAUUGUGCCUUUUAGACUUAUAACUAGGGUUGAGCGAACCCAAACUGAAAUGGUCUGGUUCGUACUGAACAUUACGGUUUUUGGACCCCAGAUGCGAACACGUACAUUUCAGUGUAUGUUCGGGUUGGAGUUCGGUGUUCAGCAAUUUUGCAGGUCAGCCAAUCAACAAGCGUUUGACUCGUGUGCCCUAAGAAGCCAUCACAGCCAUUCCUACUCUCUGCAUGGCUGUGAUUAGCCAGUGCAGCAUGUGACCCAGCCUCUAUAUAUAAGCUGAAGUCACGUAGCGCCGCACGUCACAUGAGCUCUUAUUAGUGUAGGGAGGGGAUGUUGCCACUUUGAGGGACAGUUUAGAAAAGACUUCUGGUGUUGAAUCUGCAAACUACAGCGAUUAUUUUUGUGGGUGCUAUAAUACUACAUUUUUGUACCAUGCCCCGAGCCCAGUGCCACAGAGAGUGCAGUGCACUUGCAACUGCAUUUUUGCCAGGCACAUGACUUUAAUCUUGUUCUGGUAGCUCAGCGGGCAACAUCUAGGCAUUUUUAAAUACUGCAAUUUUUUUGGUGCUAAAUAGUACAUUUGCGGACUGCAUUUCUUGCAGUCCAAUAAAACCCUUAAAUACUACCGUUACAUUGUUGGUUUAAAAAAUCACACUUUUUUGUGCUAAAUAGUACAUUUGCAGCCUGCGGUGCAUUUCAUAUCUGAGAGUCAAAUAGAACUGUCAAGUACUGUGGUUACUGCGCAGUUUUAAAGAUUACAAUUUUUGGGGUGAUAAAAAGUAAAUUUGGGGUGUGCACUUCAUAUCUGAGAGUCAAAUGGAGCCGUCAAAUACGGUGGUUACAGCGCAGUUUGAACAAUUAACAUUUUUUGGGUGCUAAAAAGUUAAUUUGGGGCGUGCACUUCAUAUCUGAGAGUCAAAUAGAACCGUCAAAUACUGUGGUUACAUCGCACUUUGAAAAAUUCAAAUUUUUUUGGUGCUAAAUAGUACAUUUGCGGCCUGCGGUGCUCUUCAUAUCAGAGAGUCAAAUAGAACCAUCAAAUACUGUGGUUAUAGCGCAGUUUGAACAAUUCACAUUUUUUUGGGUGCUAAAAAGUAAAUUUGGGGUAUGCACUUCAUUUCUGAGAGUCAAAUAGAACCGUCAAAUACUGUGGUUACAGCGCAGUUUAAACAAUUGAAAUAGUUUGGGUGCUAAAAAGUAAAUUUGGGGCGUGCACUUCAUAUCUGAGAGUCAAAUAGAACUGUCAAUUACUGUGGUUACAGCGCACUUUGAAAAAUUCAAAUUGUUUUGGGUGCUAAAUAGUACAUUUGCGGCCUGCGGUGCACUUCAUAUUUGAGAGUCAAAUAGAACUGUCAAUUACUGUGGUUACAGUGCACUUUGAAAAAUUCAAAUUGUUUUGGGUGCUAAAUAGUACAUUUGCGGCCUGUGGUGCACUUCAUAUCUGAGAGCAGACCCGGACUGGCCAUCGGGCACACCGGGCAAAUGCCCGGUGGGCCGCGGUGGCCGUGGGGCCGAGGCCGGCAGGGAGAUCACAGGAUCUCUCCUGCCGGUCUUUGCAGGGCCGGCGCUAUCUGAACGCCGGCCCUGCAGUAGUCUACAGCGGGCCGGUGGGGAAAUCAGAGAUCUCCCUCACCGGCCCACAUGCAGGAUAGUGCGGCCGCCGGGGGAGAGAGGGAGGGAGCCAGCCUGCCAGCAGAGGAACCCGGCGGAGCUUUAACUUACAGCUCCGCCGGGUUCCUCUCACGAGAUUCGGAGCGUUGCCAUGGCAACGCUCCGGGUCUCGCGAGAGUGAUCUCUAGCCCAACAGGCUAGAGUUCACUCACCACUUGGACCACCAGGGAUGGAUGGCGGCAGGACUAGCAGGAUCCCCCCUCCCAGGCAUAAGGUAAGCAGGGAGGGGGGAUAUAAUCAGGGCACAUAACACUCCCAGCACCCUCACUCACACACACACACACUGCACCUCUGACACUCACACACACACACUGCACCCCUGACACUCCCACCCUCACACACUGCACCCCUGACACUCACAGCACCCUCACACACUGCACCCCUGACACGCACAGCACCCUCACACACACACACACUGCACUGACACUGCACCCUCACAGCACCCUCCACACUGCACCCCCUGACACGCACAGCACCCUCACACACACACUGCACGUCUGACCCUCACAGCACCCACACUGCACCCCUGACACUCACAGCACCCUCACACACUGCACCCCUGACACUCCCACCCUCACACCCUGCACCCGACACUCACAGCACCCUCACACACUGCACCCCGACACGCACAGCACCCUCACACACACUGCACGUCUGACCCUCACAGCACACACACUGCACCCCUGACACUCACAGCACCCUCACACACUGUACCCCUGACACUCACAGCACCCUCACACACUGCACCCCUGACACGCACAGCACCCUCACACACACACUGCACGUCUGACCCUCACAGCACACACACUGCACGUCUGACACUCACAGCACCCUCACACACACACUGCACCCCUGACACGCACAGCACCCUCACACACACACUGCACAUCUGACACAGCACAAACAAAAUGCACCCCUAACACUCAGAGCACCCUCACACAGUGCACCCUUGACACACACAGCACACACACUGCACCCCUGACACUCUCAGCACCCUCACACACACACUGCACCCCUGACACUCACAGCACACACACUGCACCCUUGCCACUCACAGCACCCUCACACACACACACUGCACCUCUGACACGCACUGCACCCCUGACACUCACAGCACCCUCACUCACACACUACACGUCUGACACUCACAGCACACACAAAAUGCACCCCUAACACUCACAGCACCCUCACACACACACAUUGCACCCCUGACACGCACAGCACACACACUGCACCCCUGACACUCACAGCACCCUCACACACACACUGCACCCCUGACACGCACAUCACACACCCUCACUUACACACACUGCACCCCUGACACACAGCUUCCUCACAUGCAUACACUGCACCCUCACACACAGCUUCCUUACAUGCACAUAGCACCCUCAUGCAAACACAGCACCCACUCACACACAGCACACACACACUGCACCCAUCACACACACAGCACCCUUACCCACAUAGCACCCUCACGCAAACGCAGCACCCAUCACUCACACACACUGCACCCCUCUCUCACACACACUACACCCCUUACACACACACACACACAGAGCACCCUCACACACACUGCGCAAUAUGCUUUCCUGGCAUUUUUGUCUCCUGGUAUCCCAACUAUGGAGACACCAGAGACAAAUUUCAAGCAAACACAGUGCAAGCAUGUUAUUAAAUUUGCUUGCGCUGUGCAGAACAAAUACAGGGUAUUUUUCUCAUGCCAGAGCUCUUCAGCAGAGCUCUGCGCAUGGUCUACCCUGGAAGAGCAUUGAACCAACAUGCUCACUUUGUGAUGGGGCGUGCUUGUCAUUGGUGAUGACAACACACCCUAUCUGGUCCCGCCCCCUUUUUAGUGGGCCGCUGUAAUUAAAAAAUGCCCGGGCCAAAUUUUCUUCCCAGUCCGGCCCUGUCUGAGAGUCAAAUAGAACCGUCACAUCUUAAAAAUGCAAUAACCCACAGAAGAUGGGCGAUAAUUUUUUUGGGCAAAUGGAACUUUGAUUCGAAUUUACUACAUCAGCAUAAGAGGGAGCAGGAUGCAAAAGCGGAGCGGCCGUCCCCUAGUGCUCGUCGGCAUGUAUUAGCUCUAGAAUUCCCACAGUUAUCCAAGUAACAGAUGGAGUGAUCAAAGGAACCAUAACUGAUUUAAUGACUCAUAAUGAGCCAUUUGCAGUUUCUGUGUAAUGGCUGGGUGCGCUUUCGGCAUUCUCACCCUGCUGCUGCUCGCCUGUCUGCGCUGCAGAGUAACUUCGGCCUUCCCACUCACCGCCUCAUGAGACUGUGCGAGCAGCAGCAGGAGAUAGUGGAGUUUGAGCUGCAGCACACACGGUUCAGUCGCUCUGCGGAACAGAGUUUUCUUUUUUAUAUGUCCCAAUAUUUUGGAGGCUACCCCAAUUAAAAAAAAAACAAAUGAAAAAAGAAUACAAUAAAAAAUAGUUGGCUACCUCAUCCUCCUCCACUGCCGCCACUUCCAUCUACACCGCCACGGUGUAUACCCAGAUAUAUCAGAGCUGCUGCAGAAAGUGAGGGCCGUUUGUGUGCGCUUUUGGCGUUCUCACCCUGCUGCUGCUUGCCUGUCUGCGCUACCCCAAUAUAAAAAAACAAAAACAAAUUAAAAACGGUGUUGGCUACCUCCUCCUCCUCCUCCUCUGCUGCUUCCACCUACACCGCCACAGUGUAUACCCAUUACAGAGAGAACAUCUCUGAAACAUAUCACACUAGUCCCACCCAUACGGGCAGUCCAGAUCCGAAAUGCCAGCAAGUUCCCUCUGCACGAGAGACACAGCAACCCCAGAUGAUCAUUGUUAGGCAUCAUCAGUGAGGCAUAGUUGAUAUCUCCCUAGGCACUUUAAACUUGUGGAGAGCAAAAAAAUGGGUUGCAAGAGUAUACUGAGAACGGGCAGCAGCUGAAAUAGCCUGCCCUUUGGGUUGGCUACCUCCUCCUCCACCGCCGCUUCCACCUACACCACCACGGUCAUCACCUCCUCAACCUCCUACUCCACAUCCACCUCCUCCUCCCAGUUCAAGAUUAUUAUUUUUAAUUUUUAUGUAUUUUAUGUUAUUUUAAGUGAUUUCCUUAUCCACAUUUGUUUGCAGGGCACUUGCCCUACUCUUACCCCUAUUUUACUUCCUUUUGCAGCCUCUAGCCCUUUCCACAACUUUUUUAGAGGCAUUUUAUUGCCCAAAGGUUCAGGUCCCCAUUGACUUCAAUGGGGUUCGGGUUCGGGGUCAAGUUCGGGUUAAGUUCGAGCCCGAACUCAAACUUUUUUCCAAAGUUCGGCUGAACCCACCAAACCUGAACAUUCAGGUGUCCGCUCAACUCUACUAAUAACAGGCUCUGUUCGUGCAAUUGGGACUAUUUGGCUCGUUUACCGAACAGCCGCACCAACCAGAGACCACCCUGGAGCUUGAUAAGCUUAAUUGAUACAUUGUUGCAAUUUCCACCGCAGUGGUCUAAGGGUUGGUCUGGGUGCCAGCAAUUCCUAUGGCCAACCAUGAGAUGGUGGCCAUCUUUUCCGCAUUGACGUAAACCGCAAACAGACUUCAGGGGACUUAGCCAAGAUUCUAUGGAACUAUUUUCGGCUGUGGGAUCAUGCCUGCGGUCGGUAAAAACUAUGACUUCCAUAAAAUGUCUGAACCCCUGAACUGAUCUGGGUGAUUUUGGAUAUGUUGGUCACCAAGAUCAGGGCUAUCAGGAGAUGUAACCUUUAUGUGGAUUUUAUGUGUUUUAAGGUAUUUUUGUUGUUUUGUAAAAAUGUGUGUUUUUUUUUUGUUUGGAGAUAAUUGAGUUUAGUAUAGUGCUUGACUUAAUUAUCUCAUAACUAAAGGGGAAGGCUUAUUGUAUUGUAUGUGAGAGUGUCAUACAUUGUAAACGUGUUAUCAUUGGUGUAUAGGUUUAUGUCCCUGUCCCCGACAAGGUCCAUGUGGGCAUACACUUUGCUUGGGGACUUGCAUAAAAGGCCAGUGUGGCUACCAUUAAACCAUUCCUGCUUAACUCUCAACACAUAGCCUGGUCUCAUGAUUGUAGGGAACCUGCUAUACAGCUAUACCACUAGCUUGUGUAAGAGCUUCACGGCUAUACUCUCUUGGAGGAGAGGCCUUCCCACUGAGUCCCUGGAUCCAGGAGUUUGGUCCAGGACAAGAAGGGACUGCGAGAACCCAGCCAAGCUGCGGUGGUUUGUGGGUUCUACGGUGCUUAUGGUGUCUGGUGUGGUGUUUAUGGUCCUCAGAAUCAGUUAGGAAGCAUCGAUUGGCAGAGAUACCCAGUCAGGGAGCCAGGCGGUCUGUCACAAGUGCGUUUUCAAAGAUUUUUUUAAGGAGUGGAGACUGGGUGAAAGUCUAACAGAGAUGGGAAGGGAGUUCCACAGAAAAGAUGCAGCCCUGGAAAAGUCUUGGAGGCGAGCAUCAGAUGUGGGAGUACGGACAGAGGUUAGACGUAGGUCUUCAGCAGAGAGCAGGGGCCUUUAUGGGAUAUUAUUAAGGAGGAUAGGUAAGUUGGAGCAGCAUUAUGUAGGUACUUGUAAGCAAGCACCAGAAUCUUAAAUUGAUCCCUAUAUCUAACUGGAAGCCAAUGUAGGAACUGACAGAGGGUGGAAGGCGUGGGAGGUGCAGGAGGACAGGAAAAUGAGUCUUGCCGCCGCAUUCAUUAUAGAUUACAGCGGUGCAAUCUGGGAACACGUAAGACCACUGAGAAGGGAAUUGCAGUAGUCAAGGCGAGAAAGAACAACGGCAAAGACCAGCACCUUAGCUGUGUCAGGUGUUAAUUAGGGGCGGGUGCGAGCUAUGUUUUUUAGAUGGAGGCAGCAGCAUUUGGCGAUGGACUGGACAUGAGGGGUGAAGGAGAGUUCAGAGUCAAAGAGAACACAUUAACAGUGAGCCUGCAAGGUUAAAGAGAUGGUGGUGCCGUUGACUUGGUGGGAGCCAAAAUCCUCCUUCUUACACCAUGACUUUAGCCACUAAUUAACUGCCUUAAUCUUCCGUGGCACACAUAGUAGUUCUGGAAAUACUACCUUGGAGGUGAUAGGGAUAAAAUGUAACCCAGAGAUAUGUUCAGGGGAAACCAAACUGUUAGUUUGAAUGUGCUCAGUGAGACAAUCAGACACACCAGACACUUGUGAUUCAAAGAUUACUUACUCUUUUAUUGGGAGAGUUUAAAGACCGUAUAGUACUUUGUAGCACAACUUUGUGACUUGCACAACAAAAACAGGGUGCUUGAAGGCACUCUGUACCAUAAAAGGAAUUUACAGAACUAAGCAUAUUUCAAGGGUUAUAUAUAAAAAAACAUAAAGUUAGUUAGGGUCUUUUAAACAAUUACAUGAAAAAGACCAACAUAGUUAAGCGGCUGUAACAUUAAUUGUCUUCAGGGCUGGGGGAUGAGGGAAGGGCUUGCCUACCAGUGGGUUGAAAGCAUUAUAAUGUAGUUGUAGAUUGUAUGGCGUUUUCAGUACUGAGAGGGUUGAGGUAAAAGGAGGUGAGAUUAAAAGCCUUUGCCAUCUGCAUCCAUAUAUUUCCCUGCCAUGCAUUAUUAUCUGGUCUCAAGUCAGAGCAGCAUAUCUGAACAGAGCAUAUAAUCGUAAAGGAUAUGAACAGCUUCAUGUCGGUGGAUCAGUCGAAGUGACUUGUUUACAGUGACUGGCGUGUAUCCACGUGGCUUUUCCUUCUAGUUUCACUGAGGUGGCUAUGGUUAGCAACACUUGGAAGGGACCAUCAAAUCUUGGCUCAAGCCCUUUUUUCAUGUAUCUUUUUAUCACCACCCAAUCUCCAGGUUAUAGUUUAUGAGUGGUAAAACUGGAGUCUGGAUCUGGAAUAGAAUCAAAUACUUUUUAAUGCACCUGCCCUAAUUUCUUAUGGAGGGCCUGGACAUAGGAGGUCAUGUUACUCUGUUGUAAUUGGAGUGUCUUGGGGGCACAUCCAAACAAACCUCAAAAGGGGAUAGGCCAUUUCUUGGCUGAGGGGUGAAUCUCAUAGAGAAGAGUGCUAGGGGAAGGCAUUCAGUUCAAGGUUUUCCUGUGUCUUGCACGGCUUUUGCAAUUUUAUUCUUAAAGGUGCCAUUUGCCCUUUCUACUUCCCUACUACUCUGGGGGUGAUAGGGGGUGUGGAAGGCCUGACUGAUCCCUAGUGCCUUUAUUAUUUCUUGCAUCAUUUCCCCAGUGAAAUGGCUAACUCUGUCACUUUCAAUCACUUCAGGUACUCCAUAUCUACAAACCAGUUCCUUCAGAAGCUUACUUGUUGUGACCUUUGUUGUGGCUUUCGACACUGGAUAGGCCACAGGCCAGCCUGAAAAGAGAUCAAUGCACAGCAACACAUAUUCACAUACUCCUACCUUAGGCAGUUGAAUAUAGUCUAUCUGCAGUCUCUGAUAUGAGUAAAGUGGCUUUGGGAUAUGUUUACCUGGUGUUUUGACAGCCUGUGUGGAGUUAUUCCUAGAAAUGCGUGGGUCCAUGGGCUACUUGAGCCACCAUGGGGUACAAUACUCAUGGUAGACACAGUCUUUUACCUUUUCUCCACAUUUUGUCAUCAUCAUGUUCUGCAACUUGGUUCCUCCAGAGAUGUUGUUCUCUUUUGCUUGCUUGGCGGCUUUGUCUGCUUUGUGGUUUCCUCUUGUGAUUUCAAUUGUCUCCUCAGAAACCACAGAAUGUCACAAGUAAAGAAUGUAUGCUUAUUUGUCAGACACUGAAACUAGACUAAAAGUUCAAAGCAUAACAUGAUAGUAAAAACAGACUGGUCAUCCGGUCAUCUGUAGCUUGAGCCUUGGGUUAAGGUGCCUCCAAUCACAAUUUCCCUUUUCUUCAGUUUACUUCCUGAUUGUCUAAACUCAUUUUUAGGACCCUCCAUUCUUCUCUGACUUUGUAAUUGGUACCAAUAUGGACCAUGACAGCUGGGUUGUUACAUAUUCUGCCUCAUUUUUCCAAGUUGGGAUUGUUAGUGACGAAUGUAAUCGUGCUUUAAUGUGAAUAGUCAUAACAAUAGUUAAUGUCUAAUAUCAGAUCCAGAAUAUCUCUUUCUCACGUGAGAAUUCACAUUUGGAAAUCUGUAGUGAGUACUACCCAUUUAUAAUUUACUACAUGUCCGAUAGUUAGAAUAGAAAGCGCUCUUUUUUUAUUUUCUAUUAGAGGCAACAAAACAGUAAAAUAACCCUUAAGGUUUCUCCUUAAUCUCGUUCAUAUUCUAACCAUUCUGGGAAGCAAGUAUUAGGAUAUCUAAAUCCCAUUCGAAAUUAUCUUAUGGAGGGGAAUGUCCCAUGUCCAACAAUGAUUAUAUAUAGAUUGUAUUAAAACCUCGGCACUGGCAUGUAUUGUUAUAUAUAAAAAAGUCAUGUUAUAUAAAGCUAAAAGUGUCUUCUCAUUAACUCUCUUUCAAUCAGUAAUAGGUUUGUUAAGUUAUUCAUUUCAGAUGACAUUCAUUCUGUUUGUCUUUAUUUUCUAUAGUUUUAGUCUUUUAAUGCAGACAUCUCAUGUUUCUGAUUUAGUGUUUUUGAAAUUAUAUUUUCAUGCUCUACAAUUUCCAUAUAAUGCUCCUAUAUCCUUUUGGGAGCUGGGAGCCUUUAUCUCAUAUGUAAAAAGACCGUAUUGUAAAUCAGUGAAUAUGGUUCUACCAUUAUUAUGUAAAACCUGAAUUAAUCCUGGUUUAAUGUAAAAAAUCACACCAAUAUAGGUGGAUUUUAUCUCAAAAUCCAGGUUUCCGAGGAAGCACUUCUCUUCCUGAUCCAGAGACAGACCCAGAGUAAUGGAAUAAUAAUCCCUAUUAUAGUGCUUUUAUCUAUCCAAUCAACUUGCAUCAAGUUAUCAGUAGAGUUGUUGGAGUAAUACACACCACACACUACUUCUUCAAAUCUGACUUUCUUCCCACCCCCUGUUGUCUAUGUGUCCAGUCUUACCCCGAGCUUAAAACCCCUAAAUCCCACAUUGUGACAUGCACCACUCAAAUAUCAGGUUACUGUUUACUUUAUUGACUAAUUUAUUUUUAUUUUAGCCAUACAAUUGUUUCAUUGAGGAGAUUCCUUCAUAAAUAGAAAUCUCAAUGCAGAGAUGUCAGCUUUAAUGUAUCUAUUCUUUGCUCACUAUAUUCUAUGUAUAGAAAUGUUUUUAAAGUAAUCAUUUAGAGUCAUCUUGGGGCUCAACACCUACACACCGAAUUUUAACCUAAAGGGUUAUUCACUAAACUGAGAAAUCAAAGUGAAUUCAAGGAAAAUUUCAAAUUUUAGGUCAAAGUAGCCGAACUGAAAGCCUAAUUGGCUUAGAGAAUUUUAGCAAAUUUUCUAUUUUUGGAUGUAAAUUUGCUUUGCAAUCACUUUAAAUUCUCAUUUUAGUUUAUAACACUGUAACUCCAAAUAAGGUAUGACCUAUUUAUUUCACUCAUUAAUAGGAGUGUGUCUAUAUGAUUUAUUCUCUAUGUAUGGAAUCAUGCACCUAUUUUGGAGGUAGCCAUCUAGACAUAUUCCUUUUUGUGAUGAAAACAUUCUAAUACAUAAAAAAGCAGUAGUUCAGAUCUGGUUAUCAAGUCAGGGACAGACACCCUGUUUCUCUUAAACUCAUUCACCCCCACUAACCUGAUUUUCACAGAGACCGUCUCUCCGAGGGAGAAAUGGUAAGUAAAAUACCUAUUGUACUCCCUACAUUUGGUUUGUCUCACUUAAAUGGCCACCAGGACACUAUAGUAUUAGGAAUGCACAUUUGUAUUUCUAAUGGUAUAUUGUUCCUUGAAGGUAUUUCAUGGUGACAACAUACCCUAUACACUGUCUGUCACUAAGGUAAUAAAGAUAAAAAAAAAUCAUUUUAUAGAAACAAAAUUGUGUUAAUAAUGUUGCCUUAUUGUAUAUGCUUUUUAAAUGAAAAUCUACCUUAAUUGUGAAAAACAAUUUGCCAUAAAUGGAUUUUAACUUGAGACUUUUUGUUUUGUUUGGUAUUUCAGAUAGUGAAACAUGUAUAAAAUGUCCUGAUACUGAAUGGCCCAAUAAGAAGAAGAAGCAGUGUUUUCCAAAACUGGAGGAAUUUCUAUCGUACAGCAAUGAUGUACUUGCUGUGAUCUUUUUCUCAAUAUCGUCACUUUUUAUUGUUAUAACUGUAGUUACAUUAGUUAUUUUUAUUUUCUAUCAAGACACACCUAUUGUAAAAGCCAAUAACAAGAACCUCAGCCUCAUCCUUCUGGUCUCCAUCUUACUGAGCUUCCUCUGUGUGUUCUUGUUCCUCGGUCGCCCGGUGGAUAUAACUUGCAUUCUGCGUCAGACCUCUUUUGGAAUCAUCUUCUCGAUAGCUGUAUCCUGUAUUUUAACCAAGACAGUCAUGGUUUUCAUUGCUUUCAGUGCCACCAAACCUGGAAGCUCCUGGAAAAGAUGCAUUGGUGUUAAACAGUCUAACCUGCUUGUAGCAAUGUUUUCAUCCAUCCAAGUUCUAAUUAAUAUAAUAUGGUUAGCGAUAUCUCCGCCCUUUCAGGAGCUGGACUUGCAUUCUUAUCCAGGCAAGAUCAUCAUUCAGUGUAAUGAAGGUUCUGUUAUUGCCUUCUACUCUGUCCUUGGUUAUAUGGGCAUUCUGGCAGCUGUUAGUUUUAUUGUAGCAUUUUUGGCCAGGACAUUACCGGACAGUUUUAAUGAGGCCAAGUACAUCACCUUCAGCAUGCUAAUGUUCUGCAGUGUUUGGAUUGCAAUGAUCCCGGCCUAUCUGAGCACCAAAGGGAAAAACAUGGUGGCUGUAGAGAUUUUUGCCAUAUUAAUUUCAAGUGCUGGACUUCAAGGUUGCAUAUUUUUCCCAAAAUUAUACAUAAUAUUAUGUAAACCUGAAAUGAAUGCAAAAAUAUGCAUGUUCAAUAAAUGAAACUUUGACUUUGCACAUGUUAAUAUAAAUAUAUAAUUGUCUUCAAUAUUACAUCUCAAUCUGAUUGACUUUGAUAAUUAAAGUGUAAAGUAAUACAUUGUUCAUAUUAGUAAAUUAAGUGCAUCAACAAUAUUUAAUUUUUUCAUACUAGUUCUGAAAAAUUGGAAACAGCUGUUAAUGGAUGUCAACUCUAAAUUAAAGUAGCAACGCUUAUGAAAUAGUUUGGGUUACAUAGUUACAUAGGCUGAAAAAAGAUGUGUCCCACCUCGUUCAGUUCCAACCUCGUUCGGUUCCUGAGCAAGGACCUCCCCAGUGCCCCUUGGAAUGUUCGCACUAAUUAAUUAGAAUGUUGGCAACUCGCAACGUAAGUGUGAAACCACAAGGGAAGUAAUUAAUGAGUACUUCCCUGGGUGGUCACCUUUCAUAUAGAUGGACGUUGGCCAGGGGGGAAAUUUGUGUCUUGAAUGGAGAUGCUUAACAGAGACUGUUUGUGACGGUUACCGUUCUGGGGGUGGGGGGAACACUCUUUGGGGACAAUUGCGGUUUGGUGAACUAUUUGUAUCUGGGAACCAAAGAGUUGGGAAGCUUUUCCAUGCUGGGACUCCAAGGUACAGAGGCUCCUGGGAGGAAGACCACCUGUCACAACUGGUGGGAAAUCCUGGGGAUGGGUGGCAGGAACAGGGGACAAAGGGACUGGGACCACUGGGAGGGGGAGGACCCGGGGAGGGGACAUUGUCUUUGUGUGUGAUCCACCCCUUGCAUAGGGCAAACUAUAAAGCCAAGUGUGGCCAAUAAAGUUGUGUUGUACCCUUGGAACUGUGUGUCGGCUGGUUACUGGGGGGGGACAUGGGUCUUUUCAUUCAUUAAUAGUGGAGGUAACCAGUCGGGUUACUCAGCCUCCGCUAAAGGUUUGUAUUGGCCCCAGAUAUAUCUGUAUAAUAAUAUCAUAUCCCUGUGCGGCAACUGUUACGGUUACCUCCAGGUUGGUUGGAAGUUGGACCGCUUAAAUAUUCUGGUUCCCGGUCAUGGAGAGUGAGAGUGCCACUCAAAUCAGCAUGCUGCAAUAUUCCUGGAAAUGUAGAUAUUCCCCACUAGCUAUGAGCAGAGCUAGUAUACACCAAGUCAAGGCUGCGAGUUGAGGGUAAAAUUAACUGGUUUAAUUGGUACUCAUGCAGAGCCUUAAAUACAAGUUUUCAGGCAAGAGGAACAUCCCUCUGGACCUGAUGGUACACAGGACAAUAUAUUCUCACAGCAAAUAGGAACAAAAUGCAUUUUAUGAAACACUCCGCCCUACCCUGGCGAUAAUUGGUCUCAACGGUUACAGUAACUCAAUUAUCUCCAGACAGCUUGGAUAUGAGCGCACAAAAUAUACGAAUUGUGCUCAGAUCUCACGAAUGGUGUCUGAAAGCCAUGGGAAUAAAGUAUGUCUGUAGGUCUUUUCAUGGCUUAUUACUUGAACAGAUGGAAUAAGCUGAAUCCCACGUUCGACGACAAAAGAUGGCCACCGCCUCGUGUUUGGUUAACCACAGAAAGCAUAGCUUCCAGGUGGGCAAUUGGGGGUACACACCAGGGGUCGGGAGGUCGGCCGUUCGGGAGUUGUUUCAGCUCUUUGUUCGACACCCCGUUCAACCUUUUACAUACGAACGGUGACCACCCUGAUGACAGUCAAUUAGGCUGCGAUUAACCACAAACCGCAGCUCCUGGGUAGUUAAUUGUCGGCACACUCCUCAGGUAGGGUGGUCGUCCGUUCGUCGGUUUAUUCUGUGUUUACAAGGUGAACAGGGUUAAUUAGCGGCACACGCCAAGGGCCAGGUGGUCGGCCAUUCGUAAAUACGAAUGGCCUGGGAAGAUUGUUCAUUUAAAAAGUAUCAAAAUAUCAACAACAGUAUCUGAGUUGUAGCAGUCAGAGGGAAUCUCUGUAACAGCAACAUUUUUCUAAACUAAGAAGGUUUAAAUUUCUUAACCUUUCUUCAUAGCUAAAAUGUUCUAUUUCUUUUGUAGCCCGCUUUAGAACAGGUGCCCAAAAUUGCACAGCAUAUUCAUGAUGUGGUUUAACCAGUGAUUUAUAAAGAGACAAAAUUAUAUUCUCAUCCAAAGAAUUAUUGCCCUUUUUGGCCUUAGCCACUGCUGAUUGACAUUGCAUAUUGCCUCUUCCUCAUGGAUGCCAUGCAUUUGUGGGACCCCCAGGUACUUGUAGCUGUUCUCUACAUCUUCUAUUUGGCCUUCUGGAACUUCAACUCCUUCUGUCCUGAUCAUCUUCCCUCUUGCUGCUAUCAUCCGCCCACACUAGUUAGGUGGAUCAGCUAGUCAAUGUCUCGCUCAUUCUUGGCAUACAGCUUGAUGUCGUCCAUGUAAAGUAGGUGGUUGAUGGUAGAUCCUGUAUCUGUAUCCACUCUUCUUGAUGAUCUGGCUUAGGGGGUUGAGGCCAAUGCAGAACAGCAGUGGGGAUAAAUAAAGAAAAGACUGGAACGACUUAACUAAACAAGUGUAUCAUUGAGUAUCAUUGGAACUACAAAUAAUAAGCAUAACAUUAUUAUGUUUGGUCCCUCUUAGGGAAAGAAAGGAACAAACAAUAAACAGUUAUGACAGUAUGGGAUAUGUAUACUGUGCUAUUUACAUAAAAUUACAAGGGGAUAUUCCUAAAUAAUCAAUAGAUAUUAUAAUCCUGUGAUACCUAGAGUAGCCUGUGUGUGGCCAUAAUCAAUUACUCUACUAUUAUAUGGCUACAAGGUGUCCAUCCUGGAAUAUAGGACAUAUCUAAACAAAAUAAUAAAUCUUUAUUGGUCCCUCUUAAGGGUUAAAUGACUCAUGGAAAAGGGGUGUAUAUACAAUGUAAAGUGAAAAAUACAAAAAGGUGUUUAAAAGAAAUAAAGACCUACAGCUAUUCUGCUAACUAUAUACAUUACACAUCAUCUCCGCUGUUAAUUUCCCCAUACUGAGAUCUCACUAUCAUCACUCCCUUAGUCCCGCCCUCUCACAGUGCGGUCGUAAUACAAUUAUGACGUCACAAAAAUAGGCGGGUACAUUUGGGACGUCACAAAAAUCUAGUGCAAACGGGUACAUUUGGGUUUAAAAUGGUCUCAAAUGCAACAUAGGCCCAGCAAACCAAUCUGGCAAAAUGUGCAAACAUGGAAAAGGGGAAAGCCCUACAUACUUUUGCAAAAACCCAUAAAACCUGUACAUUGGGGGUACUGUUGUACUCAGGAGAUAUUGCUGAACACAUAUUGGGGUGUUAUUUGGCAGUUAUACAUAACAGGAGUUAAGAAUCCAUGCCUAAAGUACAUUGUGUGUGAAAAAUAACACAAAAAAAUUACUACCCAAAAGGUUUACAAAGACUGGUGGUAGAAUUAGUGCAUGGAAAGUGUUAACAUACCACCACUUUUCAAAAAUAUAUGGCUGGCUUCAAAAAUGUCCCAAAUAGGACAUGGGUGCAUGAUGACCAUCUGUGAAAAUUCCAAGUUGGAAAACUUUAAUGCGCACCCUCCAAAUAAAGUAUUUUAGCCCCCAGAGAACCAAACACACCUAUACAUGGGGGAUAUCACUGUACUCAGGAGAUGUUGCUGAACACAUAUUGGGGUGCUCUUUGGCAGUAAACCUUAAAGUUCUCCAUACAUGUAUUCUUAAAUUGCUAUGUACAAAUUAUUAUAAAAAAAAUAAAAUUUUGCAUAGAUUGGUGGUAAAAUGGUUGCAUGAAAAGAGUCAAAAUAUUCCAAGUUUAAUUCCUUAGGUUGUCUUCUUUUAAAAAAUAUAUACAUGCGAAAGGUUAUUUAGGGAAUACAAUAUAAUUUGCGUUACUUUUGAAAAAAAAAAUUGAAAAUAGCAAAAGUGCUACUUGUAUUUAUUGCCCUAUAGCUUUCCAAAAAAAGCUAAGAAUAUGUUAACACUGGAUAUUUCUAAACUCCAGACAAAAUUUAGAAACUAUUUAGCAUGGGUGUUGUGACAGACUCCCAUUUUUUAGGGAGUUUUCGAUGAGUACUUGCCAGCCUCCUGCCCCAAGACUAUGGGCCCUGCAAAAAAACAGGCUAAAAAGUGACUUCCAUGGGAAAAUGUGCCUCUUCCCCUCCCCCUUUUUCCUGUCCUAUCGUUUCUCCAGCAGUUUAAACUGGCUGCUUUGUCCCUCCUCCAUCUCCCAUCAGCCCUUGCUAUUUUCUGACCCCACCCUUAUUUGUACUAUUGUGCACUUUUAACAUUGGACAUAUUGAUCCAAGCUAUCUGGGGAUAUGUUGGACAUAUAGUUUAAUCAUUGUAUUAUAAGAGUUAUGUAUUUUUAUGUGGUUUUUGUUACAGUUAUUGACUUAGAGAUAUUUCCUGUACCCGGGGAUAAUUAAGUUACCACAGCCACUUAAGCCAAUUAUCUCCAGAAUAGAGGAGAAAAUUGCCCACGCACAGCCUUAAUCUAUGGAACUGUUUUGGGCAUGAAAGCCAUGCUUGCGGUCGGUCAUAUGUGACUUCUAUAACAUUUUUGAACCCCUGCUCUGAUCUGAGUGAUUUUUAGAUAUGUUGUUCAUCCAGAUCAGAGCUAUCAAGGGAUGUAGGAUUUAUGGGGAUAUGUUGUUGUGUUGGGGGUAUUUCUGGACUUUGGGUAAAAAUUGAUAUUUUCUGCCUGUGGUAAUUGAGUUAGUCCAUUGUGUUCACCCUACUUCACCCUCAAUUUAGAGUCCUGUCUCUUAUUGGGGUAAUCUGCUACUUUAUACUCCCUUGAAUAAUCACUAAGCUCUUGUAAGAGCUUGUUCCUGUCCUGCAUCACUCUUUGGGGAAAGAGAGGUUCACCCACUGGAACCUGGAGCAUUGUGGUAGGUUUAGGGUGGGUAGGAGACGGCGACACCCCAACCAAGCUGUGGCGGUUCGUGGGGUCUGCGGUGGUUAUAGUCUCUGGUGGAGUGCUUAGAGCCCUCAGGAAGCGCUAGGAGCAUCCUUUAACGGAGGUACCCAGUUGGGGUGCCAGGUGAUCCGUUACAGGUGGUUUUUGGUGGUUGUAGAUGCGUAACAGAUUUUGGGGGUCAAAUUUAGAAAAAGUGUGUUUUUAAAAAAUUUUCAUCAUAUUUUAUAAUUGGUUUAAUAGUAAACAAUUAUAAAAUUAAAACAAUUAUAUCUUUAGAAAGACCAUUUAAUGGCGACAAACACGGUAUAUAAUAUGUGUUGGUACAGUAAUUGAGUAAGAGGAAAAUUACAGCUAAACACAAACACAGCAGAAACGUAAAAACAGCCCUGGUCCCAAACAGUAAGAAAAUUGAAAAGUGGUCUGGUCACUAAGGGGUUAAUAAAUGAAACUUCAACUUACUUGCAUAGGAGGAAAGCAGAUGUGUGUGACGGACUGCCUGGCACCCCGACUGGGUACCUCCGUCAAUCGCUGCUUCCUAAUACUUGCAAGUACCAUAAGCACUGCACUGGAACGCCAUAACCACCGUAAACCCCAUGGACCCGCCACAGCUUGGUUGGUGUCUUGCCGUUCUCCACCCACCCUGGACCCAAGACUAGGAUCCAUCUUCCAGUGGGUAGACCUCUACUAGUCCAGAGAGUGUAGCAGGAACAGCUCUUAUAAGAGCUAGUGAUUAUACCCAGGGGAGUAUUGUGAUAUAGCAAUCCCCAGAGUGAAUGUAGUUCUCCAAUCCCCCGAACAUGAGCCAAAACUUCAUGAAGGGGUGAAUGAAUCUCUCUUUAAUGGGAGGCACACACUGGCCUUUAUAUGCAUGUCCCCAAGCAAGGUGUACGCCCACAUGGACCUUGUUGGGGACAGGGACACAAACCAAAAAUAACACAUAGCACACAAUCCCUCCCCUCUGCUUGAGAGAUAAUUGGAUCAGUAACUGUACUAAUUCUAAUCCAAUAAUCUCCAAGCACCGAAAAAAACAUACAUUUUUAAAACACCCAAAAAGUCCCCUGAUAUCCCUGAUCAGGAUUGAUGACCAACAUAUUCAAAAAUCACCCAGAUCAGUUUAGGGGUUCAGGAAUUUCCUGGAAGUCUUAUUUUUGACCGACCGUGCAUAUGGUCCCAUGCCAAAACAGUUCCAGAGAAUUAGUGCUAACGGUCGGUCUCUCUGUCUGAAGUACAAAAGUACAUACUUCACAUGAACAGAGACUUUAAAGUAUUUUAGCCAGGUCUAUUGUAGGGGCCACAGAUUAAGAGACUGGCCAGUAGGCUCCUCCAAGAACCAGUGACAAGGUUCAGAUUGUCACAUUUCUUCCCCCCCCAAUGGAAGACUAACCAGGUACCUGACCUUCUGUCGGUUGGUACCUGAGUUAGUCGAGUAGCCCACCCAUAAAUAAACACUUAACCUGGUGGCCUCUGGUGUGCGGCUCUGUCCGGUAUGUCCCGGGUUGCUGAUUGGGUGUCCGUCACCCCUGAUCUCCCUUGUGCUCCCAGGCAUGAAGUUAUAGUACUUGGUGGGCAGAGUCCAACUGCGUUCUGCCCUGGUUCCAGCACUUCUGCUGCGGGGACUGGUACAUAGUCCUGCCCUGUAACAAGGCAGCAGGUAGGGCAGAGGCCAGCUGCGCUCUGCCCUGAUGCCAGUUCUUCUGCUGGGAUGAUGGCAGGGGGCUUGUUUCUGGACGAGAGCCCCAGGUGAUUGUGGGUGGGACUGACCAUCCCCACUCCCUGUAUCUUUCCCUGUGGUUGGGCAGGGGGACCGACUGUCCCCUCCCAAGGUGUCUCUAGCUGCCGCUGGAGAGAGAGGGUAUAUCCUCUCUCUGUAAUGCACCCUGCUGCUGGGGAGUGAGACCGACUGUCUCCACUCCCAAUAACUUGCCCUGCCCCUGGGGAGAGAGACCAGUUGUCUCCUCUCCCUGUAAAGUAAGCUGCCGCUGGGGAGUCGGACUGACUGUCUCACCUCGGGGUAACGCUGCCUGGUGCUGGGUAGUGGGACUGACCGUCUCCACUCCCAGGGCUGCUUGCUGCUGCUGUGGUGAGGGACUGACAAUCUCAUAUCCCGGUGAUGUUGCCUGGUUCUGGGUAGUGAGACCGACUAUCUCUACUCCCAGGGAUGUUUGCUACUGCGGGGAUGAGGGACCAACAAUCUCCUCUCCCGGUAAGAUUGCUUGCCGUUGGGGAGCGAGAACGAUGUGCUCCUCUCCCUGUAACACACACUGCCGCUGGGUAGUGAGACCAAAAGUCUCCACUACCUGUAACUCACCCUGACGCUGGGAACGGAGGAUGAUACUCUCCUCUCCCUGUAACUCUGACUGCCGCUGGGGACAGAGACCGACCGUCUCUUCUCCCAAUAACAUACUCUGCCGCUGGGGAGUAGGACCGACUGCCCCUACUCCUGGUAACUCCGCCUGUAGCUUGGGAUCUGGCCCGGCUGCCCAGCACCCUUGAAGGGCCAGUGGAGAGACCUCUGUCCCAUCUCUCAUGCUUCAUUUCCAGCCCGCAGGGGACAUGUGAUCGUGACAGAUGUCGCAAUCACAUGGUCGCAAAGCAAUCUAUAAGACUGCCUUCAGGGGGAUUGCCUGAGUCUUCAUGCAGUCCUGCUAGUACGUAAAAAAAACCCUGUAUAAUAUAUGAUAAAUUAAUUAAAUUAUCUGAUUAGCAUAUUAUACAUAUAUAAUAUAAAUCCACAAUCCCAGCACUCAAGUUCCCCAUCUUAAAUGUGCCCCGGUGCAAACUCCAGUCAAAAUAUACAAAUAUGAAGAAAAGUGCACUCUGAAGUAUACAUAUUAAUACUAAAAUACAUUUAGAAUUAAAUUAUAUAUGUAUUGAACAAUUACAAUAUAUUAAUCAGAUGAAUUAAUUUAAUAAAUUAUAUACAUAAAAUAAAAAUGUAAAAAAAAUAUAUAUAUAUAUAUAUAUAUAUAUAUAUAUAUUUGUAAUAUCAUUUGCACAUCUUGAUAUUUUUUUAUAUAUACAUAUAUAGCAAAAUACACUUAGAAUUAUAUUUUAUAUAUAAAAAUUAAAAUAAGAAAAUAUAUGUGUGUAUGUGAGUAUGUAUGCAUGUGUAUGUGUGUGUGUAUAUAUAUAUAUAUCUAUAUAUAGAUAUAUAAAACAAUGUUUUUCUUGGCACUCACCCUUUCAAAGGUGCAAUCCCAUGUAGAUAAAAUAUAUAGAGGAUAAAGAGAUGCACUCUCAGGACUUUGAAAAAAUAGUUAAUUUAUUCCAGCAGGUAUAACAUCAAAGUUUGCCGACGUUUCGACCCAUUCGGGUCUUUCUCAAGGUCAAUGUACCUGUGCUUACAAGCCAUUUAUAUAGGACAUAAAAAGAAGUACUCACCAAUCUGUGAAGAACCCCCUGAAUCCCUCCGUGCACACCUGGAAGUGAAACCGGAAAUAGAACCCACGAUCACAUGAUCCAUGCAUAAGUGAUCAUGUGGUGUUGCUAAGAUACCGAUAGGAAAACAAUUAAUUAUAAGAUCGGUAAAUAUCUCAUAGAUGUGCAAGUGAAAUGUCUAAUAUCAAUCUAUUGAUGAAAUCUGAUUAAAGUGCAGAGUGCAUAAAUCCGCAAAAAUGCAGCCUAAUAUAAAAAAAAUAAGCAAAGAUCAUAAGAUCAAAUAUACUGUGUAAAGUGUCACCAUAUAUCUAAAGAAGUGAUCAAAAAAAUAAAGAAUGUUAUGUUAAAAACAUUUCACCAACCAUGUCAAGUUUAGAAGGCAUUUAGCUGAAGCAAUCUAUAACAAAAAAAAAAUAAAAAAAAUAGCAGACUAAAAAAGGGAAAAAAAGCCAUUAGAAUAAAGGCUCCAAAAAACCAAUAAGGAUCACAAAUAUACUUAGAGAAAAAGGGAAACCAUAUGAUUAUUCAAAGAACAUUAUUAUUAAAGAAACAUAGAGAGCACAAUAUUCUCGUUGAGUCCUCUUGGUGUCACUGUGUCCAGCCGAUGGAUCCAUUGUGCCUCACGUUGAAGUAGUUUCUUUGAUCUGUCACCCCCUCUGGACAUUGGGGGGACAUGAUCAAUAGCCGUGAAACGUAACAGAGGAAGUCUAUGUUGCAUAUGUAGGAAAUGUUUAGCGACUGGCUUAUCGCUAUAUUGAUCUCUAAAUGCUGUUGUUAUGGUCGACCGAUGUCCCCUUAUGCGGUCUCUCAACGUCAAGUCGGUUUUGCCAACGUACGAAAGUCCGCAGGGACAUGUGAUCAUGUAUAUCACAUGGUCAGUGGUACACGUGAUAUAAUGAGAUAUUUUAAUUCUCUGACCGCUAUGGGGAUGAGCAAAGGUCGUGCCACUGACCAUGUGACUACAUGUCACACAUCCACUGCAUUUAUAACAACCUUUCUUCACAAUACUCCUCGGUUUACGGUAGCAAAUUUCUGGGUCACUCUUCACCAGAAGGUCCUUUAAGUUUUUGUUUCUUCUGUAACUGAUAACAGGGGAACUCAUGAAUGUAUGAGGUAGUGAUUUAUCUGAAUGUAAUAUAUCCCAAUGUCUUUGGAUAGAUUGUCUAAUUUUCGAUGUUCCAGUGUGAAAAGUCAUGGGAAGAUAAAUUUUUGGUUCUUUUGGUACCUUCUUAGUUUUAUCAUUCAAUCUUUCUUGAUUCCAUAUAUUCAAAGCUUUAGUUUGUGCUAUUUGGAGAGUUUGUGGACGAUAACCUCGCAUACGAAAUCUCUCCCACAUUUCUUCCAAUUGGGCUCUUCGUUUUUCGGUUUCUGUAUUAUAUCUUAAUGUCCUUAAGAAUUGGGAGACCGGGAGUGAUUUCUUAAGUUGUUGUGGAUGAAAACUGGAGGCAGAUAAGAGAGUAUUACGAUCCGUAUUCUUUUACACACUAAUACUGUUCAAGAUCUAUAUAAUGAUUUGUUGAAAUUAAAGAAACGAGAAACGGAUUUGGACCUCCAUGGUGUAUUUAUCUCAGACUACCAUAGGGCAAAAAGGAUACCUAGAGGAUUUAGGGUUAAAAAUGCACCUACAAUUGGGAGACAAAAUCCGGAAUUCUGCAAAAAGUGGAUGCAGAUAUCCAAUAAAUGCUCUCUGGACUGGAUGGUGAUUGUGGUGGAGGAGGUAGGUAAAGAGUUAAUUUUUGUAAAGCAAACAAUCCAAAACCUGGAAACCACAAAUAUGAUAACAUUACAAGCAUCAACAGCCACUACUCAGAUGAUCAAACUUCAGGAUGAAAUUAACAAAUACAAACAUGAUUUGAUUCGGUUUAAGAAACAAAAAUUGGAGAAGGUGAACAACGAUUAUAAAUAUCACCAGGUGUAUAGGUGGUUAGGGGGUGCUCAAGAAAAUUAUGGAUCAAGGUUUAGACCCAGGACAAAGAUACGUAAACCUCUAUUUAACACCAUAGAUGCCAGUUCAGGCGAUUCCACCUCAGAUCCAGAUUCCAGAGAAGAUUUAAGAAGACCAACCCCAGAUCCUUUUUUAGGCAGAGGUAUACAACAAAACGAACCUCCAGAUACAAUAAGAGUCAACACCAGAGGCGCCAGAAGAGCCGACCAAUACGACGAGGGAAAAGAAAUUGGAAAAAAUACAAACCCCAUGGGCAAACCACCCAGGAUGAGGAAAUAACGGUUUUUAAUUUGUCUAAUAAAAUACUUAACUCUGAUCACUACUCACUUCUAAAUAAAGCACUCUCUUUUGUUCCAGUCGCAAAGCCUGAUUUGUUUCAGACGGAGGUUGAAUUAUACAAGAUUCAAAGAAUACUAUAUAGUAACGAGAUCAAGAAACAUCCAACAAAAAAACCUACUCAUGUUUUUCCAAUGAAAAACAAAAGGGAUAUUCGGACUGCUAACUCAUCCAUUAAAGCAUUUAUCCAGACGGUUAAAAUGGAUAUAGAAAAAAUUGUUAAAAAUCCACCUCUGUCCCAUCAGAAUCUAAGUCCGGGAGAAAAAGCAGCAUUGAAGGACCUCAGUCAAGACCCUAAUAUAGUAAUCCGUGGGGCUGAUAAAGGGGGAGCAACGGUGAUACAAUCAUACGACCAAUACCGGAAAGAAAUACUGAGACAACUCAGUGAUACCUCUGUGUAUACGAAGCUUACGUUUGAUCCAACGGCUAAAUUCCAAAAAAGAAUAAAAAAUCAUGUUGAAUUGGGAUUACAAUUGGAGUACUUGGAUACUCACACAGCUCAGUACCUCACAGUUGAGCACCCCAGAUAUCCGGUACUGUAUACGCUACCCAAGAUCCAUAAAGACCCACUACAACCACCAGGAAGACCCAUAGUUUCGACUAGAGAUGGCAUAAUCGAACCAAUUGCCAAAUAUAUUGAUACUUUUAUUAAAGAUAGCAUUAUGGCUUUGCCUACAUGCUUACGAGACACACAGGACUUUAUGUCCAGAAUCCUACAAACACCACAUGUGGAGUCGACAUCCUUAUUAGUUACGAUGGAUGUCCAGAGCCUGUACACCAUCAUACCUCAUAGGGAGGGUGUACAGGCUUUGAGGGAGAUCCUGGUCAAAUCUACCAUAUAUGAAGGUCCGCCAAUUGAAUUCUUGUUGGAAUUUCUAAUGAUUGCACUUACAUGCAACUAUUUUAAAUUUGAAAACCAAUUCUAUGUGCAAGUAUCCGGCACUGCGAUGGGGGCGGCAAUGGCACCAUCAUAUGCUAAUGCCUUCAUGUACAUUUUUGAAUGUGAUCAUAUUUUGGAAAAAUUUGGACAACAUAUUCAACAUUAUUAUCGGUUUGUAGAUGACCUGUUCAUGAUUUGGACAGGUACCAGGAUAGAUCUGGAACAAAUGAUUCAUGAAAUAAAUCAAUCUUCUACACCUGUUAUACUGAGUUAUCAAAUUGAUGAAAAAUCAAUUCAAUUUUUGGAUGUCACCAUCUAUAAAAAAGAAAACAAAUUGGAAUUUACUUUAUACCGUAAAAAUACGGAUCGUAAUACUCUCUUAUCUGCCUCCAGUUUUCAUCCACAACAACUUAAGAAAUCACUCCCGGUCUCCCAAUUCUUAAGGACAUUAAGAUAUAAUACAGAAACCGAAAAACGAAGAGCCCAAUUGGAAGAAAUGUGGGAGAGAUUUCGUAUGCGAGGUUAUCGUCCACAAACUCUCCAAAUAGCACAAACUAAAGCUUUGAAUAUAUGGAAUCAAGAAAGAUUGAAUGAUAAAACUAAGAAGGUACCAAAAGAACCAAAAAUUUAUCUUCCCAUGACUUUUCACACUGGAACAUCGAAAAUUAGACAAUCUAUCCAAAGACAUUGGGAUAUAUUACGUUCAGAUAAAUCACUACCUCAUACAUUCAUGAGUUCCCCUGUUAUCAGUUACAGAAGAAACAAAAACUUAAAGGACCUUCUGGUGAAGAGUGACCCAGAAAUUUGCUACCGUAAACCGAGGAGUAUUGUGAAGAAAGGUUGUUAUAAAUGCAGUGGAUGUGUGACAUGUAGUCACAUGGUCAGUGGCACGACCUUUGCUCAUCCCCAUAGCGGUCAGAGAAUUAAAAUAUCUCAUUAUAUCACGUGUACCACUGACCAUGUGAUAUACAUGAUCACAUGUCCCUGCGGACUUUCGUACGUUGGCAAAACCGACUUGACGUUGAGAGACCGCAUAAGGGGACAUCGGUCGACCAUAACAACAGCAUUUAGAGAUCAAUAUAGCGAUAAGCCAGUCGCUAAACAUUUCCUACAUAUGCAACAUAGACUUCCUCUGUUACGUUUCACGGCUAUUGAUCAUGUCCCCCCAAUGUCCAGAGGGGGUGACAGAUCAAAGAAACUACUUCAACGUGAGGCACAAUGGAUCCAUCGGCUGGACACAGUGACACCAAGAGGACUCAACGAGAAUAUUGUGCUCUCUAUGUUUCUUUAAUAAUAAUGUUCUUUGAAUAAUCAUAUGGUUUCCCUUUUUCUCUAAGUAUAUUUGUGAUCCUUAUUGGUUUUUUGGAGCCUUUAUUCUAAUGGCUUUUUUUUUUUUUUUUAGCCUGCUAGUUUUUUGUGUUAUAGAUUGCUUCAGCUAAAUGCCUUCUAA